GCUGCGGGUUAGGUAGGGUGUGAGAAGUUAGUGGCGCUGCUGCUGUGAGGGGACGGAGACGGCGUUUCCCCCUCCCCUCCUCCCACGGGCUUAAGCUUGGAUCGGCGCGCGAUGCUCACGGACGGCACGGCCGCCCCGACCCCCGCCGGCGAUGAGGAGAUAGACUCGGUGACGCCCCGCGCUGCCCCGGCCGCCAUCGUCGAGGCCUCCACGGCCGGGCCUAACCCGCUGGGCUUGCGGGCCGUGCGCCUCUUCGGCGAGGCCGGGCCCUGUGGGCCGGCAGGGCCGGCAACAACUUCGGGGGAGGCCGGGGCCGCCGCCGCCGCCCUCGACUUUAAACUGGCGGCCGCUGUGCUGAGAAGCGGGGGCGGCGGUGGGUCCGGCAGCGACGAGGACGAGGUGUCUGAGGUGAGAGGCAGGGAGAGGUAGGCCUUCGCUCCCGCCAGGCUGGAGCAGGAGGAGGAGGAGGGGCCGGAGGGUGCCGUCUCGAACGGAGCUCCCUCCCGCGCUUGGGUACCAGCCCCGCCCGUCAGGCUUCAGAAGCCUCCCUUGCAGGCCGGCCCCGGAAUAAAGGAGGGUGGAGACCCACCCAGAUGCGCGCGGCGCCCCCCACUCACGCCUGCCUGCCUCCCCCCCUCCCGGUUUUAAUGUAAGCAGUGCCCCCCCUUCUUUGUUCAUUGUGAGAUAAAACAACUAAAGCGAAGACAAAACAUCGAGCAUGUCCCGUCUCGCUGCGCCCCCCCCCCCCCGCCGCUCCGUACUUGCUUUUGGGUCCGGAUGAUGGCGGAAGCGCUCUUCUGCCGCGCCGUCCUCCCUGCCCUCUCGGAGUAAUUUUAUUAUAGAAAGUGCUGAUGGCUUAUUAGCGUCUCCUCAAGGCUCGCUUUGAGAGAUCGGUGGGAAUAGUAAAUCGCAUUUCAAAUGCUUCCAUCAGUUUUUGGGGACGACAAGCGUCGUAGUUCUGCUGUGGUAGGUACACUGUGGUGCUUAUUCCAGGUGUGCGUUUUGCUGGCACAAAUGUCUGCACUGCACCUGCACAGUAAAUAAGGCAAAACUUGAGUAUAUUUCAAAUCUCAAUAGAAAAUUCCUGAAAGUUUAGUGAAGUCACAAUGUGGUUUGUCCCAUUUGCACUUAAAUGUGUUCCAGUAGCAAUGGAGGGUUAUAAGCAAAUUGCUUUUCUCCUUCAGUUGCAAUAUAAUAUUUCUGCUUUCUAACACAAUAAUUCAUGUGAAAGAAAGUAUCUUGUGACUCCAUCAUUUACAGUAAGUUUUGAAAUAUUCACUUGCUACUCUGCCUCUGGUGAAAAAGAAUUUUUUUCACGCAUCUGAGAGAAAUGUGGACUUGCAGAAAUGCUUGUUUAACUUCUAAAGAUUGGUCAGAAAGUCCCUGUUGGUGAUGGAAGUAAAUAUACUGUUUUUAGUAUCUGGGUACAUCUGUUGUAAUUUCUUGCAUUGUUUACUUUUUUUCUUUGGAAACUAUCCUUUCAACCUUUUCACAACAUUAUUUUGUAGGGAUUUACACAAUAUGCUUUUAAAAUAAAAGAUGCUUUUAAACUAGCAUAAAAUAAGUGAUUUUACUAAUAGCUGUGGCAAGUACAGAGUGGUUCUGAAGGCCCCUCUACAUAACUUACAGGAUGCUACUUGAAUUUUAAAGACCAAUUUUCAAUUAAAAAUAGGUUUUUAGCUCUCAUAAUUGGAGAAUUUGUGUUGGGGGGGGAAUCUUCAGAUCAUUUUUGCCUGGGGACUUGGGACAUGUGGUAUUUAAAUACUUUGAAAAGAUGAAUCAUGACUCCAAGAGAGUUUAGUCUGUCUAGUGGGUGAAGCAAAGAGAGGGAGGAUGUAAUGGAGAAAUUUGGUUUCUUUCAUUUCAAACACAAGUUUUUCAUUCCCUUACCUUCAUGGCUGUCACUCAGUAUUCCUCUGUUCUUUGCAUAUUCCCAUUCUGUUUCAGCAUUUCUUUCAUUAGGGAACACUUCCGACUUUAACUUGUCUUCCUCAAAAGUUCAUUUUGUUGCUGUCCAAACAGCACCCAUGCAUGGAUUAGGGAGUUUGAGGGAGUUAAUUGGGCCUCACCAUUGUCCUGUGUCUAUUGAGGGCAAAAUGAGAUGCAACUAUGGCAGACUUGUUUUAGACUUGGAUCUGGGCAGUUGUAAACUGGGGUGCAAAACUGGCUUUUAGGGCAAAAGAGAAAAGAAGAUAAGAACUAAAUAGUUUUUGCACCUGCCUUUUCCUUUCACCCUUCACCAGGCACUUUUCUCCCCAACUUCCAGUGUUGAAGUUUGGCUGAGGUGGAGAACUAGGGCAGCAAACCCUGGGUAGGUAAAUCAUGGGUGGGGGAAAGUUCAGAACCUCCAUCCAACCUGUGUUCCCUGUUUUGGUCUAUAACCUGGACCCCAUGCUGUUUAUGUGAUUUGGCUCCUCUAAGCAGGUUUGCUGCCAUCACAUCUAUUUUAGCAAUGAAAGUAUGUCCCAGAACACAAUCAGCAGUCCAGCUGCUUUCCAAAGAAAUUUCAUCUAUUACUGAUAAUCUUACUGAAUAAGCUCUAAUAAACUUUUUCCAAAGAGCCCACCAUUGCUUUAAUAUAAUGUGUUCGUUUAUUCUCUAGUUUUGUACACAACUCCUUAUUUUCAAUAAUAAAUAAUUGGGCAAUAAGAAACAUAUUUAUAAAUUGGAGUUCUCUUAGAUUAUGCUGAUCAGACUAGGAUAGAAGUUUUGUAAAAUUAGCUCUUACAUGCAAAUAAUUAACUGCACCACAUACUUGAUGUCCUAAUACUGAACAGUAUGUUCAGUAAAAAGAUUUCUAUAGAUUUAUGGCCAGAAAACAUGCAAGUGGAAAAACAUUUUUUAGUAUAUGGUAGAAGACCUAAUUCUCAUAUAGUUCAAAAGCCCUCUAUAUUACAUGUUGUGGAGAAAAGAAAUAACUAAAGCCUGGUGAAGAAUGGCCUGAAUUGAUCAUAUGGCAGUUUUAAGAAUAUGUGAGUUGUACUAAAUCGGGGGGGGGGGGGGUUAAGGCUUUUUUCCCUUUGCAGUCUUGUGAACAGUUGGUUUGGGAAGCAAAGAAAGGAGCAGCAAUCCAUUAUUUGAAAUGUAUUUCAGAAAAUUGUACUUAUAUGGAACAGAUAAGAAACUUAAAGGGGAAGUAAAUUUGUGUUGUGAGGGGGAAAUAGGUGCUAUAGUUAGGGAAGAUUUGACUAUCAUGAUUAUAGAACUGAAAUAUCUGUCUGGGGAAGGGUAGAAGGUAGUGUGAGGAUGGGUGGUUCUCCCUGUCUGUGGAAACCUGGAUUCAUAGUGUCAGGGAUAGGAGGUUGCAGUGUACUAUUUAUGGGUGAAAAGAAACCAUUCACUUGCAUGGGAGAACAUUAAUGUGUACUUGAAAAUAUAUUUGGGGUCAAUGCAGGGUCUGGCUCUGCUCCACUUGCUGCCUCCUAACUUUUCAUUGGCUCCCAAAGAUAUCUGGGGGAAAUGGGAUCUUUGUAUAAUCUGCCUGUGAAGAGUAGAAUAGGGCUGCAAUCUGAAACUUUUUACCUUUGAGUAAGCCCCAUUUAAUUCAGUGGGACUACUGAGUUGGCAUGGUUAGGAUUGCACAAUAAUUACUGGCAUAUUUAUACCUUAAUCUAAGAUGGUUAAGAAAAUAAUAGAUUUGUUACAGUUGUGCCGUACUUUCUUUAAAUGUCCAUUGUACAUUUACAGUUGGAAUUCUGAAGCAAUAUCCUUGGUCUUCGCCUAUAGUCUGGCUUGCGUGAUCAUAUGAGGCUUUAUAAACCCUUUAUGAAGCCAGGAAUGAGCAUCAGGGCCAAGUGCACUUCAACUUCUGUUGUGUGCCACCUCUGGUGUGAAGAUCCUGACUUGCAUUAAGCUGGUCUCCUUGUUACAUCAGGAAAAUAAGACAGGAGCACAGUAGUCAUGCUGGUGGACUACAAUAUAGAGACAAGGGCAAACUGUAAAGGUAUUCUAGUCUUCUGAGGCUCCCGCUUGUUAGAUGCUUUGCUGCAAUUGGUCUUCUCCCCAUAUUCAUUGUUUUAAAAUGUAUGAGAGUUUCAUUCUCUGGUGUUGGUCUGUUUAGUUCAGAUGUGAAUCACAUUCUUACAUUUCUAGCCUGAUUCAGCUAACAAUGCAGUGACUCUUGGCUGGCGAUUCAGCUACCCUUGGAUAUUCAUAGCUUUGGGGGUGUACUCAUCCAACUUCAUUUGAUAAAAAAAGUCUACAAUCCUUGAUUAAUGGACCUAACUACUAUUAUUCAUACCUUUUAAAGGCUAGACAGCUGGAGUGCACUCAGUGCAAGGGUUGCCAUUUGAAGACUUUGGUGGCUACAACAAGUGCAGAACAUAGUAACAUUGGUCCUUGUAGCAGGAGGUAGCUGGGAGCAGGAUAUGAUUGGCUCUCUUGCAUUCUGUGUACAAUUCAAAUUGCUAUGUUUGACUUAUAAAUCACUUAAUGCCCCUGGGCCCUUCACAUCCUUGAAAAUAGUUACAUAAUACCUUUACAGCAAUUUUAUUAGGCUGGAAAUAAGUUUGUAGAUUUCAAAAUUAAUUUAGAGAUUUCCCUGUAUCAAGGCAUAUUAAUCGAGGCAUUGACUGAUAAGACAUUUCCCCUCAGUCACCAGCUAGAAUAGUUUUAACUACCAAAAGCAAAUUUUCAAUUUUAUAGAUAGGCUGCUUGAAAUAUCCUAAUGAGGUGAAGAAAAGGCAUCAUCAUGACCCAAGAACUUACUUUACCAGCCAGUAAGGACUAACUGUGUUUGUGUUCUUGUAACAAUUGAUCCUUUUAUAUGCUACUUUAACAAUGUUAUUUUCCUUAAAUCAAAUAGCACCACGUGCCAUUGAAAAUAAGUUUUUUUUAAAGGCUUUUGCUGAUCAAGUAGAUUUUGGCCUAUUUAAUACACGUCUACAGCUCCAGAAUUGUUGACGAAGUUGCUUCCGUCCUAUAUCUUGAGAAUAAAUUAUCCUAUCCUGGUGAAUAAAACUUUACAGCAUUUCAGCAUGUUAGUUUUUAAAAAAAAUUCUGAAUUGAAAAUGUCUUAGUGCCCAAUUGGCAUCUGACUUAGCAUGCUUGAUUUGGACUAAAAUACUAUAGAAAUCUAAUGUUUUUCAAAAAAACCCCAAAGCAUUGGAACCAAAAUAUUUAAUUAGGGACCAGGAUUCAAUAAUGGGCUCAUAAUGUAAUUUAAAUGUUUUAUUCAAGCAUAUUCAAAGCUUUACUUGGAAAACAUUUCUGUUGGAAUAAUUGUAAAUAUUAACACAUGACAACUCAUACUCACUCUUAUUUCUAUUGUGUAUAUUUUAAGAAAAGAAGCAAGGCCUGUUAAUGUAAUUUAUAUAAAUAAAUAGUUAACAUAAUUGUAAAUUUCAGUACACUCAGAGAGCUAUGCAUUUAUGUCAGGGUGGAUUUGAUUUGAUUUAAAUCAAAUCAAUUUAAAUCACUAGUCAGUAAGACUUGAUUUAAAUCAUUUCUCUACAGAAAGACUCAUUCUUGCUGGUAUAAUCUUAAUAUUUACAACCAGAUGAAGGUUUCAUUUUUGGAAUAAUAAAUUUUCAGAGUGGUUUUUACAGUUAUAUAAAAAAUCACUGAUUUGGUUAUACUAUCAGAAAUACAAAGACAGGUAAUUAUGAAAUUAUUGUUUAUAUUUGGACAACUUUUCUGCUGUACUUUAUUGGAAGGAGAAAAAAUCAUUUCCUUAAUAACAAUUUAAACAAUUUAUUUAAUUAAAACAAUAACAUUAUAGCAUAUGUAUCCAUGUUUGUGAACUGAUGUGGUUAAACGAUUUAAAAAACAAACAAACUUAGACUGAGUUUUAGCACACAUGAAAAACUUAAAACAAAUCUUUAUUUCCUGAUGGAAAUAAAUGGAUAUAUAGUCCAAAUAGCCUUUGGACUAUAAUGUAACUCAUGGGUAGGCAAACUAAGACCCGGGGGCCAGAUCCAACCCAAUUGCCUUCUCAAUCCGGCCUGCAGACGGUCCGGGAAUCAGCGUGUUUUUACAGGAGUAGAUGUGUCCUUUUAUUUAAAAUGCAUCUCUUGGUUAUUUGUGGGGUCUGCCUGGUGUUUUUACAUGAGUAGAAUGUGUGCUUUUAUUUAAAAUGCAUCUCUGGGUUAUUUGUGGGGCAUAGGAAUUCGUUCAUUCCCCCUCCCCCCCAAAAAAAAUAUAGUCCGGCCCCCCACAAGGUCUGAGGGACAGUGGACUGGCCCCCUGCUGAAAAAGUUUGCUGACCCCUGAUGUAACUUAAAUAGAAAACUAUCAUGAGAAAGAUUUUUCCUCCAAAAGCAUUUUAUCUUAAAAAUCUGAUUUGAAUUUUAAAAAUCUCAUUUUUAAAAUUUUCUUUUAAAAAUCAUUGAUUUUUAUCCACCCUGAUUUAUAUUAAGUAUGUAUGCUUUCUUGCGAUAGUUGUCUGAAAAAUGCUAAUUACUGCGUGCCCACUUCAUUAUUGUAUCCAUUCAGCAUGUCAGAUUAAUUUCAUGAAAAUGUUUAUUAAGAAAUAUGUAUUUUUCUGAAAUCCUCAUCAUCACUGCAGAAUUUGUUGAAACAGUGAUAGCUUUUUGAAUCAAAUUGUUAUAAUAGUUUCAAAGCAAAAUUGUUGUCUCCCUUCUCUUGAUAAAACUUCACCAAAAUGUUACAAAAUAUUUUUCAAGUCUUUAAAACUCAGAAAUUACACUUGUCCAGUGCUGAAUCCUGUUAGAACUUUUGCACACAUAAUUAUUUUUCUUAUUUAUUUACUCCAUAAAAUUUUUACCUUACUUGAUUGAAAACAAACAAACUUCAAAGGGGUAUACAAAAGGAUAAAACAAUAAAACCAAGAAAUAAAACCACAACCAUACUUUAAAACAUACAACAGUUAAAAUACUUAAUCUGUUCUAACUUCAUCUCAGUGUUACAUCAACACAACUGGUUAAAAAUCUUAGAGAAUCCUGGCUACCUUUUGCUGCCAAACUAAUGCUUAAUGAUAUUUAGGGCCAGCAGGGCAAGGGGGGAGGUACCAUUUGUUAACCAGGGGAAGCAGAGAGGUAGUGACAGUACAGCUGCACAUACUUAGAAUAUCCUUAUAUUUAUUUGUUGCCAUGAUUCAUUUUGUAAUUUAUUUUGUAUUUUAGGCAUGUCUGUUCUAAUACAGUCGUACCUUGGGUUACAUAUGCUUCAGGUUAGAGACGCUUCAGGUUACAGACUCUGCUAACCCAGAAAUAGUACCUUGGGUUAAGAACUUUGCUUCAGGAUGAGAACAGAAAUUGCGGCGUGGCGGCAGCAGGAGGCCCCUUAGCUAAAGUGGUGCUUCAGGUUAAGAACAGUUUCAGGUUAAGAACGGACCUCCGGAACGAAUUAAGUACUUAACUUGUAUUAGAAUGAGAGGUAGACUUGCUUGCUCUAUUGUAGAGGUUUUCAACGUUUUUGCGUCCACAGCUCCCUUGACCAACCACAUUCUUUCUUCAGCUCCCCUGUGGGAUACAGGGGAAUCACCACUUACACGCGCAUUCCAUUCCAGGCCACCGUGCGCAUCACUGGGAUGCCCCCUCUCCAUCCUUACUUGGUUUUGAAGGUUGCUGAGGAGCUCUGUCUUGCUGUGUUCUAAGCCCCAACUGGCUUCACUGGAAAUCAUUGACACCAUCAGUCAUAGUCAUCAAUUUCAUUGGGCCGACACUGAGUAAGAUUAACACUGACUACAACCCAAUAUAAAAGGGUAUUCGCCUACUCAGGGAAGACCCAUUGGAGGUCAGUGACCCCUGAGUCAGCCAUACCCAUCAAUUUCAGUAGGUCUCCUCUUGGAUAGGAGUAGUAAUUAUUUCCAUUGCAGUUUAUUGCCCAUCUAUUACCCACCUAUUUCAAUGGGAUUCCUCUUGAGCAGGACUCAACACUGCCAGCAACCCAGUAAUGAUUAUGAGGAGGAUAAAGAUAGGCUUUGCCUAGCAAAGUACUACUCAAGAGCAGAAUGAACUGGGCUCAGCAGGUCGAGGCUGCCCCACUAUCUACCAAUGGGUCUACUGCCAAGUAGGGCUUACACUGGCUGCAUCCCUGGCAGGAAGAAGUUACCUUGAUGGGUUCAACCAUUGCCUCACUCUUGCCACACUGGCCCCAUGAACCGUCUGCUUCCCUCCAUCCCUGCUUGCAGGCUUCCCUCUCAUCCCCCAUCAGCAGCUGGAAUCAUAGAGAUGUGCUAGAGAGGUACACACUUGGGCAGCACUCUUUUGAAAGUGAUGCUUCACAUAGCACGGUCAUACAUGAAAAAGUAAAGAAGUUCAUCUCAUUUGUCUGAGUAGGGAGUUUCCAGCUUUGUGUUGGAAGCCAUGUGGUUUUCUUCCCCAUCAAAGGAGGGACGGGGGAUGGGACCACUUGCUGCAUCCCUGGCCAUCAUUCAAGUCACCUCAGGGUGCCAUGGCACAUUGGUUGAAAUGAAUAGGAUGAGUUACCUGGCAGAUUAUACCAAAAACAUAAUGAUGAUGCUUUUGGUAUUGAUAUAAAAUAUUUGUCACUGCCAUGCCAGCCUUAACUUCAUAGAAUUGCAUAGUUGGAAGGGACUCAAAACUACGUACACCUUAAACAAUAAUAGUAAACUAUUAGAUGAUUCUCUAAUGUUUUAAAGAACUUAAUUUGUUUACCAUCUUUCCAAAUGAAGAGUUCUGAAGAACUUUCAAGCUUUUCGUGCUAUUUUGUGACACUUUGGUUUGCCUAAUAAAGGUUUUGCAUGAGUAUGUUAAGGUUUAUUUGUCAUUUUCGUGUUCCAGGUAGCAGGCCUCUUGACCGGGAAGUCCUUGUACCUUACUGUGGUCCCAAUGAAAUUAGUGCAGUGUGGUUGCACUCUAGAAUAGCCUUUGGGAAGGAGGGAAUCAAUUUAGUUAAAGGAUUCUUUCCUGACAUAAUUCCAAAUGAAACUAAAGGGUGUACUCAAACUUCGAGUUACAAACUUCAAGUACAGUUGUACCUUGGUUGCUGGACGCCUUGGAACUUGUAUGUUUUGGCUUCUGGAUGAUUGAAAACUGGAAGUGAGCGUUCCAGUUUUCGAACGAUUUUUGGAAGUCAAAAGUCCAGCGCAGCUGUCGAUUGGCUACAGGAGCUUCCUGCAGCCAAUCAGAAGCCACACUUUGGUUUCCAAACGUUUUGGAAGUUGAAUGGACUUCGGAACGGAUUCUGUUCAACUUCCAAGAUACGACUGUAUUGUGAUCUGAAUAUUUUGGUUGCUAACACUCCUGCAGAAAUUUAGUGCCUGUACCUUGGAAGCCCAUAUUGCAGUGCAGUGGUAUCUCUGAAAUGGUUGAUGGAGAGGGCUAUUCAAGUUGCCUUUUUUAAAAAAACCCAACAACCUGAUGUUAACCAUUAAGCCUUUAGCCAUGUUAAGACUAACUGGUCAUCUCUACUUUCUUCAAGCCUAUGCUAACUGUGUGUAUUGACUAUGAGCAUAACAAUAUGAAAGUGUGACCCAGGUGUCUUGGAUGAUCUGGUUGGAAGGUCUCGACAUGGAGUCUGGAAGGCAGAAUUCUAUAGUCAUUGUGUGUUUUAAUUGAAUAUGAGGAAGGUGUUGCACAGUUACAGUGGUACCUCUGGAUGCGAACGGGAUCUGUUCUGGAGCCCUGUUCGCAUCCUGAGUAAAACAUAAGAUGCGUCUGCGUGGGUCGUGUUUUGCUGCUUUCGCGCAUGCACGUGAUGUCAUUUUGAGCGUCUGUGUGAGCGGCAAAACCCAGAAGUAAUGCUCUCCGUUAUUUCUGGGUCACCGCGGAGCGUGACUUGAAAAUGCUCAACCUGAAGCACAUCUAACCUGAGGUAUGACUGUAUUUGGAAGGAAAACGAACCCUUAGUCAGCUGCUACACAGAGUGAUGGUGCGGGACAAGGUCUCAGGAGAAUUAAAAAGUUUGCCACAAAAUGCUUUUUGUGACAAUUUGGCUGCUCCUAAUAAAAAUAUUGCCCAACUAUGGAUUUUGGAGGGUUUUUUUAAAUGGACCAACAUGGUUGCUUUUUUUGUGCUUCGGGGAAUACCAAAUCUAGUUGUUCAGAGCAGAAUAUACAACCAGAGGAAGAUAAGGGUCAUCUUCAGGUGGCAGGAAAUUAAGGCUUAUAUCCCUUCAGCCACUAUACUAUACUAUACUAUGCUAUGCUAUACUAUACUAGAAUCAUAGAAUCAUAGAGUUGGAAGAGACCACAAAGGCCAUCGAGUCCAACCCCCUGCCAAGCAGGAAACACCAUCAGAGCACUCCUGACAUAUGGUUGUCAAGCCUCUGCUUAAAGACCUCCAAAGAAGGAGACUCCACCACACUCCUUGGCAGCAAAUUCCACUGUCAAACAGCUCUUACUGUCAGGAAGUUUUUCCUAAUGUUUAGGUGGAAUCUUCUUUCUUGUAGUUUGGAUCCAUUGCUCCGUGUCCGCUUCUCUGGAGCAGCAGAAAACAACCUUUCUCCCUCCUCUAUGUGACAUCCUUUUAUAUAUUUGAACAUGGCUAUCAUAUCACCCCUUAACCUCCUCUUCUCCAGGCGAAACAUGCCCAGCUCCCUUAGCCGUUCCUCAUAAGGCAUCGUUUCCAGGCCUUUGACCAUUUUGGUUGCCCUCCUCUGGACACAUUCCAGUUUGUCAGUGUCCUUCUUGAACUGUGGUGCCCAGAACUGGACACAGUACUCCAGGUGAGGUCUGACCAGAGCAGAAUACAGUGGCACUAUUACUUCCCUUGAUCUAGAUGCUAUACUCCUAUUGAUGCAGCCCAGAAUUGCAUUGGCUUUUUAAGCUGCCGCGUCACACUGUUGGCUCAUGUCAAGUUUGUGGUCAACCAAGACUCCUAGAUCCUUUUCACAUGUACUGCUCUCAAGCCAGGUGUCACCCAAUGACAUGGAUUGAUGUACUAGGUCAGGGGCCCCAAACUACAGUCCACGGGCCACACCCAGCCCUCCAGGGUCCUGAACCCAGCCCGCAUGGCAAUUGCAGAACCCGCUGCUGUCUAAUGGGUCUCCCUGGAUCUUAGCCAGCAGCAGCAUGCUGCUGCAGCAAAGAACUCGGCCCAGACACCGUAGGGCGGAGGCGCCUGCAGAGCCCAGUCCAGCUCAGGGGAGAUGACCUCCCUCUUCUCCUUCCUUCUCUGGCUUUCUUCAUUCUCAAUCCCAGUUACAAAACUCCUCGUCGUCCAUGUGGGGCUUGCUGGGCAAAGAUUAUGGUUAGAUCAUGGGGAAGGCGGGCAGGAAGAGGAGAGGUCGCUUUGUUAAAAUGCGCUUCUUUUGUAAAUCGUCGGAAAAUACGGGUCUCAAACAUGAGGUGCUUUCAAACUAUAGUCCGGCCCCCAACAGUGUCAGAGGGACAGUGAACUGGCCCCCUGUUUAAAAAGUUUGAGGACCCCUGUACUAGGUAAAAUAACAAGAAUUCAAUAGGACUUAGUUCUGAGUAGACAUAGAUAGAGUUUUAGUCUUAAUGAAUAACUAGUUUACAGUUGCAUCUGAAGUGGCCAAAUAAGGUUUGGAAAAGGUCUGGGAACUAUGGGUUGUUUCCAGUGCUUAUCCUUCUCAGAGUAGACCCAUUGAAAUUAAUGACUAGUAAGGUCCAUUGGCUUUAGUGGGUCUACUGGGAACAUUGGAUACAACCCCAUGAUUUCAUAUUACAUAAGUACCUGUCAAAUAAGGGAAGAUGGGAAACUUACUAUGUAGAGAACAGAAAUUGAAUUUUUCAAAUUGUUUUUGUCAGUAAAAACAAAUUUGUCCUUGAUUAAGACAUUAAAACUGUUAAUUCUGAACUCUAUGCCAAUCCAAGUCACAAUCUGAAAGUAAACAUAAACUUAAGUGUUUUCCUGCUGUUCUCCAUAAGAAGGUGAGCAUAACUAAUCUAUGGCCAUCCAAUUAUGCUUCUGAAUUCUCACUAUUAGGUUUUCCCAGGAGAUAUGCAAAAGUUCUUUAAUAUUAGAACUUAGGGGAAUGGAGACUUUUCUAGCCUGGACCUUUUUAAGGUUUUUUUUUAAAAAAACAACACACACAAAAAAACACAUGGCAUCUCAUGGCCAAGAAUAGUGAAGUUUUUUAACUCUUGUAAGUAUAAAAUGUACCAGCAUAUUGAUCUGCAUCAGGGUGUUCUCGGCUCUAUUCCUGAACAUUUUUGGUAUGGCUUUCUUUAUUGUUCAUACUGAAACUCCAAGUUUAUUCAUAAAUAUUGGAGAUCUUUCCAACUAAAAUAGGCUUAAGACUCAAUAUUAAUUACACCAACUUUCAAUUAAAUUUCAGAUAAAUUGAUAGGGAUUUCUCUCAAGUUAAUCUAUUUAGAUUGAUAUGUAUAAAUCCAUAUGCAGUUUGUUUACUUUUGUAUUAAAUCUAUAUACUGCUCUAUAAUCUAAGGUUACAGGUUUUAUACAGCAUAAAAAACUAAACUAAAAACUAGUUGAAAGUUAAAUGCAGAAACCUUGGUCUAUAAUGGUACUUAUUUACACACCUAAUCCCAAAUACAUCUUCUACACCCAACAUACUAAAAAGCAGAAUCCUUUUUUACUGCUCCUGGUUAAACAUCUUUGCUAAUCCUUUGAACAGAAAAUCUGUGCUUGAACAGAAAACCUGUGCUUGUAAUGAUGCACACUAUAAAACAGAUGACGUAACCUUUUUUGCAGUGUUUGAAAUUCAUUGGGCGCCAGACACAUUUUGGUACUGGCAUGGGUUCAAUUGCGACUACAUAGAUAUUUCUAGGUGUCAGGUUGGUGACUGACAUCUCCAUUGAGCCAGUUGACUUGUGUGCAGCAAAAUACGCACAUCAUAUGCUUCUGUUCUCCCACAUGAAUCAUGGAUGCUGGGCAUCUUAGUCCUCGAUCAUUGCAUCAAGGAAAGUUAGUGCAGGGCUGAGUACAAAUAUAUUUGACUGUGUUGCAGCCUUUACACAGAAUACCCAAAUGGAGACUCGGAGACCACAGUUUAAAAACCCAUGCCUUAGUGUAUAGUUAAUACCAUUUCCAUUUUCACUCUGUUUCUCCUUCUUACAUACUAGGACAAGUGAAUUAUUAUAAGAGCAAAGUACAGUCAAGCAAUACAGUUUAGAUUAGACGCAGCCUUUCUCAACCUGUGGGUCCCCAGAGGUUGUUGGACUACAACUCCCAUCACCCCUAGCUAGCAAGGUCAGAGCUCAGGGAUGAUGGGAGUUGUAGUCCAACAACCUCUGGGGACCCACGGGUUGAGAACUGCUGGAUUAGAGGUUUUCAACCUUUUUGAGUUCAUGGCUCCCUUGACCAACUACAUUCUUUCUGUGGCAACCCUGUGGGACUCAGUAGCCCAGUUAUGUCACCCCUUGCUGGCAGAGCUUGCAGCCUCUCUCCCUUUUUUGAACACCCUCCCUUGUGGAGUGUUCCCUCAGCCUCCUCUCCUUUCCCCACUCCUUGGGAGUCUUCUGGGCAGCCGCUGCUGCUGUCCCUGGUCUCUGAGCUGCCCCCUACCACUCCAGAGAGAGAUGCCUCCUCACACUGCCCCACAGGGGCCUGGGAAGAGGAUGCCCCCAGCCUUAGUGGCCCAACGGAGACUGGCCAAAGGUGAACGUGAGGCCAGCACCUUACCUUGAUUGGCAGCAGCGAGCAUUGCUGGGCCUGCAUAGCGGAAAGGCUUCCUUUCAGCAUCGAGCACUUAGCUCCCAGGCAGGACUUGCACACAGCAAGCACAAGAAAGGUCAGUGGCGCCUGCCUGCCUGGCCUCCCACUUGUUUCUCCAUUCCAAAGAAAGGGCUGGUGGACUGGCUGGCUGGGCUCCUCGCCUGCUUGCUUGCUUGGCCACCUCAGCUCCUGGCAACCAGCACCCGUUGGCCAGCCCCAGAGGCACCAUUUGCCUACAGUUUGGGGCUGCUGCAACAAAUAGCUGUGCAAGCCUUUGGGAGGCAGAGAUGCAAGAGGGCAUUAGGGGAGGGAGGGGAGGAAAGAGGGACAAGCCAGUGUUGCCCACAGCACCCAUGACCAAUCAUUCAUGGCACCUAGGGUGCCACAGCACACUGGUUGAAAACCACUGGUUUAGAUUAUAAAUAGACAUUCUGUUGUGGUGACUGUAAUCUAGGUUUGAGGUGCCGUUUGGCGCCUAGUUUAUACAGUCAUACCUCGGGUUGAAUACGCUUCAGGUUGAGCACUUUUGGAUUGCGCUCCGCGGCGAGCCGGAAGUAAUGGAGCACAUUACUUCCGGGUUUCGCCUCAUGCGCAGACGGUCAAAAUGACGUCAUGCGCAGAAGUGGUGGAUUGUGUUCGCUUCAGGAUACGAACGGAGCUCCGGAACGGAUCCCAUUCGCAUCCUGAGGUACCACUGUAUAUCUGAGUUUUUAACACUGUUUUUUUUUGGUCACUCACCCUUGGCAAAACACGCCCCCCCCCAUCCUUUUGGGUGUGUUCAGAAGUCACCCCUCUCCUCAGCUGUUCUAUGCAGAUCAGCAGAGGAGAGAAUAACUUGCAUCCCCAUUGGGAAAUAUGGGUGGAGAGGUUCAACUUUUUCCAAACCUAUAUUGUGCUGUGUCUGUGUUACUUUAUAUUCCUUUUGUUGCUGCUGGAAAAAUUAAUGAGAAAAUUUUACUUGAUCAGUAUUGGGCUCCCAGACUGGAGGUUUAGCCACCCCUACUCUAAAAACAUUUUUCCAUCGGGUGAAAUGAGUGUUUAUUUGAAGAUGAUUAAAAAAAAUAAUAGUGUCAUUCAAGAGAUACAUCUUGUUCACUGUCUUUUUCCAAAUUGGCAUCAAAAGCAAAAGGGGAACCAUUCUUUUGCUCCCAGGUUUAAUGUAAUGCAACCAGGCAUUUGACCUCUUAUUCUGAAAUUUUUACUUGUGUUACUUAAACUCAUUGUGUCUACAUGCUGUAGGCCUGUGGACUGCUGAGAAUAAUAUCUAGAGGAAAAUCUGCUAUAGCUUCAAUGAUAAAACUAAUCUUCUAUAAACUGGUAGUUCUUCAUUUGCUGAGUAAGUUUAAUUAUUACACUUGUUCAAUAUUGGAUGGUGCUGGACUUGAAAAUAUUCAUUCUGUGCUUGCUAAACUGGUAACAGAUGAAUUUCACUUCUACUCGGUAUGUUUCUGAGCACAAGUCAAAGUGUUGGUGCUGACCUUUAAAGCCCUAAACUGCCCCAGCCCUGUAUACCUGAAGGAGCAUCUCCACCCCCAUCAUUCAGCCCCGACACUGAGGUCCAGCUCAGGGGGCCUUCUGGUGAGAAGUGAAGUUACAGGGAACAAGGCAGAUGGAACACCUUCCCAUCAGAUGUCAAGGAGAUAAAUAACUAGGCAACAAAUAACUAUGCAACUUUUAGAAGGCAUCCAAAGGCAGUCCUGUAUCAGGAUGUUUUUAAUGUUUGAGAGGUUGUUUUUAUAUGUGUUGGAAGCACCCAGGGUGCCUGGGACAACCCAGCCAGAUGGGUGGGAUAUAAAUAAUAAAAUUAUUACUAUUAUUACCACAGACUCUGGAAGUUUUCAGUUUUACUUUUCAGGGAAGAAAAAUAAAAGUACAACCCUAGGUAUUGUUACCUGGUAGUAAAGUCCAUCUUGCUGUGUGGGAUUUUCUCCUCAAUUGGUGUGCAUAUGAAUGCCACCUAAAUUCUGCAUUUCUCCAACUGGUUUUCCUAGGAAAUUGUCAAGCCAAAGUAGAUGAUUAGUGAACUGUAGUUGGUGAUUAUGGUUAGAGUCUUUGAAGUAGUAGAGGGGUUUCUCUCAUCUAGGGAGAACCAAAUGUUGGCAGGUUCAGCAGUUAUAGGUGACCUAAAUUUAGUCUGCAGUACAGUCUAAAUUACUGUUACCUUGGAAAUGGUUGUAAACGUGUUCAACUAAUAGUGUGUGUUCUGAAAUUUCAUUCUCCAGUAACAUUUGUUCUCGAAAAUGCAUGCAUGUAGCUAUCAAAUAUGUGGCUUUGACACAAUGUAUCCAGUUUUAUUCUGGUUUGGAAUAAAUUGUUAAAUAAAACAGAAGUAACAGCUAACUUCUGUGUCUUCAAACAGGUUGAGUCGUUUAUUUUGGACCAAGAAGAUCUGGAUAACCCGGUGCUUAAAACAACAUCAGAGAUAUUUUUGUCAAGUGCUGCAGAAGGAGCAGACCUACGAACAGUAGAUCCAGAAACACAAGCAAGACUAGAAGCCUUGCUGGAAGCAGCAGGUAGUUUUCUUUUUUCAUUUUGAUAGUAGUUUUAUUUGUGGGUAGUGGAACCACUAGUUUUGACCUUGAGGAACAGAGAUUGCUGUGUACUCAGACAUUAACAACUUGAAGUUGAGUUUCGGAACACAACUGAGUUUCUAGAAUUGAACAGUUUAAAACUUUGUUUGGGAUGCCUAAAAGCGUUUAGAAGUGCUUAUGCCAAAUUCAAGACACUGAGGCAAUGCACUCCACAAGGUUUUACCCAGAUGCUGCUGUAUAAAACUGUGUUUUACUCGUACAGACUGUAUCAAUUAUCUGAGCUAAGUGAUGCAGGAAUAAUGCUUCAAAUCACAGUGGUGAUGAGUUCAGGGAUCUUGAGAUAAUAUUGUUUAAUGAAAAAUGGGAGUAUAAACAGGCUCUCAUUCAAGUUUGUAUCUGAAUAAGUAAUUCAUGGUUGGUUGUAGCAGUCAGUGAAUUGAGCAGUGAUAAUUUAAGUUUGCAAUAUGCAGACAAAAAGUAAAGGUAGCCCUUUUGAAAAUGCAUUCCAGUAACCUUAACCAGAGCAUCUAGGAUGUAUUUCAUUUGGUGCAUCAACCUAUAUUAAUGAAAGGUGUUUCAUGGUACAUUGGACACAAAUAUAAUCUAGGCUAGUGAUUCCCGAAUUUUUCCCCUAUGGACCAUUGGAAAAUUGCUGGUGGUCUUGGUGGACCAAUUAAUGAUUUUCCUGCCUGUUGUAGCAAUUUCAAUGCACUGUACUAGAUAGCGAAUUCUUUUUAUUUCUAUUCCUGUUAUUUUUUAUAUUGCAUUUUAUUGUAUUACAUUUUACAUUCCAUGGAAUACAAAUUAUAAUACAAUAAAAUACAAUAUAAGAAAUAAAAAAUAAAGUAAAAUUGAAAUAUGAUAAUUUGAUUUGGACAUACCACAGAGCAUGUAAAUGAAGUUCACAGAUCACAAGUCAUCCAUGGAUCACAGUUUGAGAACCUGAUCUAAGCUGAUGUCUCUAGACAAAAUCAUGGCAUCCAUAUUCUGCAUCAGUUGAAGUUUCUGGGCUGCCUUUAAGGGCAUAUUGCAGUAAUCUAACUUGAAGUGACUAGGUAACUAUUAGGACCAGGCAAAGAUUUUUUGGGGGGGGGGGGGAAUGGGUGGCAUGUUCAAGGGAGGAUAGCUUCCACCUCCCCAAUUUUUCUGUUUCCCCCCUGUGCCCUAACAUUGGUUCCAUAUCCUCCUGGCAGGGGUACAGCUAGUAUAUUAAAUCAAACUGAUAAAAGGAACUAUUGGGCCACAGUUGCCACAUCAGCUUUCAGGAGCAGUACUGGAUCUGGAAGUGCCCUGAAGCCGCACACCUGCUGCUUCAGGGGAGUGUAACCUCACUGAAAACAUGCUGCACCUGGCUCCUAAAGCAUCAGUCCUAAAACUGCUGGCUCUGAAUUUUCUACAUCCUGGCUUCAGUAGAUGCUUUAUUCAUGCACAUAAUCAAUGGAGAUGGGGGGGGGGGGAAUCUAGAUCACUAUAAUGUUUUGUUUUUGAAAAUGGCUAUGUAGUUGUCAGUGUAGAUCCAGUGUGGUGCAUUAUUGGAUUUGAGAGACUCUGGUUAGAAGCAGUAAUGUUGGAUUUCUGGGGGGAAAUAAAUUGGAAAACUGGAUCUCUAAUUGAAGGUUGUCACUGCUCAGCGUUGUUGUCCUAGCCACAAACCCAUAGCCAGUUGUUUUGGGGCUCUUGUGUCCUAAAAGGAGUCAAGGUUGCUCCACAUACUAGGAAUUUUACUCUUACCCUGUUAGGAUUAAGAGGUGACUUGUCAGAAGCCUUUGCUUCUAUUUCAGAUUAAGCAUAGUGGAGAAUUAGUUCCAAAUCCUAAAUGGUGAUUAAUCAGCUGUGGAUUAUUGAUACAAACUUGCUUCAUAAAUCAUGGUUUGAAGUUGAUUAGCUUCCACUAACAAUAGUCAAAACUAACUGCAAUUUGUCUGGGUUGAGAUAUUAUAAUAAGCUGUGGUUAGUUUAAGUUGGAAAUGAAAGCUUCUAAACUCCUCACAUCCAUGUUAGAGAAAGGGGGAGACAUGUAAGUGGAUUGUCUCUGUAACUCUAAACUAUAGUUAGCAUUAUAUGCAAACACAACCAUUAAGUUGUGUGUAAAAGACUUUAGAAGGAAAUGAUAGCCAAUUUCAUAAUCAGUUCCCGUAACUUGAAAAAUAAUGCUGACAUAAUAUUUCUAACAUUCUUAAAAACAUAGUUUAACACAAUGUUAGAAACUCAGAUAUAUACAGUCAGCAGAAUGGAAUGCCUAGUUGCCAUUUUUGGGCCAGACGGCUUGAAAGUUGUAUUUUUCAAUAUGACUUUUGGGUUCCUGAAAUUCAUUUAUUGUGCCGAUAAAAUAUAACCGAUAGAAUUCCACAUCUCCAGAUGGUAGAGAUGUCGCAUGCCCUCCUGGUGCCUAGGCAUCUUCACUUGGUUGCAAGUGGCCGAUAGCCCAGUGCAAAAUCCUUCUGGUGAAUUUUGAAUGCUUGUUUUAGCAUGGUGUUUCGGCAAAAGGUACAAUGAAGUAUCUAGAACACUUCUUAAGUUUAUCAGUUAUUGAUUGAUUCAUUUAUAUAGCCACAUCCGAGAUACCAAGGGUUCUGUCCUUUAUAUUUAAAUUGGCAUCUAACUUUAACUUUAGUUUUUUUAAAAAAAAUCUCACUAAAUUUUCAUUAUGUCACCUUUAAAAAAUUGAAGCAUUAAGUGCAGAUGCCGUUGACAUUUUCCCAUUCUUUUUGUAGUUCAGGAACAUAAGAGUUGAAUUUAAGGACGCAAAAAUAAUUAUCAAGUCCUAAAGCUAGCUUUGUCUUUUCCAUGUUCUGUUUGAUCUUCCUGAUAUAGUAGGGUCAAAGUAGUUUCUAAUUUUCUAGCAUGUUUGCAGCUGACAACUUUAACUAAUAGUGCAUGUGGCUGAAGUUUAAAAUGGUGUCUCUGCAUUUUUUGUGUGGUUUUCAUACUAACCUGAUUGAUGAACGCACAUUCGCUGAAGGGAUUGGUAAAUUGUCCACUGCCGAUGGUAAAGCCUUCGCAGAUCCCGAGGUGCUCCGAAGAUUGACUUCUUCUGUCAGCUGUGCAUUGGAUGAAGCUGCUGCUGCAUUGACACGGAUGAGAGCAGAGAACAAUCACAAUGCAGGACAAGUGGACAAGUAUGUAUUGAAUUCCUGUUCAUCUGGUUUGAUUCUAUCUGCAUUUGACUGAAAAGCUGAGGAUUGUGGAUAAAGUGGCUCUUGGUAUAUCUAAUAAAGCAAUAUAAAUAGGCCUAGAUCAGCUUCUGUCUCUGGGAUUCAGAAAUGUAAACUGAAUUGUGACGACUUUGGGCUUUACCCAAAGUAAUAUUUCAGCCAUAUCAAUCCCUCAAUGUGAUUCAGAGGCGAGGUUCUCUAAUUGGGUUGGAGAGCUUCAGUAGCAAGAUAAGGUAAUGUCAUGAGACAAAAUUGACAUAUUUCCACAUGUUAAUUGAUGAAGUAUAGUCACAUAUAUGUUGCAUCUAUGCAGUUUCAUCCAAACUUAAAAAUGGGAUAGUUGUGAAAUGAGGCAAUAUGGAGCACAGAGGAUGAGGCUUAUAUACUGAUAGGAAAGGAAGGAAGGAAGGUCAGGAAUUACUUCAUAGAAUAUUAAAUGUCAAAUAGUUGUCCUUGGUAAAACUGUACAGGGAAGACUAAUUGAAUGUGCGAACAUUAAUACUGAAAUUGCUUGCAUUAGAUACAUUCAUUGCAUCAGAUGAAACAUGCAUUUUGGAAGAAUUCGACUUUAGGCCUUCAGUGGCUGGAUUUUGUUUUUUUAAGUGGCGGGUAGACUGCAAAUAUCCUUAAUUCUCAUAAUACAGGUAAAUAAUCUGGGCUAAAGUCAGCAUAGAGAUUAAUCUCUCAUCAUGUUUUUUAAUUCAUACAGUGUUCACUUAAUGACUUGGAAACUUGAUAGACAAUAUUUUCUGUGAAAUUUACUGCUUAGCCAGCAGUAUGGAUAUGCAUCUCUUAAAGUGUUUGGCCAAAAUGUUCAGAAAACCAUGCUGCAAUCUUUGUUGUUCCCUUUAUUCAGUUUUAAGAUUUAAGAUUCUGAAAAAGAAAAACACAUAAUCUGGUGCAUUUAUGACUUAGUCAUCCUUCUACCUAUAUUAGAAAUUUAUAUAGCUGCCUUUGAAAUUGUGACUUACCAGUGCUGUCCUAUGAACUGCCACAUGGCUAUAUAAAGACCAAGUGGUGUACAGUCAAUUUAUGGUAUACUUAUUUCUAUAUUUAUAUAAGCUUUGUGUAUUUUUAAUUUUUGGUAUUUUUUAUAUAAAUAUACAAAACAACCUUUCAAGGUGAUUACAAUAAAAUACUUCAAUUUUGUCACCCAGAGUGGCAAUUUAGUCCUUUCUAAAUUAUCCUGAAUGCAUUCUUCAUAAAUCUCCCAGAUUCCUGGUUCAGGCAUCUCUUUCCCUGUUGUGAGUUGCAUGGAAAGAGUCCUUAAAGCUCACUCCCAUUUUCCCAGAUACAGUCACAACAAGAGAACAUUGCCUAAGCAGCUUGCUAAAUUAUUCUUCAUGUUUGUUUAAUAUAAUUUUGUAAAGGACGCCAGCUGUCUUUAGUAAUGAAAAUUGUACUAAAGUUAAUCAUAAGUUACCAUUUGUGUAAUUCAUUUCAGCUACUUCCAUGUGUGCUCAUUGUAUUUAAAAUGUUAUCUUCCAGUCGCAGUUUGGCAGAAGCAUGCUCGGAUGGGGAUGUAAAUGCUGUCCGGAAGCUGUUGGAUGAAGGAAGAAGUGUAAAUGAACAUACAGAAGAAGGGGAGAGUCUCCUUUGCUUGGCAUGUUCAGCUGGGUAUUAUGAGUUGGCACAAGUGAGUAAAGACUAGUGUUCUAAACAGUUCCUUUAAAUACUAAAGGUGUGAGGCCUAUAGAUAAUCUUCUAACUUAUCCAAGAAUUAAAAAGUGUAUUUUUAACCUGGUAUCUAGAGGGUGCAGUACAAACAUGCUUUCCUUAACACAGUCAUAUCAGUUCUUUAAUGCUAAAACGUCUCAUGAACCCAGAAAUAAUUGAUAUGUUUAUAAAAUGGACUACUGAUUUAAAAGGACAAGGCAAAUGUUCUGCUCACGUAUUCAGUGGCUUUUGAAGGGCUUAAUCCUGCAAGGUUUAACUUUAACAAGAAAGUUGAACAAACACCACCAAACAGGUUUUUUUCUGAUAUUCCUGGGUAAAGAUGAAGUUUAGUAGAACACCUUGCAUUUCUGUUACUCCUUGAUUCUUGAGCUAUUACCGUAUUUUUCGCUCCAUAGGACGCACUUUUUCCCCUCCAAAAAUGAAGGGGAAAUGUGUGUGCGUCCUAUGGAGCGAAUGCAGGCUUUCGCUGAAGCCUGGAGAGCGAGAGGCAUCGGUGCGCACCGACCCCUCUCGCUCUCCAGGCUUCAGGAAGCUAUCCGCAAGCCUUGCAAGCCCGGUGGGAGUUCCCGCGGGCUCACAAGGCUUGCAGGCAGCAGCCUGCAGCCCCGGCGAGUGUCCGCAAGCCUUGCGCGCCCGGCAGGAGGUCCCGCCAAGCGCGAGGCUUGGGGCAGCAGCCUGUCGCCCGAAGCACGGGGAGCCCUCCGGAGGGCUCCCCGGGCUUCGGGGGAGUGUCUGCAAGCCUUGCGCGCCCGGCAGGAGGUCCCGCCGAGCGCGCGAGGCGUGGGGCGGCAGCCUGGCGCCCGAAGCACGGAGAGCCCUCCGGCGGGCUCCCGUGCUUCGGGCGAGUGUCUGCAAGCCUUGCGCGCCCGGCAGGAGGUCCCGCCGAGCGCGCGAGGCUUCGGGCGGCAGCUUGUCGCCCGAAGCACGGGGAGCCCUCCGGAGGGCUCCCCGUGCUUUAGGCAAGUUUCUGCAAGCCUCGCGCGCCCGGUGGGAGGUCCCGCCGAGCGCGCGAGGCUUGGGGCGGUAGCCUGCAGCCCGAAGCAAGCGAGGCUUGGGGCGGCAGCCGCGGGGGGGGGGGGGGAUAAUUUUUUUUAUUCAUUUCCCCCCCCCAAAAAAACGAGGUGCGUCCUAUGGGCCGGUGCGCCCUAUAGAACGAAAAAUACGGUACUCUAUGAUUUUUGAAUGCCUUCAUCUGCCCCAGCUGCAAUAAAACAUGUCUCUCCUGUAUCGGUUUCAACAGCCACAGCAGGUGCUGUAACUCUCCAACAGUUUGUCUUCACCCCCAAAGGCACACUCUUCCAUUGUCUUCCAAGACAGACAGAUGCCAGCCAACUUUGAGUGUGGUGUCAUUUGUCAAGAAGUUUCCUUGGAAAUGUCAUUAGGACUUGCUUUGUAUGUCUUAACACUGGCAGUAUCACUAUCGGUGGUAGUGAUGUGGUUCCAUUUAGUUCUAUGGCAGAAAGUAAACAUCUUCAUUGGUGGCACCAGAUUGCUCUGUUGUAAAAAGCUGCCCUCUAACCAUCAUGGUUUGUUUCCCUUUCCCCACUCCCUUUUCCCAGUCAUGGUAAGAAUAUUCAAGUAGAGCUGUCCCCACUGUGAAAAGGGAAUGGUAAUGGUUUUUCAGCAUCAGGUUAGGAGAACUAACCAUGUCCAUCUCUGUAACCCUAUCUUCUGCCUGCAUAAUCCGAAGGAUUACUUAGUAUGACAUGGACUUCAUGAAGUUAUUGUCAAGAUUCUGAGGGUCACUAUAGGGCUGUAGCUCAAGCUGGUAAGAGUUAUUGUGGACACAACUGAGCUAGCUGGACCAAUUUUUCUAACUUGGCAGCUUCCUGUAUUCAUGGAGAUACAAUGACAAAGUCUGAGGAUGGGAUUCACACUAUGAGCCCCAUUAGCAGAAGCCCUGUUUAAGAACUUCCAGUUGUGCAGUGGUGCUUUCCCCCCUCUGCCCUUGUCUCCCAUGUUCCCAAAAUUGGAUCUGUGGGGUUCUGGAGGAUGCUCAGAGCAGCACACGGGUGUGUGAAAUCCUUCCCUUGGUGGCACGUUUGCCAUUGUGCAACAUUUAAUUCCACCCAACAGCUUUGCAGCUCUCAGCUUUCGUUCUGUAUGUUUUGUGCCAGAGAUUAUUACAGCCAGAGAACUAGAAGCUAGAAAUAAUUUUUGCCUCACCUUGUUUGAGAGAAAUUCAAAAAGAAAAAGUGAGCUGAAUGUGGUGGUCAUGUGAAUUUGGAUCAUAUCCACAUAUCUUUGAUGUAUUCAAAGUAUGUAUUGAAGUAUUCAGGUUUACAAGUACUGAGGGGGUGGUCAUCUUUCACUUUGUAUUCUUUUAUCUUCUUCCUUCCCUACAAGGUGCUCUUCCCUUGUUGCCUUAUCACAAAACCAUGAUGGCGUUUAACUUUACCACCACCUUAGUGUGAAGGCCGUGUGGAAGGCUAAGAUAGCGGAUGGAGAAUAGUGCAGUUCCCACAGUGCUGUGCUGUUUCUUUACUUCAGGAAACAGCUCCACAUUGUGGUGGUGGCAGGAGUGCAAUAAUACAGUCGUACCUUGGAUCCCGAGCGCCUUGGAACUUGGAUGUUUUGGUUCCCAAAUGCCACAAACCCGGAAGUGACUGCUCCGGUUUGCGAACAUUCUUUGGAACCCAAAUUUCCAAUGAGGCUUCCAUGGCUUCCGAUUGGCUGCAGGAGCUUCCUGCAGCCAAUCAGAAACCGCACUUUGGUUUCUAAACGUUUUGGAAGUUGAACAGACUUCCAGAACAGAUUCUGUUCGACUUCCAAGUUAAACUGUAUUGAACUUAACUAUUUCAUUGUUAACCCAGGACAGUUUCCACAUUUCCCAGGCUUGUAAACGAAUCACAUUUAUCUUUAUACAGACUGAUUUAAUGAUUUCCCAUGUUUCCUUUCUACAUCCUUAUCUAGGCUAGGCCCUUCUCUGCUCAUACCUUUUCUUUUUUGUUUUGUUUUCUUCCUCUGUUUCCUUUACAACUAGUCUUUCUCAAAAUGGCAUUCCUCUGAAUGGAGACUCCUGUUUAGAGGGCUGGCGCAGUGCUGGUGAUAAAUGACUUUUCUUGUGACUGAACAUCUGAUUCUUCCCUUCACAUCGAGAAUGACUAAGUUGAAGCCUUUAAAAGACCAAGAAAGGGGAAUAGUAAUGACUAAUAGGAGUUUAACUUCUGUUUCAUUUAUUCAGGUACUGCUUGCAAUGCAUGCAAACGUUGAAGAUAGAGGAAAUAAAGGAGAUAUAACCCCACUCAUGGCAGCAGCCAGUGGCGGCUAUGUGGACAUUGUGAAACUGCUGCUUGUUCAUUGUGCUGAUGUCAAUGCCCAGUCUUCAACAGGUAAGUGUAAAUAAGAAAUGAAAAACUACUAAUAAUUUGAGUGCCAAUAGAUUAUUACUGGAAAUAGAUGCAAAUAUUUACUUAGGGAUGUAGUAUUAUGUGUGAAAAGUAGUGCACUGUAAACUUUGUAUUUUAAGUGAUCACUCAGUUGAACCUGGAUAAAGAAGUUCAUGUAGUAUUAGUGUUAACAUUAUAAUAUUUUAAAACAGCAACACUGUCACAUUUAGGAGAAAUUAAAUACCUUGACACUAACUUUUAAGUUUUCAUAAAGCAUUUCUCUGUAGUAAGAAAUAUAUUCUAAAAUCAUUGCUCAUUAGAAAUGACUAUUGAAAGUACACUAAUGUAAAACUGCUCAGAAUGUCAAUUUGUAACCAGUGUUUUCUGUUUGGUAUUAUGCAGAUUUAAAGUCCCGUCAAACAGUAGUCAUCCUUUUGUGGGACCAAUUUCUUAAUAAAGAGUUAAACUUGCAAAGGCAGGGGUAUAAGUGACCUUGGUUUGUUUUCCCCUCUUCUCUUAGGAAACACAGCACUCACUUAUGCCUGCGCUGGGGGAUUUGUUGAUAUUGUCAAAGUGUUGUUGAAAGCAGGUGCGAAUAUUGAAGAUCAUAAUGAAAAUGGACAUACCCCCUUAAUGGAAGCAGCCAGUGCAGGUCAUGUUGAGGUUGCAAGAGUACUUCUGGAAUAUGGUGCAGGAAUAAACACUCAUUCCAAUGAAUUCAAAGAAAGUGCUCUUACACUUGCUUGUUAUAAAGGUAGGACAUUUUGAAGGAUUGCACUGGAAAACCUGAGUAUCCCUGUAUAUCCUUCUAAAGAAAUCUGCUUGUAGCAUUACACUGUGUGUUUAAUUAUAACAUAAAGGCACAGUAUGCCCUCCACAAUUCACUGUGUGUAAUGCCAUGCAAGAGGGCAGGGCUGAGAAGGGGAGGCCAUGGGCUUAACAGAUUCCAAGUUUGGACCAAUUCCUUGAAGAAUUUCUGUAUUCUGAACUUCUGAAAUUGUUUUACAUAGUAGAAGUUCUAUUGAAACUGAGUUUACUACUUUUGAAUUUUCACUCUAGAAGUUUUAUAGCAGUUUGAUUGGUUGUAGCAAUAUUUUAUCACUAAAAUAAUACUAAAGCUUUUCUCAUUGUGUGAGAGGCUUUUCACUUUCAAACUUCAGAUUUUGGUUUUGGGAAAAUCCUGAGGAAAAUAAAGAGCCAAACAGUUUUUUCUCUCUCCCUCCUCUAUGCUAGAACUUACUAGUAUUUGUUAGUACUGGUUGUACUCUGUGAACCACCCUGAGAUCUUAGGAUGAAGGGUGGUAUAUAAAUCAAAUAAAUAAGAAAGAAAAGGUUGAUUAAUAUGUCUAGAAUUAUGAUUCUGUGAAACCUGCAUUCUUUUACCCAGUGCCACAGGGAAUGUUCAAAGCUAUAUCUGUUGAGAGAGAGAGGGAAGAUUAAAAAACCUAAUCUCUGUACCAGAGCAAGUUGAACCGUACAGCCUGAAGGAUCAAGCCAUUUUAUAUAUUUGCAUAACAGUUUAUUCUACAUUUUUAAAAGUUGUUUGGUCAUUGGAUUAAAAUUGAGGGGGGGAAUGUCACCUGGCAAUAUCACUACCAGCAUCUUAAUUCAGAAACUACCUCAGUUUCCUAGAUUUCCUGUUUUUCAAAUACUAACAUUGCAUUCAGGGCAUAUUUUCCUAAGCCUGUUGGGGAAGAAGGAGUGCUCAGUAGAGCAUUUAUUGAUUGAUUGAUUGAUUGAUUGAUUGAUUGCAUACAUGCCUUCCCUAAUGUCCCAGGAUGGGUUACAACAAUUUAAAUUUUAAACACUGCUUUUAAUGUUAUACCAGUACAAAAGAUGCAAUCUCAAAAAAUAGGGUGUGUCCUGAAAAUAUAUACCUCAGGUGUCAAAGGCCCCUGGCUAAAGAGGUGCAUCUUCAGCGUUUGCCAAAGACGGUAUAAUGAAGUUGCCAGAUCCUCCCCACAGAGGUGCGAGUUCCACAACUAAGUGGCUGCCACAGAGUGCCUUCUCUCAGGCAGUGGAACUACCAAGCGAUAACCCUCUGCUGAUUUUAAAAGGUCUGUAUGGAAGGAGAUGGUUUUUCAGAGAUCUGGGGACUCAGUUUUGUUUAGGGCUUUGAACGCUAACAUGAACACCCUGAAUUAGGCCUGUGGUUAUCUGGCAACCAGUGCAACUGUUUUUAAAUGGGGGCUAUAAGUCAUCUAAAUGGAACCCCAGUCAGUAAUUUGUCCUCUGUAUUUUGGAUCAAUUGAAGUUUCCAAUCGACUUCUAGGCCAUCCUCACAUAACAUAUCUAACAUAUCCCGAUUAUUACUGCUGCUGUGAAGGAUCUUUUUAAAAAGUUAUUUUCAAUUAUGCAUACAUAAUAUAAAUUAUAUUUAAGCUCAUAUCAAAUUGCCAUGGACUACUGUUUUCAUUCCAUUGCCAUUUGACUCCAACCUUUACAUUUUGUUCCUCUUUACAUCCAUAUGUAUAUAUGGCUUACAACAAACCAUACUAUUCAAUGCAUGCAAUGAAAUGGCCUCUGACAAAAGCUGCCACAUGCCAAUAUACAAUGUGUUAGUACGUUAAGUUGGCUUAAUGUACUAGCUUGGUGUGAAACUGUUAAGCAUAGUUGGUUUGAACCAUUAUUAGGUCUUGUAACAUGCUGAUUUUUCUCUUUUAUUUGAAGGUCACUUAGAUAUGGUUCGUUUCCUGCUUGAAGCUGGAGCUGACCAAGAGCACAAAACAGAUGAGAUGCACACAGCUUUAAUGGAGGCUUGCAUGGUAAAAUAACCAUUGGAUUAAAUGGUGUUUUGGUUGAAGAAAACUGAAGAACUUGAGCAUACCCAGCCUUACCUCUUUCACUACUUAAAGAAAACACAUUGCAAGAAUGUUUAUGCAAGAUCACAGCUAUUCAUUUAUGUUCUAAAAACAGCAUUCCAGUAUUUUUUGUCAUGGCAUAUAAUUUUAAGUCGAACACUAUUUUUCUUCAGCUUGGUAAAAUUGUAAAAGUUAGUAGUGGGGAAUGAGUUGUUAACAGCUUGCAAUCACAACUUAGGUUAGCAGUAAACUAACUGUAGCUUGUAAUAGCCAGAAAAAAGAGGAUAAAUAUAGUAACCACCUCUCUGAAGAAGAAUGGUCUAAUGCUGCAGUAGUCUUCUGCAUUAUGCCAUUAGCACUUGUGCUAUAUAAGGAUGCAGUGAGUAGUCAAAGCUUUGAUUGCCUACUGCCUGGUUUGAAAAACAUGUAAGGACAGUUACUGCUGGGAUUAGGUAUAUUCUGCAUAGUUACUGCAUAGAAUUAGGUAUAUUCUGUAUCAAUGAUACACUUUAUAUUCUGUAUAUAAGAAUACACUUCAUGAUCUGCUGUGAGACAUCAUAGAAGCAUUUGAAUAAAAGCAACAAUCAUAUCGCAUAGUAAGUAGCAACUGAUUAAGCAGCAGCAAAGGGGCAAAUAUUCUAAAAGGCUCAGUGAAACAAUGGUCUAUUACUGUCUGCCUAACAGUAGGCAGUGAUGGGUAUACCUCUCUAGGGAGGUUGUGCCUAAAUGAGAAUGAAGUGACUCUGUUCACAUAUAACGUUAAGCUAGGUAUGGGGAACCUUUGGCCCUCCAUGUUGCUGAACUACAGCUCCCAUGAAUUCAGAAAAUAAUCAACAAAAUCUAUUGUGCUGUGGUAUUCUUUCAGCUGAUCCCUGCAACCAUGUUGAAAAUGGAGGACAAUGCCAAACUUCCCCUCCCUGUCCCCAGCAAGCUGCAAUGAACAUGGAAUUAAAUAUCUACUCUAAAUUGAUGACAAACAAACAAACUCUUGUAGAUGCUCCUAGAUUUGUGCAUGCUCUGUCCAGCAGAAUAUCUUGUGACUCUUCAUCCCAUGCAAUUAGUACAGGUGCAUCUGAAUAUAGAAGGUGUGGAAGAAUAGUUGAUUCUUGGACAGCAGAGGAGUGGAGCAUACAGGAAAGGGUUAACUCCUAGAAGGCAGUGGUCCAGGGCAAAAAAGUUCCCAAUCAACCAUCAUGUAGUGCAGGGGUAGUCAACUUUUUUAUACCUACCGCCCACUAAUGCAUCUGUCUUGAUGGUAAAAUUUCCUUACCGCCCACCAGUGCUCAAUGGAAGGAGGAUUCAGCUUCUGCCGUAGAACCCCCUACUGCCCACCUAGAAUCCUGAAACACCCACUAGUGGGCGGUAGGGACCAGGUUGACAACCCCUGAUGUAGUGGGUUAAGGAGUUCUGCAGCCAUACUGCUCUUAAAUUCAGCUGGUCUUCUCCCGGCAUUGCUGCACAUUCGGGGGGGUGGGGACCCGGAUGGACGACGGCCACCAAAUGUGACUGUACACACCACUGCUCCUCUGGAAGUUAUAUAUGGAGCAGCCAUCGAGGUCCACACACACAGCUUAGUGAGACUCCACAAGGUGGACAAGUUUGCAUCAGCUGAUGUGGCCUCCAGAAGGAGGGUCCUUCAGCAGUUCCUGUAACUGGAAGUUGUCAUCCCACUCAGUUUCAAGGUAUACUGCUUCUGAACAUCUCUUUUGUAUGCUUCACUCCUCCACUGACCAAGAAUAGAAACUUGGACGCUUUCUGGUCAGUGGAGAGUGGCAUAUACAGCUUGAUUCAAGUUGAACCUGAUUCCACUGAUAUCUCUUCUGUUUUACCUUCUCAGUUGGCUUCUGUAUUGCUUCUUCUGUUCUUGUUUCAUAGUUCUUGUUAUUAGACACAGUGGGGUUCUCCUUCGGAUACAUUUUAGUUACUAUAACCAGUCUGUGGACUAGUGGAAAGGUCUCAUCUGGCUGUAGCAACAGGAAAUUUUAAAAAAAGAAAAAUUUUGACCCUGUUUUCUAGAAGAUGACAUUCCUGCAUGUUUCACUCUGCUGAUCAUAAUAAGAUUUCACAGUAAAUUCAGUUGUUUGCAAUUUAAACUGAAGAGUGAACAUACAUUCCUAACAUAAUUCAAAUGAUAUUGAAAAUUUCCUUUCUAGAAUAUUUGAGCUUUCUUUCUUUCUUUCUUUCUUUCUGAAAUAGGAUGGGCAUGUGGAAGUAGCUCGUCUGUUACUGGAUAGUGGUGCUCAAGUGAACAUGCCUGCUGAUUCCUUUGAAUCUCCACUGACGCUUGCUGCUUGUGGUGGCCAUGUGGAGCUAGCAGCCCUGCUAAUAGAAAGGGGAGCAAACCUUGAGGAAGUUAAUGAUGAAGGUUAUACUCCAUUAAUGGAAGCUGCUCGGGAAGGCCACGAGGAGAUGGUGGCUCUCUUACUAGCUCAAGGUAAGACAACACAUGUGUUGCAAAUUAGAGCGUUAAUAUUUUUACUAGCUUCUUUCUUGGUGGUAGUGUUGGAAGGGACCACAAGAAUCAUCUAGUCCAGUCCCCAAACACCAAUUGUGGUGUUGAUUCUGGUGCCUCUUACAUUGAGGAUAAUUACUAGGGCUGCUAACCUAUUCAGAAUUCUCUAGAUCAAUAAAAAUAGUAAUUGGAGUAAAAAAUGGUGUUCCCAACCAACCUGAUUAAUUUCUAAGCACCUUUUAUUGCAAGAUGUAAUGUUUAUUGGCUUAGGAAACCUUCAUUUUGUGCUAAAGGAAAAGGCAAGAGAAGGGGUUUAAAGGAACUUGCUCAGCCAGCCAGUGUUGAAGAUGUGAUUAAGGAAUGUUGCCCUUUAUCUGUGCCAGCAGCAGUUCCACAAAGCUCAUUAUUAGGCUGCUACUUUGGGAAGAGUACAAAUGUGCCUCCAGUGCUUAAUGUUUGGCUGGUGCUUCUGUGUUUCUCCCACUUGUUCCUACCUCUACUGCUAAUACUUUGCAGAUUGGAUGAGGAUCUUGCACACCAUAACAUUGCUCUGUUGGCUACCUUCGUAAGAAGAGCCAAGUGUAGACCAAGAAGCAGGUAUUGCAGGGAGGCAUCUUUGCUUAACUGGGUGUGGAAUGUGUGAAAAUGUCUUAAGUUAAUGUGUUACCUGGCAGAUAAGUUGAGAGAAAAUUGCUCUAUUGUACCUCUUUUAAAACCAUUUUUUCAAGGUGUUGGGCCUUUUAUUGCCAUUGUGGUAAGCCAGUGGAUUUAUUUAUUUGAUAUUUGGUUUUUAUAUUUUAUACCAUACCACACAAUAAUCAACCAUGUCUUCUGGGCAGGUCACAAAUUAAAAAAAAAAAUGAAUACAGUAAACUAAGACUAUCCAUGCAGAAGCUGCGCUAGCACAGAAAUUAGCAGAAACCAUAUGAAGAAAUGCAGGCCAAUAAAAUAGCACUAAAAUCCAGUGGGGGGAACCAAUAUCAAAUGGGCAUGCUAAUGAUUUUUUUUCCUAAAUAAUUUUUUUGUAGGUGCUAAUAUAAACGCACAGACAGAAGAGACACAGGAGACAGCUCUAACUUUAGCAUGCUGUGGAGGGUUUUCGGAAGUAGCUGACUUCCUCAUUAAGGCAGGAGCUGACAUAGAACUUGGUUGUUCUACACCUUUGAUGGAAGCGGCACAAGAGGGCCACUUAGAGCUGGUGAAGUAUUUACUAGCAGCAGGUAUGUUUGCUAUUACAGUUGGAAGAGAUAAACCAGAUAUUGGACCUUCAGAUGUUUUUCAACUCUGACUCUAAUCACUCUUGACUAGUAUGGCCAAUUUAUUGAUGCAAAUUGUAAUCCCUCAACACUUUCUUGCAUGAGUCACAAUGUAGUUUCUCCGGAGCAAUGAAGAAUAUAGUCAUAAUUCUGGAACCACUGGAAAUUAGUAUCAAUAAUGUAAAAGUAUUUAGUAUUCAAAAUGUUUAUGUGGUUAAUCUUCACAACAUUUUUGUGACAUGUUUAAUACUCCCAUCAGGAUGACAUGCCUAAGACUUCAGUGUCCAGAUUCAUUUGACUGGUUUUCCCAAGAGCGUUUGUGUUCUCAGUGGCAGUCCCUGUACUCAAUAGCAAAAGACUUAUGAAACUGAGAAAUGUUACCAAAGGAACCUGUGAUAUGCAGAGGGGUGACUUGCUGCUCGGAGAGUGCUAGCCUAAAAUAAAUAUUCUGUCACCUCACCAGUGCUUUAUUUUUUUAAAUGUUGUUUCCAGUUGAGGUAUCCUGUCAGUAGCAUUUGAGAAAGGAAAUGUUUUAUGAGCCGUUCUAGGUUGAGUGUUAAUUGGGUAGAUUUUUUAAUACAUUGUGAGUAAUCUAAUUCCACACUCUUCCACAGGCGCUAAUGUUCAUGCAACAACUGCAACAGGAGACACUGCCUUGACCUAUGCCUGUGAAAAUGGACACACUGAUGUUGCAGAUGUUCUGCUUCAAGCUGGUGCAGAUUUAGUAAGUCUUGAAUAUUUCUCUAAAAUUUUGGAAUGUAAUGGGAGCUUUUUAUUUUCUUUGAAAACAAAGAAGAAAAGUGCCUAUGCAAACUAGAUGGGAGAGUAGACCAAAUUGUUAUCCAGAGGAAUGAAUGCAAAAUAAUUCAUGAGUGAAAGUAUAGAUUAACAAUUUGUCUAAUACUUGGAUUCUUACGUUGUGAACUGCCCUGUGAUCUUCGAAUGGAGGGUAGUAUGCAAAUUUAAUAAAUAAUAAUAAAUAAUUUUGUAAUUGUUCUGUUUACACCACAGUUUUUUCAUCACUUUGAAAAAAAUAACAAUUUUCAAUCUUUGAUUUCCUUCCAGCAGUGCAUGUUCCUUGUAUUUCUUUUCUUUAAUUGGUUCUAUUUGCUGAUUUAUCAAGAAGUGCCAAUGGGACAAAAAUUUAUAUCAUUUAUUUAACUGGACUAAAUAUGUAAAAGGGUGUUCAAAAUGGAAAAGGUUGUUUGUAUUCUGCAUGCUUCAAGUACAACAAUGGGUGAACUGUAUGACUGGUGUUUUUAGGUCACGUUUUUGUGCACAGCUUGUACUAUAGUAUCAAAAAUGUUUACAAAAGCAUUGUCGUAUACCACCUUUGGUCCAUUUGCCAGGCAAGGCAAAUCCCUAAUCUUCAGGUUGUGUUUGGUCCAAACAGUUUAGUGUUCUGUUUAGCUCUUGGGUAAGACUUCAGUCUUUUCGUUGUUGUUUGUGACUCUCACCUAUUUUGAAGGGGGCUUUCUUUUACCUCACUGAAAAAGCAUCAGCUCUACCUUAAGCUUGUCUGCUGAUCUUGCUCUAGAAUAUUAGCAAAUUAGUUCUUCUCUUUACUUUCCCCCACAGUAUGGAUUUUACUUUCUUCAUAAUAUUUCUAAACAGGAGCAUGAAUCUGAAGGUGGAAGAACACCACUGAUGAAGGCUGCAAGAGCGGGUCAUCUAUGCACUGUACAAUUUCUUAUUAGCAAAGGUUGGUAGUAGUAAUAGUAACAUUAGUAGCUGAAGGAAGGAUUGCUUGACUUUUGGCUGUUAGGAAGAAUGUGUUGCUUUAUAGCAAUCAUUACCUUUUGCUAUACAUAUAAUGUUUUGUACUAAAUGUAUGUUUGGGAUGUGUUUCCUUUGCAAUUUUAUAAGAACAGUACUUGGACCGUGUUUUUGAAAGCUCAGUGCUUCAUAUACUUCUUCUUUUUAAAAUAAUUCUCCUUUCAUAUCUCCAUAAAGUAUUACAACCCCCAUGCCCCCGCAUACUUGGAGUAUGAGAUUUAGUGUAUCUUGCUUGAGGUUAUGCGCUUGUGGCAGAGGCAGUGUUACAGGGGUUGUCUCGUUCUUGUAGCUGAAGACUAACUGCAGCAGGUUCAGGUUAACUGUCAUUUGGUAUACAAUGCUUAAUGAAAAAUGAGUUUACCAGCAUUUUCUUUUAAGCGAACAUGAAAUAUGAACGUGAACCUUUAAAUAUUUUGGUACCUGACUAUGUCAUACUUGGAGUAGGCCUAUUGAAACCAAUAGAUUUAAAAUGGCCAGCACUGGUUUCAAUGAGUCUCCUCUGUUUAUGACAGAGCUGUACUGUCCUUUAGAACUCAACUAUUUAAUUUAUAUUCCAAAAUUAACAUACAACUAAUAACAAACUGGCCUUUACUGUGUGAAAUGUUUUUUAAACCUAAAUGUAAGCAAUUUCCUCUUCACUUGCAAAUUAUUGUUCAUUUUAAAAUUAAAUGAUUUGGAAUCUCAUUCCCAACAAAUGGUGUCUUUGCAUUAACUUUGUUCCUUGAAAUUUCCCUUUAAUUACGUCUCUGUGAUAGGUGCCAAUGUUAACCGAGCUACAGCUAAUAAUGACCACACAGUGGUGUCACUGGCAUGUGCUGGGGGCCAUCUUGCUGUUGUUGAGCUGCUCCUAGCUCAUGGUGCAGACCCUACUCAUCGUCUUAAGGUAUUCCAAGUAACUCAUUUUAUUAUUUUACAGUAUAUACCUUUUGUCAGUUGUAUUAGCUAAUGCUCCCAAAGUGGGUUAACUAUAAGGUUGGUUUUGUUGUGUAUACCUAGUUAGUACAGUACUCAGAUCACAAACCACUAUAAUCUGUCUUCUUAAAAUGUGUAUUCCAGGAUGGCUCAACCAUGCUCAUUGAAGCUGCGAAGGGUGGUCACACAAAUGUUGUUUCCUAUUUAUUGGAUUACCCAAACAAUGUUCUAUCAGUUCCAACUGCAGAUAUGUCUCAGCUCACACCGCCAUCUCAGGAUCAGUCUCAGGUAAGCUGUAAAGCUUUUAACUAUAGCAGUGGAAAAUGAAUGUUUACUUUUACCAGCUUGACAUAAAUGGUGCAAGUUUUUAUAUAGAUAUAGAAUAUGAAUUUGAUAUAGAAUAUGAAUAGUACAAUUUGAGUAAAAGUCAAGUAGAGAGAAAAUCCCAAGAACAAUGAUUCAAAAUUCAGGUGUGCUACCUCUUCUAUUUCUCAUGCUGUUGGAUUUCUUAAAAAGCUUAACUCUUAAAUUUGAGGGGAGGAAAAUCCAGUUCCAUACUAAAAGCUCACAAAUGCUUAUUUGAACAGUACACUUAACGUUGUGCACGUACAGCGUGUGAGGAGAGUAUCCUACUUGCUUUGGAUUAAUGUUCAGGUUACUUUAAAAUCCGCUGACAUAAGUUUUUAAUCUGAGUUGAUUUUGCAGGUUCCACGUGUACCAAUGCAUACACUUGCCAUGGUCGUACCUCCCCAGGAACCUGACAGAGCUCCUCAAGAGAAUCCCCCUGCACUUUUGAGUCUCCCAAAAGGUUAGUAUACAAACAUUUUUAAAUUUUAUAACUUGUGCUAGGAUUCUGAAUUCAUUGUGUGUCUGGGGCAUGAGAAGUAUUUGGGACUUGAUAGUGAAUGGUGCAGGUCUGUUUCUCUUUAGUCAUUUUAGUAUAAGAUUUUGAAAACAUACUAGCAGUUAUCUAAAGAACUGCUUUGGCUCCAUGCCUGGAGUUGUGCUAUUCCCGUGAUAACUUUUGAUUUGAACAGCCAGUGGCAACCUUAAUGUCAUCACAUGGUACCAUAUCUCAAACUCCUUUUAACACUCUCUGCCAUGUUGCAUGGAGGUUACUGUUAACAAAAGCAAGUUUUAGAUGAUAUUCAACUAAGUUGAAUUAAUGACCAUGACUAAGUUAAGUCCAUUAAUUUUGGUAGGUCUAUUAUAAGAAAAACUUUCCUGAAUACCGCUCAUUAGUUACUAGUUGAAUAAUAUAUUUGAUAACAUACUUUAGUAAAAUACUCAACCAUGUUUAGUUAUACGUGUAAGAAGUUGCCUCUAAUAGAUUUAGUAGAUUUCUGAACUUGGCAGUAAAAUUGCAUCUUCACCAGUAGUAAAAAAUUGUGUGACAGAUUCAAUAAACAGUGACCAACUGUAGUAUUCAUUUACACAUUUCCUUAGCUGAUUUUAUUAUUGCUGUAAAUGAGGUCAAAUAGGAAAUUCUGUAUUUUGCAGAAUUUUGAAGUACAAAGAAACUCCUUGUGUACCUGUUACAGAAAACGUCUUGUCUUGGGUUAGCAAAAUCUGUGAUUCACCUAGCCAAACAUGUUUUGUGUCAAGCCAAUGCUUGAUGUACGCAUGCUCUCAUAUGUGCUUUCUCGUGCUCUCGCUCGCUCUCUCACUCACUCACACACACACACAUACAUACACACACACCACAGUCUCCAUUUGUUUUCACCAUGUUUGUGAAAUACAUGGUUAGUGGACCGUAUUCAGCUUGGUGGUUCAUAUGCUGUACAGUUUGUUCUUUCUCAUUCUGGACAGUUUGCCCAGUUGUUAAUUGAUAACAGUUGCAUUAAGUGAGUGAGUCAACUUAGAUUUCAAAGAACUUACAAGUUUGUAUGUAUAGCCUUUCUGGAGACCUAUGAAUGUGAUUAAUCAAAUGUUUGUUGAGUCCAUUAAAUAAAGCAUAAUACUUGGUAGAAAGUGAAUUGAGCACGGUUGUACUCAGAAGUGACAGAAUUUUGCAGUGCAAAAUCACUGCAGAAUUGUUAAUUAAAACUGAUGCAUCUGCAUAUUUAUUUAGUGUAAAGAAUAUGCUAGGUGCUGUGCAGCACAUAAUGUGACGGCUCCUCUCUGAAGGUUUAAGAGUAGGGGAGCUAAGUUGUACAGAAGGCCAGAAAGAUGAGAAGGUAUUGGACAAGUUGGGAUUUUUGGGUAAGCAUUUUUAAGGGAACACUGAGAUCCUCAAAAUAGGUUAAACAAAACAUUCUUAUAACAAGUUAUAUAUAAUGCUUUUUCUAAAUGCUCAAAGUGCUUCACAUAUAAUAGGCAAACUUAAGAUAGGCUGCUAUCAUAUGAAUUCUGCACACAGGCAUCCAAAUUAUUUUCAUGGAAAAGAUUUGUAUCAUAUAGAGCACUCCAGUAAUUUACUUUAUUUCACCUAGUGGAUUAUGUGAUUUAUUCUGAUUUUUCUUGUCCUGAAGAAAGACAAGGAGCUCUGCCCAGGGUACUGAAUUCUUGACUCCAAACACUAGAAAUAUUUUUGAACCGUACCUUUGCCUUCUGGGAUUUUAACUCACAUUAGCCACAUUUUUCAAAAUUUAUAUUUUCAUCCAUGAAAACUGCUUUUCAUUGACAGAAAAUUCCUAAUUGAAGCCCUUAGUUGGCUAAAAUAUUUUGCAAAAUUUAUCAAAUUUAUGCAGCUGAAGUUGUUUUAUGUAUUAGAAAGGUUCAGCUACCUAUAAAUCUUGUUCCAUGACAAGGAAAUGAACUGUUCUCACUGAAGCAAGUUGCCCCCUUAGCACUCGCACGUCAUUUCUCUUGGUAAGUGCCUGUGUGUCAUUUCAGUUUGAGAACAGAACACCAGACAAGGCUUCCUACUCUGAACUUAAAAAGGCUCCCAAGGUAGUGGGUAAAAAUCCAUAAAAACGGUAAUCCUGAAAAAAUAAAUAGAUCUAAUUCAUCACAAAAAUAAUAACCUAGCAGCUUGCCCAUGAUCCCCUCCCAAAAUAGUGUACCAUACUCAUUCCCUGUCUCCUGAAAGAGAGGCAGCGUUGCAAGUGGAGAGCAAGCUUCAUUCUUUAGAAGCCACUACUAGAAAAGCUUUGUUUUAAUAAAUAUUUUUUCCCAGUGAGGGGGUUUAUUGUUUUAGUUUGUUUAUGCUAUAUGUUUUUACAUUUUUGUGUUGUAAACCUCCCUGUGAUCUUUGGAUGAAAGGCAGUAUAGAAAAUAAAUAUUUGUCCUUUGUGGCCACUGGGCCUAGUCUCUGUGAGGUAGUGCACACCAUAGGGCAGCCAACAAAGUGGUGUAUUCUGAUAAAAUGGAAAUGGAUCUCUUGUCCAUGUAUAUGCAUAAACACUUGUAACUGCCAGGCCUUUAAGCCUCUUCAGCUCUUUGUUAAAUACAAAUUUUGUAAAAUUUUCUCAUGAUUCAUGAAGUAGAGCAGAAUCCACUUCUGUACUAGCGAUGCUUCUCUGAGGGCCAAACUGCGUGUUACAUGUGUUCCAGCUGGCCACUUAGCUUGAAAUAAAAACAGCCUUGGGGCCCCAAUUUGGAACAUAUUCAUGAUUGGGAUGGGAGCCCUGUUCCAGUCUCCUGUUGAAAACUUCUACCUCCCAAUUGCUACUUGCUUCUAAAGAUGCUGGCUACUGCAAACAGCAUGUGUUGGGGGCCAUAAACUGCUAGGAGGUUUUGACAGGAAACCAUAAGUGCCUGUGUUCUGGAUUGGAGCAUCACACUGGUUGUUUUGUAAAAAUGAGUGGCCACCUUAAGCACAAUUUCUAAAACCAUGUGAAGAGCACAAGUGAGAUCUACAAAAAAAAGUAGUAUGUAGUGCUUUUGUUCAGGAUAUUUUAUUUCAUUUACUCUGCAUCCUCCUCCAAGCAGUCAGCUGGCUUUCCAUGGCAACUAAGCAUAGUCCUAAUUGGACUUGGGUUUUUUUUGGAGGGGUCAUUCCCACCUUACAUUUUUGUACUUCAGUGAACCUUGGGAGUCUUCCAGGCCUGUUGAUAGCUUCCUCUUGUUCGUUAAUGGUGCUAUUUUGGCAACAUGGGCACUGGCAUUCGUGAUUCAACCUAAAGGGUCAUUUGAAGUUCAGAGCGUUUUUAAGAGACUGCAUUCAAUAAGCCAGUUUUACUGAAACAGUUUGAUUGAGGUUCUGACCUCAACUGUAUAUAGCAUGUUAGAUAUCAGCAUAUUUCAGUUAUGAUGAAGCAGUGGAAUUUUAGCAAUGAUUAUAACUGUCUUGUGCUGUGCAUUUAGAAUUUUAUGGUAUAAUACAAACAAAUUGAACAAAUUGUCCCAAAAUGUUAUAUUCUGUUAUACAUUAGAUUAGAAAGAAGUGAUCUGGAAUGCAUGAGAUGCUAUAGACAUUUUUGGAAGCUCCAGAUAACAUCCACAGAAGCUACAUCUCUUUGUGGCCUUAAAAGGGGGGGUGCACCCCACACUUUUGAACUGUUUCCCUGCUCAUACUCCUGAUGUCAAUUCUUACCUCACCAUAGCUGAGCAAACAAGUGGCUUGUUUGCCAAAAGGUAUCAAAGGAGGUCAGGCUUUGAACUGAGUGGUGGUGGAACCUGAUGAGGAUCAGCAGAACUCGUCUCAGCAGCCUCCCAGUGCCCUAUUUUGUCUACAAAAUUGCAGCUUCCUACCAGUAUUUGAGGCAUUGCACCACCACUCAUGGAUGUAGUUUAAAAACACUAUUUAAAAAGAGACAAAUAUGUCUACCAGUUAAUCCCAAACCCCCCAAAACUUUUGAAGACCUCCCAGCUUGUCUGCCUGCAAAUGGGGCAACAGAUUUGGGGUGGGGUGGGGGAGCCUUUUGGUUCCACAUUAGGUUGUUAGAGAUGCAUGCAGAUAUUGUGUGCUUGGUGGAGGAGGCUGAGCAACCUAGUGUUAGGCAUAUUGGGCAAAUAUCUCUUGGACAACAGUGUAAAUACAGUGUAAGUACAACAGUGUAAAUCUUUUUCACACAUACACAAACAUUGUCUGUUGCCUCCCAAGUGCAGCAGUUUAUUUUUCCCCAUAGGAAUAAAUUGCAACAAUUCACUUAAAUGGCAGAAAUCAAAUAUUUGCAUUUGAACACUGUGGGAGGUGGUUGGAGGCUAAAUCUUUGCCCUGCCCCUUCUGAUUCCAGUGCUGGGGUGAGAAACAGCUAUGUUGGAGUUCAUCUUGUUUAUUCUGUGGAAAACAAUGGGAGCAACUUAAAACCAAACCAUUCUUUUGGGUCUGGAAGGCAGGUGCAUUUCUGGAAAAUGUUACUGUAAAUGAGUAUUUUGAGAUAAAAGACAGGAAACAAUGUUUUUAGCAUGACCUGGGUAUACUGAAGCAAAAAACGUUAGUUCCCCAAGCUCAAUUGUGAGUGUUUGACCUUCUAACUUAAGAGGGGAAAUGCUAAGAAAAGCACCAUUUUGAAUUUUGUACUUCUCCCUAUGUGCAAAUGCUUUUUGAAUAUUGCUUCAAAUUUGUUAAAGUAAUUGCUUGACUACCACAAUAUGACUGGAAAACAAUUACACAGUUCAAAGUUCAGUGUAACUCCAGGCAGUGAGCUUUAUUGUUUAUUAUAAAUAAGCAGUAUUUAUAAUAGUUAUAGAACAUUGGGCCGUACUUUACAUUAAGAAAAUAGAAUGCCACAAAACAAGUGCAAUAUAUGAACAAGACUAAAACCCAACAUUCGCAGAAGACUGAGAAACAAUUCCAUUAAGGAUGGUGGUAAUAGCACUACCAUUCAAGACAAAAUCUCAUGUGUUGCUAAAAGAUAAAGGCAGAUUACUUUAUGCUGCUUUCACUGAUGUGCACAUCCUAAGAAGCACAUAGGUUAUGGCUAUAGACACGAGUGGAUAAAUACUACAAGCUGCACAUCUUGACUACAAUGGUAGUCAGCCAGUAGUGGUUGACUUUAUGGCAGCUGAACUAAAUAUUAUUUAGUGUCUUAAGGACACAACUGAGGCAUAACAAGACUCAGAAAGCAGACCUUAUGACAUGAUGACAUAAUGAAUUGUGUCUAGAUGAAGAAAGUCAAGUAUUCCAGCUGAAUGAUGAUUGAGAGUGCUAUAUAAUGCUGGCUAAGGAGUUUUCCACUGUCAUUCUGAAUAACUGCAGUAGAAGGACAGCACAAAGGGAAAGCCCCUAUCUUAGCUUCAGAACGUUUUCCAUUUCUUUCUACUUCUUGCAAAAUGCCCCCAAGACGAUGAAUUUCAGCAGAUUUAAGCAUACAUCUGUGAUACAUCUAGUACUUGAAAACCAGGAGACCGACAAAACUAUAACUAUUCCCCAGUAUGCACUGGAGUAGGAUAACAUGUAUUUGCCUUUAAUUUAUAUAGCUCUAAAGCACUAUAGUAUUAUGACAACGCCAGCUUAUACAGGAUUAUUUGUAAGGACAGAGGAUGCAAUAAAGUGCACAGAGAACAGCUGCUGUAUGUCCUUGAGAUUCUACAAGGUGAUUAGGUUGUUCUUGAAGGAUGACACUUAAGCCAAAUGUUCAGUACUAAGUGUGCUGCACAGGAUCUUGUCUAUGGAAUUUUCAAGGUGAAGAAAUUAAGAACAGAAGACAUUGGACUGGGUUUCACUGUGCACCAAACCACAUGAGCAAACGGUAUGCUGUGCUUAGCCCACAAAGAAGCCACUAACUCUGCUCUGAACAGGCAUUCCAAAAGGCUGAAUUUUGUAGCUUUGAAUAAGGCUGACCUUGCCGUGUUUUUGCCCAGGGAGCUGUUUUUAGUACUCUGUGCAGUAAGGAAAUCGUUGCUGGAAGACGUUCAUAUGCAGUAGAAAGUCAUCAAAUAAGACAAAAUGAUGUAAUUAUGUCAAUACAUGAAGCAGACAUAAGGUUGCUUCUACAUGUUAUACAGAAAGUUCUGUAGAAUUAUAUAUGCAAAAGACUGAGAUUUUUAGAGGUUGUGUUAUUUUUACAAAAUGUUGUAGAAGUGCUAGAUGAUGUGGGUGACAUCACAGAAAAUGCAUUGUAUACCCAUCAAUGAAGUAUUCAACAAGCAACUGAAUGAUUCAGCAACAGAAUAUCUAUCCUCUCUGUCCCAUUCUACCAUGACUGAUUUGUGGCUCAGAUUUCUAUUUCACCAGCCAAGUCAGGGAACUGCCUAGCAGGUGAGGGAUUUUGAGGCCUUGUGUUAUCAGACAGGCAAGCACUACAGCUUCAUUCUAAAUGGCUUCUUAGAUACUGAGUCACCUCAAGUCCUGAGGGUGAUAUUGAAGAAUCUGGAGCUGGUGGGCAAGAUGUGUUGGGGCAUAUUGGGUCCUCUGAAUCUGCAGCCUCAUGCUAGAUGUCUUUGAGCGUGGUAGUCUUGGGAGGGUUCUUCUGUAUAUACUGAUUCCCUUUGAACCAUAUAUAUACUGGAGCCAGCAAUAAAGUUGUCAGCUUCCUUCAAGGCCCUCAUCCAGUUCUGACUAGUCCUGAUAGGAAGGUGAUAUGUAUUUACUGGGUAGGACACUUCACUUUCACAGCAAAUUCAGCAUUUGAAAGCCUGUUGAGAGAACCGUCACCUAAUUAAUAAUUUGGAGAAGGCAAGCUCACAGAUAAAACCAUCAUAUCCACUAAGAAGUUUUUGUGAAGAAUAUACAAUGUGAAGGCAACUGACUCUGAUGUAGCACAGCAUGUCUUGAAAACACGAAAUUGGAAAUGUUGCCACCAAGAAGUGACAUUCUUCAUUUUCACUCAGUGUGCAGUAUUGAGUCAUCUGGAGAAAUUCUCUUUGUGCCAUUGUAGAGCUCCCAGUGCCAGCAAAUACUGGUUGGAAGUGCUCUUAAUCAGUUAUUCUGGUUGUUCAGAUGUCAGUGUCAUUUUCCAGUUGUUUGUUUGGAACUAAUCUGUUGUUCUUUGGCACUGCCCUUCUUUGGGUUUGGGAUGUAGACUGAUCUUCUCCAGUCCUCUGGCCACUGCUGAGUUUUCCAAACUUGCUGGCAUAUUGAGUGUAGGAGGGCAUAAGGAGAAGGGGACGACAGAGGACGAGAUGGUUGGAUAGUGUUCUCGAAGCUACCAGCAUGAGGUUGACCAAACUGCGGGAGGCAGUGGAAGACAGGAGUGCCUGGCGUGCUCUGGUCCAUGGGGUCACGAAGAGUCGGACAUAACUAAAGGACUAAACAACAACAACAAAAAUCUGUUGUUAAUGCCAAACAAAGUGUGUACCUCUGAGAUGCAAAUAUAGCAAAUCUAUAUUCAUGUCAGUUCAACAGAUACUUUGGCCUGGUUCACAUGUAUUGACAAACCAUAGUCCAAAACUAUGGUUUACCUUGAACAAGCUGGUGCACACUGGCUUAGCAUUAUGUGUGAAUCUGUGCUUGUGGUAUGUUUCUCUCUGGACAAACUGCAAGUGGAUGCAAAGGUUUUUUCCUGGCUUACCACUCAUGAUUUGAUUGGGAGAAACAAACCGUGAGCGCUGAUUUGCAUAUGACACUAAGGCAGCUGCUCCAAUAGUUUGUUUUCCAGCUCUAGAAAGGAACAAACAAAGCAGGCAUAACAGAGCAGCACGCACGCACAAGCUGCUCGUUUGAGCUAAGCCAUUGUUUGUUUCUGAUCAUGCUUUAUUGUUAAAUAUGAUUGAGGCCACUGACUACUAAGUACAUUCGUGGAUGUCCAACUUGAAAUGCCUGUAAGCAUAAAGACUGUCAAAAGAUUAACAGUGCAAUUCCUUUUCUUAGUUGGUACCAGUAUCAUUUACAAAUUUUACUUUUGUGUUAAUUUCAACUUUUUUGUUAUAUACUGCUUUCAUUUUUUUAUUUUUUUCAGUUGAGCUAAAACUAUGGACAGUGUUGCAUGGAAUUUACAAAAAUCACAUUUUUUAAAAAAAUUAGAAGGUCAAGAACUCAAUUCAGCUUGGAAGCCAUCAUUUUCAUAACCAUUAGCCAAAAUGUGUUAUGUAAUAUAGUUUCCCAGCUUUUACCCCUUUUUCCAAGCCUCUUUUCCAGAAAUCCAUCUAGACUAUUUACUUACACAAGAGAAAAUAAAGGGAUUUUGCCAGGGGAUUGGAGGGAAGAGGCUGUUUUUGUCUUUUCAAGUUGCUCAGAAGUGCAUGUUUGGGUACUGCUGGAUUCAUUCACCUAAAACUUUGUGGAGAUGUGAAUUGUUUUUGUUAGCUUUACUAGCCGAAGAGCUGUGGCCCUUCCAUUUAGUUCUGAUUUAAACCUUUGUGUAGCUACUCAUAAAUUUCAAUAUGCCAUAAGACUUGAAGUAAAAAAUGACCGUAGCGGAGGAAGGAAUUAGUCAAUGGGUGCACACUAUAUCAGGGCUGCACUAUCCCAGUUAAGCUUCCCCGUGUCUUCUACCUUCAACUGAAGAUGGUUUCAACUUUUAUAAAGUCUUAAAAUUGCUUCAGCCUCAAAUGGCUUCCUCUCAGAUGUUUCAUUGUAAUUGCCUCAAUCUGUAAAAAAAACACCCUCUAAAAUAUUUUGUCUAGACACCACAUUAGGCCAGCAAGCUCAUUCUCAUUGACUGUACACUUACAGAAAUUCCUCUUUGUGAUUUACCCAGACACAACCCUCUCUUUAGAAGUCCUACAGGGUUAAUUGGGGUGGGCUUUGAGUUGAAGAUUACAACUUUAAUUUUAUGAAGUUCUGGCAUAUUUUUUAUGUUUUUGAUUUCAUGAUAUACCUGCUCCAAGCCCUAGGGAUAGGAUGGGAUGGAAAUUAAAAUCUAUGAAAUUUUUGGGCAGCUAGUGUACCGUAAUUCUUUCUGAAAAAAGCCAUGCCAAUUUUCCUUCUGAUUACAAAUUAAGACAUGACUUUGACAACCUUUAUCUUAUGGAUCAUAGACACCAUUUUCUUCUAGAACUUAAAUACUUGAAGGCAUAUUAAUAAGUUCUAGUUUUGGAUUCCUGGGCCUUCAAGUUCCAUGAACAACUUAAGGGAUAAAAAAAAGUGCCCUGUGGCACCUGAUAACACAAAUGCCAAGGCCCAAGAGACCUACUUUUUGCCAACUUGUGAAUAAUGGUGAUAUUACCUUCCUCUGAGGCGGCCAAAAACAUAUUUCACCUUAGCCAUUCAGAUAUUUCAAGGCACAUGUUUUCUCUGACACAAGUUUUGAUGCUCCUUUAGAAAACAAUUAUACAUAAAGCUUCCUCCAGCAUUGCUCUUCUGCCUCGGCUUAUACCAGGUGUGAUCAACAUGGUGCCCUCUAGAUGUUGCUGUACUACAACUUCCAUCUGUUUUCUGUGAUGAGCACAGUAUCUCGUCUCUCUGGGUUUCUUCUCCUGGACUUCCUGAUAACUUAAAUUCCUUACUAGGCUAACCUUGUGAGAAUCAAUGUACCUAUACCCUAUAGCUUGUUGUUAGAUUAUAUUUUUGGUAUAUGGUAUCAAUAUAAUAUUUUUGGAGUAGUUUUGAAAUAUUCAAAAUGUUUAUUUGUAUUGGAUCCCAGUAGAAUAAUAAUACUGUCAAAAAUAUGUGAUGGGAGAGGGUAAAGGGGGAGAGUUGACAUAUACAAAUCCCAUCCUAAAGUCAAAUCAGCACAGUCUUUGGUCUAUGCUUUGAGCUGUGACCAAACUUGGUUCACUUUAAUAUUAUUCUUAGAGUAAUACAGAUGAAUUUAGGGUUUUUUCUUCAAAUAAAAAGUGGAAUAUGUUAAUGUAAAAAGUUGCAUAUGUUAAUGAAGGUGAAUGGUGACUAAAUGCUUCUCUCUUCAGAUGACUGAUAGAAUUAACAGUCCUGAUGGGUUGAGAAAAUAAAAACAUAACAGUGGUCCAGUUAAUUACUUGAUGUGCUGGCAGCUUUAAAGUUGGCUUAAUAUGUGACUUUCAUACUGCAGGCGGUGUCAGUUGCCUUAAUCUAUAUCACACUGGUCCUAUUAAGGCAAUAUAAUUUAAUUGUGCCUAUAGGUUUGCAAGGUUUUAUGCCUCAGCACAACUCCAAAGAUAGGAAAGCUCAAUUAAUCUUGCAUCAAGACAGUUCUAACUUUUUAAAGCAUAUUUUAAGAACUUGACAUUGAAUAUAUAUAUAACUAUAGAGCCCCAAACCCACGCAUUAGUUCAUUUUUAGCUAAAUUUGUUGUAGUAUAAGAGUUGCUGUGAGCAUCAUAAAAUCUGAGUCAAAACACAGUGUUAAAAGCCGGUAGUAGUAAUGCUCUGUCUUGUCAAAUAAACUUGUUUGAGAUUAUUAGAACAGCUUGAGUGUUGCCAUGUAAUUUUGAAACUUCAGGGUACAUAAAGGCCAUCUUGAAAUUGCAUAUUCACCCCAUUAAAUGUUGUAUCUUUUAGUAGUUUCUUUUCUUUUUCUCCCUCUCCCUCACGCACCAACUAAUAUUUUUUGGGGGGGGGUGUUAAAAAAUAGUGCAUUAAUGUAACAUUGACUUUUGACAUCUGCACAGCAAAGCUCUGAGCAAAGGAUGACUUGAAUUUGUAGAGGUACUGAUACAGGAUAGCUGUUUCUUUCUAGAUGCCUUUUGUGAUGCAUUUAAACCUUUGAACUGAACUGUUCAGAGAAACAGCGCUUUCUGCAGCAAAUGCUCAUUUGCUUUUAAUACGUGUUCAAUAUUUUUGCAUUGGUCCUUGUAUUGAGGAAUAUAGCUGUUUGCAAUUUUUACAGUAUGUUCUUAAAGCACAACUCCCAGAGAUAGGUAGAGCGGCGUAUGUGUUGGAUGUUGUGUGUGUUCUGCAAGUUAAGUCUCUAGUGUUGCAGCGUAUUUAUAGGAUUUUGCUGCUUUUGUCUGUCUGAACGUUAGUAGUCAAGACAUCCGUAAAUAUUCUGUAUUUUUUUUGCAGUAUAAUUUUAUUUAUUUGAUAAACAAUAUUUAAGGGGACACAUUUGUAUUUUAAUAUUAACAUAGUUUUUUUACAACUGGAAGCUAGGGUCCAUUUUAAAAUUACAAUUCUGUCUUGUGCUGUCUGUCCUGAUAUGAGGUGUAGACUUUAAUCUAUUUUAUGCUAAUGUGGUUAGUUAUAAAGUUUUGGGUGGGAAAAGCGUGGGGAGGUAUGGGUUAACCUCAGCAUGGCAUUUUUUCAAACAUUUUUCGUGUGCUUAGGUACAUCCAAGCAGAAGUCAACUUCCCUUCAGGUAGCAGAUCAGGAGCUACUGUCACCUUUUCACCCAUACCAGCCUUUGGAAUGUAUAGUGGAAGAAACUGAAGGCAAGCUGAAUGAACUUGGACAGAGAAUUAGCGCUAUUGAAAAAGCACAGCUUAAAUCAUUGGAGUUAAUUCAAGGUGAACCUUUGAAUAAAGAUAAGAUUGAAGAGCUCAAAAAGAACAGAGAAGAACAAGUGCAGAAGAAGAAGAAAAUACUGAAGGAGCUGCAAAAGGUGGAAAGGCAAUUACAGAUGAAAACACAACAGCAAUUUACCAAAGAAUAUUUGGAGACCAAAGGUCAGACAGAGUCACCCCUUACCCAUCAGCAGCAGUGCCCACACACAGGUGUCCUCCCAGAAGUGGAAGGCAAUGAGGGUCUGCCUGGGGAUAGCUUUUCAGAGUUAUGGCAGGUUGACAGAAUCCUGGCAGGUAAAGAUGAGCAGCAGCACUCUCCACCAUCUGCUAAGCAAACCGGGUUUGUCCCUCUCCAACCUUUGUCAACGCCACAGUGUAAUUUUUCAAGUAACCUAGGCUGUAAUGGGACAGAUUCUUUUGAACUUCAGAAAGUAUUAGGUAAUCAGCAAAAUGUAGGACAACAGCAGCCAAUUGCAGGACAUGGUCAGGGGCUGUUAGUUCAAGAACCAGACGGAUUAAUGGUUGCCACUCCAGCACAGACGCUAACCGACACUCUUGAUGACCUGCUAGCAGGUGGGUUGAGAAAUAUGUUUUCUUGCAUUAAUGUGUGUGCUCCGUUCCCUCUGCCCUCAUUCCCUCUUGCAAUUUUCCCUUUGGGGAGUAUUUGUUUUAAAUAUAUUUCUUUCUUAGUGCUCUUAAUGUUGACAUUCAAGUUAUAAAUUCCCAAAUAUUUGGGUUGCAUUAUCAGAGGUUAAAUAUUAAUAUUUUGCUAUAUUGAAAUCUUCCUAUAUCAAUCAUUUGGGCUUCCACUUUAGUAGUAGUAACUUUUUAAGGAAAGCUAGUUACAAGAAACCAAAUGGUGUUUGAAUGUAUGGUGUUAAUGGAAAUAUGUCUAGUUGACACUUGCCUCUGAAGGUAUCACUGGGCUCAUGAUUUCAACACUCAUGUGAAGGUGCCAUUUGUAUGACCUGACACACCUCUGUAGGGACUGCGAGGAGAGUUUGAUGUAUUAAAACACCAGCAGCUUUAUUUGGAACUUAACCUACAGGCCUACUCAUUCAUAUAUAGUAAUAUCAGAAUAUCAUAUGCUUGUGAAAAUGAACACCCUUGAAAUAUGCUCUAACUACAUGGCAGCACUAGAAAUACUUGCAGCAGAAAGGAGAUGAUAGGUCCUGCUUAGGAACAAACUUAGCCUACACUAGCUAUUGUCAGCUUAGCUAUCACACCAUUUUAACAUCUUAAAUAAGAAUAGUUGAUUAAGACUAAUAGCGUAAGAUGCUAGGUAAGAAAAACCAUAUGCAUGGUUUAUGUAUAGACUGCAAGCUUUAACCUUCAUUGUAGAGUAAUUUGUGAGGCUGAAAGUAAGAAAAGGGCUUGCCCUUGUGGAGUUUGCAGUGAUGUGCUGGCUCCAUUUUCCUUUACUGUCUUUGGCAGAAUAUAGUUUUCCUUUGCGUUUGUAUCCUAAAUUGCUAAAACCAAUGCUAAAACUCCAAAGCUAAAACUGCUGUGGCCAUUCCUUUUAGAUGUUGAAGCUGUAGAUAGCAGUGUUUAUUUGAGUCUACUGCAGUCUGGAUGGGUCUUGGUUUUGUUUUGAAGCUAUAUUUGUUUUGUGUUGUGUAGUAGGAAUACUCCUUUUGAAUUUGAAAAAGGGAAUGUGAAAGGUGCCUCACCUAACUUGUAAAUAUAGUUUUUGCUUAUUAAAUGUUAAGUUAUUCUUCUUGUAAGGAAAAUAGCCCUCUUGAUGACCCUGUUAGCUCAUGUUCAAUAAAGUAAUACUAUCAGGUGCGAUAAAACAAGAAAAAAGAUUUCCUUUGGCUGGGUUGGGUUCAGAAAUAUAAUGCAGCAUAACAGAAUCCCUUGUAGGAGAAAGGAAAAAUGUUUAUGGAUCUAAAUGAAGUGCCUUUUACUUUUUUAUUGUGCCAGCAUUUUAUGGAUACAUUUUCAUAGAUGAUAUCUCAUAGAACUGGUGCUGUCUAAUCUGUUGGAAGUUUGCUUGAAAUGGAUAUCAUGUAAGUGAAGUGAUUUCCCAUCUAACUUACCAGCAGUAACCAUGUGCUCUGUGCUAUUUCCCUUCAACUCUGCCAAAGUGAGGACAGGAAAAAUAAAUCUCAUUCUGAUUUGGCUUCUUGAUGUCAAUAUGUGGCUGAUAAAUCUGAUUGAGAGAAGCAAAUACUAAAUAAACUUAAGUUUUAAUAGUGUAUAUAUCACCAACCAGGAACUAGGAGAGUUAGAAUUCAGCAUUGGGGGAAAUCAGAAAUUUGAGUAGGCAAAAAUCCACUUGAAAUUGAAUUGGUGUGAAGAUGUUUGGAAAAUGUGUAGUGAACUUACUAAAUUUAAUAAGGGAGCUCAGUUAAACUAAUUUGCCAAAGUUGUGUACUGUUUAUGAUUUAUGUCUUUUUGAAAGAUUAUGAAGCUGUUAGGUUUAUUGAAUAUGUAGGUUUCUGAAACCUACAGCAGACUUUGCAGUUCUCUGUUCCUCAUUUGCUCAAGUAAAAUGAUUGGGAAGGUUGCAUAUAUCAUGGAAGGAGGAACAGCUGUAAUUUUAGGGAUUUUCUCUAGUGCCCAGAUUAAAAAGAAGAGAAGAACUAUACUAGUGCUCAUUGCAGUGUCUGAAUCAGCUUAAUGGGCAGAUUCAUAUUUUAGAAGAAUAUGCAGAUACUUAUAAGUAUUGCAUUGUUAACAUCAUACCUGAUAGUAAUCAAUAUGCAGUCUUUGAUGUGGCUGACCAGAUUUUGAGUCAGCUUGAGUGAAGAUUGGUUAAUGCUUAAACUUCGUUAUUUUUUUAAUGGAAUUGCUAUUUCAAAGGAAAUACAGUGGUGCCCCGCAAGACGAAUGCCUCGCAAGACGGAAAACCCGCUAGACGAAAGGGUUUUCCGUUUUUUAGUUGCUUCGCAGGACGAAUUUCCCUAUGGGCUUGCUUCGCAAGACGAAAAUGUCUUGCGAGUCUUGAGAUUUUUUUCCGCUCCCCCCCCCCUUUUUCUAAGCCGCUAAGAUGCUAAUAGCCUUUUAGCAGCUAAGCCGAUAAGCCUUUAAUAGCCGCUAAACCACUGAUAGCGCUAAUCCGCUAAGCCGCUAAUAGGGUUGCUUCGCAAGACGAAAAAACUGCUAGACGAAGAGACUCGCGGAACGGAUUAAUUUCGUCUUGCGAGGCACCACUGUAUAUGAAUCAACAUUACUGGCUUCUAAACUACUAAUGAGCAUGUCUAGCAUUUCAGUAAUAGUCGAAAGAUGACAAAGAAAGUAGGCUUGCUGAUGACUUGAACUGGGAGGGACUGAAAUAUUUAUUUUAUUUUUUACAUCUGUCAUAUGCUCUUGAGGAUGGGAGAGGAUUGCAUACAGCACCUUGUGAGAAUUGGGCAAGUGGUGGUGGGAACGUUGCAGAGGAAAUGAGAUGUAAGAGUAUCUGGUGAUAUAAAAGCAAUGCUGGAGUGUUCAUGCAUGCAAUUUGAAUGUUAUGUUCAUGUUGUGAAUUGCCCUGAGACCUGCAGGUAUAGAGCAGUAUACAAAUUUAAUUUAAUAAUAAUAACAGGUACUCAAUAUUUGGUACAAAAAGGAGAUGAAACACUGUCUUCAGUGUAAAUGUCUUCUUGUCAUAUAUAAGCAACUAUUCUCUUUUAUGGAGAAGAAGAUGGUGAAAUAUUUUCCACAGCUACUGUGGGAAGUAGUAGGAAAAUACCAAAGCCCUACAACUUUGAAUUUUGUGUUAAGCACCCCUGCUCUCAAAUACUCAUUUAUACUUUAUUUCAUUGAUUCACUGGAUUUACACUAAAUUUCACAUUGAGCUUUCAAUUCAGAUUACUAUGAUUUUGGGGAAAGCUGUUGAAUUUCUUAACCAUUGUUGGUAAAGGCCACAUUUGGAGUGCAUAUUUGAAUGUUUAUUUUUUGUUGAAUUUCCCCAUUUAGGACAGUACUAAAUAUAAAUCUAGGUUUGUUUCGUUUGUUUUUUAAAAAUGGGAAAACUUCACCAGAAUCCCCCAGUGGAAGGAGAAUUAACUUUUGCCAUCAUAGUCGUAAAAGAAAUAAAGGCAGUAGGUGGCUUACAUGAGGUGAAAUGCUCAGCUAUUUAAUCACUUUAGGACUACUACCGUCUUCCCUAAAAUAUAUGUACGUUCCCUUGUAUGCAACCAGAUCUUAGUUUGUGUACACUUGGAUUUCAAAAUCUAAAGUGUGAAAGUCUAAGAGCCAAACAUGUAUGUUCCCUGUGUUCUGAGAACUUCUUGCAACAAAAACCUUGCGUAACAUUCCCCUCAUAGUUUUUUUUGGGGGGGCGGGAAGGAACCUGUAGUAAGUCAAAGGUGUAAAUUUCAAAUUUCACAAGUAAACAAAGUAUCCAUGUUUAAGAAUAGCAAGAUCCUAUUAUUUAAUUCGAUCAACCCUAAAUAGUGGUAUGACAUACCAAGAAAUGAAUUUCAAAAUUUCUCCCUGGGCAGGAAGAAAUCAUGUAAAUGAUUUAAUUGCAACAAGUGUUCAUACACUAGACUUCACAUACUUAAAAAAAAAAAAAAUCCUGUAUGUAGGCAAUUUUUCUCUCUCUGUACAUUAAGUACCCAUUGGCAAGAAAUUGUCUUUAUUUUUAUAUGGGCCAUCACAGCAUCUUGUGUGUUUGUUGAGCUGGCUAGUAGUUGCUUUUAUUCAUUAACGCAGUUAAGAGAUGCACCUAUCUCUUUUUUCAGAAGUCCUUUUCAUUUAUAGAACAUAACUACUGGCUACCGAUGGCAGCUCUUCUUCUAGCAAGACACAUUGCUUUUGCCUGGGAAAGAGGAAUGUUGUAAUCUUUCCAGAUCAUAAAUUAGACAAUUGUGAAAGUGAAAGAAACAACAUAAUUUGAUUAAACAUAAUGUCUGGAUUAAAUUUUUGCCCAGUUAAAUUUCCCUUACCCUUUUGUAUGUAUGGCACUGUAACACGUUUCUCUGUUGCUCUUCUUGGCUCUCAGGUUCUGCUUACUCAGUGAGAAGUGUCAGAGAAUCAUAGCAUCUCUCCUUUUGUUUUGUUAAAUUGGCUCAUGGCUUGCUCACUCUUUUCCCAACAUCAUGCUUCAGCUAGCCCAGCCAAAGGAAGAUGUAGAACUGCUGGUGCCUCUUCUUACCUCUUUAAAAAGACCAUUGGUCUCUGAAGGAGGGUCCUGUACUUGCUGUGUCUGGUGGCUGAUAGAUCUUUAUUGGCAGUGAACUGUGCAGGCAGCGGUGUGUGUGAGAGAGAGGGAGAGAGAGAGUGGAUGUUGUGAUCAAUGAAAGCUGCUGUGCUUACUACUGGGAAAGAGCAGGUGCAUCUAGCUGAUCAUUGUUGGAAGUGAAAUGCCAGAGGAUUGUGGGUGUGGGUGCACACAUACAUUUAUUACUCCUCCAUUGUGUGCCAUACCACCCCUCUCUUGUGCCUUGCUGCAUUAGUUUCCUUCUCUGAGGUAGAAGGAGUAGGAAAUCAGUAUAUUGUAUUCUCUUGUAUUCCUGUGUCUGUCCUGCUUGCUGCAUGCUCUUCUGAGAGAUUGGAGAAGGGUGAUCAGUUGAAUUCUCUUUAAUCAAGUUGUAGCUGUAUAUCAGAUGAGUCCUCAAAAUUAAGCACUGCAAAACAGUAAGUUUUAAUUUCGUGUCUAACUGUAUGCUUGGAUAGGCAAUGGUUAAUUCAGGAAUCUGUGGAAUGUGAUGCAGUCAGUUCCAUGGUUUCUUAAAUGCCCCCCUUGUUUCUUGUUCUCCUUUGUGACUCUUUCACCAAAUAUUUACAUGAUACCACCUCUUUCCUUACAAAUCCCUUCUCGGGCAAUUUUUCUACAAGGUCUUUGGCCCCAUCUCCUUGUUCUCAUCCCUAUUUGAGACAUUUAAUUGUUCCAUGUUACCUUUGGGGUUCUCUGCCAUACUUUCCAUCUGCUCCUUUAUCUUGUGUAAAUUGUAAAUUCAUUAGAGGCAGUAACCGUACCACUGGUUUGUUACCUGUAAACUGCUACUGGCUGUGAUGGGACUAUAAAUGCAAGUACUGUCUUUUCUACCUAGUGCCUUCUUGUAAUGUAAGCUGAUACUACCAUAUUUACUCGAAUCUAACGCUCACCUUUUUUGGCCAAAUUACAGUGCGAAAAUUAAGGUACACAUUAGAUUUGAUGGCACAUUUACAUUUGGCACCAAAUACUUUGCUUGGUUUCAAGGUUCUGAAAAUUGAGGUGCACAUUAUAUUUGAUGGCACAUUAGACUCGAGUAAAUACGGUAUGUCACUUCAGUUGGUCCAUAAAGAUUUGGAUAUUGUCUCUGCUGACAUUGACCAUGGGUGCAAUACAUACUUACAUUUCAAAAGUUAAAGCAUCCAUUUUAAGUUGUCCACCAGAAAUGAAAACAUAGAAGGAUUAUAGAACUGUAGAGUUGGAAAGAACCCUGAGGAUCAUCUAGUCCAACUGCAAUCUAGUCCAAUCUUUUAUUCCAAUCAUUUACGCUUCAGCAUUUUUCUGGGCAGAUUUGAGUGAACUUAACUUCUGUAGGUAUAUAAUGGCUAACAAUGAUUUGUGAAAGCACAGCUCAGGGUCGCUUUUAGUGUUUUAUGUCUUUAAAAAGAUAACUCUUUUUAAAUGUAUGUGGUAUGGUGUCUUCUGUGACUGAGUGUGAACUGAUUUGGGAACUUGGAAGUUGAAAGCAUCAAUUUCGGGGAUGUCACAUAAAUUUCAGAAAGAAAUUCGAAGAUUCCCUGGUGUAUUUAAAUUAUGAAGUUAUAUUCAGGUUCAGAUAUGAGAUGUCACUCAUAUGUCUAUACAUCCCCCUCCCCCCGAUUUUUACAGGGAUUGCAUUCCUGGCUCUGAGCAUGUCAGCGGAGUGCACAGAAGCCAACCCUCUUUCACUCCAUUCUGGACUAUUCCAAAAGCAGUCAGUUGCGCAUCAGUUGAACGCAUGCAAAAUGAUCGCCACCUGUACAGUGUUGUCAGCCAAUAUUGACAACUUUGAACAAUUAGCUGGUGAAAGUUUUAUAUAGUAAACUGGAAAACUCUCAGAAGCUCUUGUUUCACACUGUGCUCCUUUUUUGUACUACUUUGUCCUGCUGCUGGAAUUUGUGUAGUACAUGGGUGAGGAACCUGUGGCCCUCUAGAGGUGGUCAGACUCCACUUCCCAGCAACCUCAGCAAAUAUGACUAGUGGUCAGGGAUGAAGAGAGUUAGAAGUUCAGCAACCUCUGGAGGGAGACAGGUCAUCCAUCCCUGGUGUAGAAAGUUGUUGCAAGUUAGGUGGGAAAUAGUAGCUAGCUUUGUGCACAAUUUUUACUCAAUUUCUAUAGUGUAAGCUACUGCUUUUAAUACCACUCUGAUCAGCCUAAGUUCAGUUGACCUCAAGGUUUAAUGUGAAAUCAAAACAAGUGUCCUCCCUACUUGAAUGGCACUUAAAGAAAAAAUUGUCAUGGUAUACAUUGUGUACAGUCAGGUUUACUCUCAAUCCUCAAUCCAUUUGAAUACCCUUUUGUGUAUUUACAUUUCAUUCGAUGUAAAGAAGACUGCAUUGUCAGUUGUUGUUUUUAAAAAUAACUGGUAUGGAAAUAUUGAAAUUUAUUGCUUACAUUUGUUCUUUUCAUGUGUUCAAUUCAUUUUGAAUGGGUUGGAUCCAGACUUGACCUCAUGCAAAUGGAAAGACUUACUUUUAUUUGCAGAAAGGGCCAAGAUCCAGCAGAGGAUUCAUCUAGAUCAGGGUUUCCCAAACUGGGAUUUCCAGCUGUGGUUGGACUACAACUCCCAUCGUCCCUAGCUAGCAGGACCAGUGGUCAUGGUUGUACUAGAUGGCUCUUACAGGUCCCUUCCAAUAUUACAAUUCUAUUAUCUCAACUACAUUGCUUGACAGUAGCUUGCUCUUGCAACAAUUCACUUCUCCCAGUAUGCAGCGUUCGAAAUUCGCCUGGCACAUUUUGAACUUGGCUAUCAGCCACUUGCGCCAAGUGAAGAUGCCUAGGCGCCAGGACGGUACCUGAUCUCUCCAACCAUCUGGAGGUGUAUGCCUGGGGAUUCUUGGAUCCUGACUGUGCAGAUAAAAUAUAGCAGAUAGAAUUAUACAGAUUGUGUUGCUAGUGUAUGAAAACAGUCAGGAUCCAAGAAUCCCCAGGCAUGCACCUCCAGAUGGUUGGAAACGUCAGGUACCAUCAGAAUGAAUUUCAGGAACCAAAAAAUUGUUUUGAAAAAUAGGACUUUCAAGCCAUCUGGUCCAAAAAUGGCAACUAGGCAUUCCAUUUUGGCGAUUGUAACCCUUGUUAAAGGAGCCAUUUGACUCCUAGCUUAUAUUGAUUUUCUAAUACUGCCAGUAUGCAAGAAACUGGAAAUAGUAUUAACUGUGGACUAAGGCAGAGGUUUUAAAACUGUGGUCUGUGAGUUCCAUUUGGGUGGCCUGUGGAAAGGCUGCAGUACAGUCAAAUAUAUCUGUACUCAGCUACACACUUAAUUUUUUUAAUGUGAUGAUAAAGGACUAAGAUGCCCAGCAAGGGGUCCAUGAUUUGCACGGCAGCACAGAAGCACAUGACAUGCAUCUUUUGCCACAUAUGAGUCAGCUGGCUCGAUGGAAAUGUCAGUUGCCAACAUGGCACCCAGAAAUCUCCAUGUAGUUGCAGUUGGACUUGUUUCAGCAGCAAAAUACACCUGGCACCCAGGGAAUUUCAAACACUACUCCAGAACAAGAGAAUAGGGAAUCAGUGAAAAUUUCUUCCCCACUUUCCUCCAGCAUGGUGUUCUGUGUGUGAAUAGUGUGGAUCUAACCCAGUGUGUAAUGACCAUUCAGCAGAUGGGAAUUUUAAUCUUAAAUGUAAUGUUUCAUAGCAGUACGUUUUUUAUAAGUAGUUGACAUAACAAUUUUAGUACUAUUUGAUGGUUGUAUUGUUUCAUACUUCUUAUUUCCUGUAAAACAAAAUAAUCUGGCCUAGUUAGCUUUAAGCCACAAAAUGUGAAUUAUGAAAGUGUCACCUGCUUAUAUGUAAAAGGUUUAACAGUCUAGAAAAUGUCUCAUGAUGGGAUUCUGCAGCACUUGGAUACAAUCACAAAUCUCAACAGCAGCCAUCUCUUAGUUACUUUAGAAUGCCUUUGAAUAUGUAGAUGGGGUGAUCCAGUCAAUAUUGUAUACAUUGAAAAAGCUUUUUAUAAAAGCCCUUCACCAAAAUUUGUUGAAUAAGCUUAGCAGUUACAGGAUAAGAUUAACUAGUUACAGGGUAGGAAGAUAAGAUAAGAUAAACUUUAUUCGCAUUAGCCAAUGGCCAUAGCAACAUAAAACAAGCAAUAUAUACAAAUAAAAUAUAGACAAAUAACAGGGCAGGAAGCAGAGAAUUAGGAAUAACUGGGCAGUUCUCACAAAGGAGAAAGUGAGGAAUGGCCAAUCCUGAAUGAUUUAUAUUAGGAUUGGUGCUUUUUAAAUUGUUCAUAAAUGACCUGGAUUUGAGGUGACCAAAUUUUCUAAUGACACCAAAUUUUUCAGUGCAGUAAAAAUGAAAAGUGAUUGUGAAGAGCUCCAAAAGGAGCUCUCCAAAGUGGGUGAAUAGGUAUUACAGUGACAAAUUCUGCAAAAUUGUGCAAGUUGGAGUGAAAAAUCAUAACUAAUGGAGUCUGAGCAUUCAAUAGUUGAUUUUGGUGGAUAGCUCAAUGAAAAUGUUAACCUAAUAUGUGGCAGCUGGAAUCCUUUAGGGAAAUGCCUUAAACUAAAACAUCUGAUAGUGUAAUGUCUUUAUAUAAAUCUAUGGUACAAUCACACUUUGAAUACUAUGUGCAGUUCUGGUCAUGAUCAAGGAGCCGGAGCAGCUCCUGCAAGUAAAGGUUACAAUACUUGAGGCUUAAUUUAGAAUAAAGGAAAAUAUAGGGAAGGUGUAAUAGUGUCAAAGUGUGCAUGUUUCAGAAAAAAUGUGUAGAGAUUUUUUUCUAUAAUAGUAGGACCUUGAGUUACCCAAUGCAGGUUUGCAAUUAAUUUUCGCUGAGCUUGCUUACUUAGAAUCAAAAUUCACUGAAACUGAGUAUCUGUGAGUCAGUUCUUUACAUGUUGUAUUUUAUUAUUGUGCGGCUUCAGGAGUGUAGCUGGUAAGUCAGAUAGAACCGUAGCAUAUUGAUGCUAAAGUCUGUAAUACCAGCGUAGUCCAUCAAGUUUGAAGGAGGCUACACAUGUAAAAUAUGAUGCCUGUCUUGAUUUUGGGGGAUGAGGAGAGAUCUUUUCCUAUGCCUGCUUCCAAAUAUUUUAAAGGGGUAUACUUCAGAUCUUACAUGUGUGCCCUUCACACGCUUUAGGGUGUGAGUGUGUAUACAUACACACCCACCCACACACCAGAGUACAAAAUUUAAAGUGAAAAUCUAUCCUAAGUGUUUCUGUGGUUGGGGUACAAUUUUGCAUUUCCCUGUUAGUUCAUUAUUCAAUAACAAGUUUAGUAAUUAAUAAGACAUGAUUUCUCUGGGAAAGGAGCUCUUUAUGCAAGUGAUGUUAAAUGUUAUCCUUUUUUCCAGCUGUUAAUAGCAGAGUGCCUACUGGCUCCAAUUCUUCACAUGCUACAGAAUCGCCUACACCUGAACCUUGUUCACAAACACUCAGUGUCACUUCUCAAUCUGUGCUCCCCACGUAUCCUUCAGUUGACAUUGAUGCCCACGUGAGUAAUGUAGAUAAGUUAUAAAGCUGUUUUUGUUAUAAUAGUUGUUUCUGUUAUAUAACAGAGUAGUAAUAAGGUGUGUAUGUAGUAAACCUAACAUAUCCUUUCUACUGUUAAGACGGAGAGUAACCACGAUACUGCGCUGACUCUUGCAUGUGCUGGUGGUCACGAAGAGCUCGUCUCUGUAUUGAUAGCACGUGGUGCCAGUAUAGAACACAGAGACAAGAAGGGUAAGCUACUGAAGUGCUGCUGUUUGUUGGUAUUUUUUUCAGGGCUUGAUGCAUGGAUAUUGGACAUUCCAUUACUUUUCAUAACUUUCUAGCUCAUAGAAGAAAAACUGCUUUGAAACAGUUUUGGGGGGAAUUUAAUGUUUGUUAUAUGGAACUUUGAGCAUUAACUGAGAAUGGAGGAUAUGUUUUUUUUAGCAGAGGCUUCUUGUUAGCUUUUUGCCCCCCACCACAAUUGCUUUAUCACAAACUCAAACACUGACUGUUCAGUGAUUUCCAUUGCCAAUAUUUAUUGUGAAUUAUUGGCUUUAAUACACAACUUUUCUUUCUACCUCUUUGCCUCUCGUUUGAAAAUGGCUUCUAAUAUAAUAAUCUCUAUUAGGAUUUACACCGCUAAUUUUAGCUGCAACUGCUGGACAUGUUGGUGUUGUAGAGAUCCUUCUAGACAAGGGUGGAGAUAUAGAAGCACAAUCUGAACGUACUAAGGACACUCCACUUUCAUUAGCAUGCUCUGGUGGACGCCAAGAGGUAAAUGUUAUAAUCUAUCAUAUUCUUUAGUCUUAAGUUAGGAGAAGAGAGCAUGAAUGUAGCAGCCUGAUAUGUCCCCUUGCUCCCUGAAACAUUUUUUUUGGGUAUAUUUUAGUUUAUAAGUAUACAUAUUGUAUUGAACAUGUUUAAUUUUUUAAUUUGUGGAUUGCCAGUAGUAGAAAUUUGUUUCCUACAAACAUCCUUUAAAAUGGCUCUUGAUAGAUUUGAUUUUGUCAGUCAGACAAACAAGAUUCUUCAAAAUCUACUCUGGUGUGAAAAAGGCAUCCAAGUUGGACUGUCCAUACUCCCCAUACUGCUCAGGAUGGGCAGGUAUCAUGCAACCUGUAACUGUAAAAGGUAAAGGACUCCUGGGUCGAAUUCGUCUAUGGAGUGUGGUGCUCAUCUUCACUUUCAAGCCGAGGGAGCUGGUGUUUGUCCACAGGCAGCUUUUCUGGGUCAUGUGCCCAGCAUGACUAAACCACUUCUGGCACACGGAACACCUUGACAAGUUCCAGAGUGCAUGGAAAUGCCGUUUACCUGCCGCCGUGGUACCUCUUUAUCUACUCAUGCUGGUAUGCUUUCAAACUGCUAGGUUGGCAGGAGCACGAGCUCACCCUGUCGCACAGAUUUGAACUGUCGACCUUACGAUUGGCAAGCCCAAGAGGCUCGGUGGUUUAGACCACAGCACCACCCACAUCCCACCUGUAACUGUAUACCAGAUCUGAGUCCAAGAGAGAUUUUACUCUUCAGCCUGCUUUGCCCAGGAACAGAGCUGAAUCUUCCAUGUCCUUUCUCUCAUUUCUGCAACACCUUUUGUGACUUCAGUAGCUUCUACACCUUCACCAGUUUUACCUUUUCCAGUUCUUGUUAUUAGUACCUUUUUGUUGCCUUCUCCAAGUUCCAUUUGAAAAGGAAAAAGAAAACAAUGCACUCUGUAAGAAGGAAAAUUUCCUCCAUGCAAUCAGACAAAAAAGGGCAUGUUGGGAUCUGCGGGGGGGAAAGAAUCAACCAACCAAAUGUUUAUUCGGCUUUACGCCCAUCAUAAAACACAACACACAAAACAAAUCAAAUAAAACAGCGGUCUCGAACAAGCCACAAGUAAUAAAACACAAUUCACAGCUCACAAGGACAAAUAUUGGCAGAUCAAAACAGAAAUUUAAGAUUAAAGUUAAAAAUUUGGGCACUACGCUAAAUCAAUUUCUGAUGUCAAUAUCAAAAAUUCUUAUAAGUAUCAAUAAUCAGUUAGCAUUCCAUUCCGUCUCUUGUACGAGAGAACGGCUGUUAGGAAUUUAGCAACCUGUAGAGUAAUAUAAGGAUCUACAUCUUGAAGAACCCAGGCAAGCUGUAGGUCUACUGGUUUGUCAGCCAUAGGCUGGAUUAUGGAGUUUAGUAUACUAGCGCGAGCUAAACUGUACAUAGGGCAGAUAAACAUAACAUGAUGUAAAGAUUCAGAUGUUUUCAUUUCACAAGCACACAUUGAAGGGACUUGGCCCUUAGUGAAUCUAUGUCUCAGCACGUUUGUUGGGAAAACAUUGAACCUGGCUCUAAUGAAGGCAUAUCGGUGAGAUGCGGCUAUAAGCGAUGUUAAGUAGGACGGAGCACGAUAGAUAGGGGUUAUACCGAGAUUUAACGGGGAGCAGGCUCCACCACCAGCUAAGAAAUUUUGGUAUAGCUCCACAUCAUCCAGCCUUUGAUUUAUACACCUUUUUGCCGCGUUUAGAUCCAGUUUGAGCAAUUCCGUGGGCGAGAUCUCAUAGGACAGCAAUUUGGCAUGGAUUUUUCCUGACCACAAAUUUGUAAAGUCAUCCCGCCACAUGCAUUGAAUGAGAUAGUGGUUCGGUAGUUUAUGCCAUAGGGAUAUCCAAUAAAUCAAAACUCUCCUCCAUAAAACUAACUCCACUGAGGGGAUCUUCAUUUCUAAGCGAAUAGCCGCAUUACUUACGCAUGUUGGUAGUUUUAAAAGUCGGCGCAAGAAUUGGCUUUGAAGCGACUCUAAAGGUGAAAGGUUUGCAAAGGCAGCCCAUAAAGGUGCAGCAUAGGCCAUUGUGGCCAUCACUUUGAUGCUAUACACUUUCAAGGCCGCAGGAAUGAAUAAGGCCCCCUCAGAGUAGAAAAAACGGAGGAGGGAGUGUGAUAGGGCUUUUGUCUUGUUUUGAAGAUAUUCAACGUGCUCUUUCCACCCUAGAUUAUAUUGAAAAUAAAUUCCUAAAUAUUUAAAUUUAUGUACUUGUUCAAUAUUCGUGCCCUCCAAUUUCCAUGAAUAUAAUUUUCGACUCCUUGAAAAUAUCAGUACUUUGGACUUGGUGUGGUUGAUAGACAGAUGAUUAGAAUGGCAAUAUGAUGCAAAAAUCUUUAGUGCCCUCCUUAAACCCACUCUGGAGUAAGAGAGUAGUACCGCAUCAUCUGCGUAGAGAAGUAAAGGACAACGAUAAUCUGCUAUACGGGGGGUGUGGAUAAAUUUUUGUGAGUCGAUUAAUGGGUUCCUCAUAUCACUGAUAAAUAAGUUAAAAAGAAGAGGCGCUAAAAUACAACCCUGGCGUACACCCUUAUUUACUGGCACUGGGUUAGUUAGGUCUCCAGCAGGGGAUAUUCUUACCCUGGCCACGGACCCGGCAUGAAGUUGGGAGAUAAGCCACAGGAGCCUUCUAUCUAUUCCCCAGCAGGCAAGUUUAUCCCAUAGUAAUUGCCUCGGAAUACUAUCAAACGCAGCUUUCAAAUCUAUGAAGGCUGCGCAAAGUUGGCCCCGUCGAGGUGUCGAGUAUUUCCGGGCUAAGUGAUAAAGAAUAAUUGCCUGAUCUGUUGUGGAUCGGUUUAAUCUAAAUCCAGCUUGCUCAUGCCCAAUCAGGUCAGCCUCAGCUGACCACUUCAUCAGCCUUGCCAGCAAAAAACGGGCAUAUAUUUUCCCAAUGGACGAUAGCAGACUGAUAUUCCGGUAAUUCCCUGGGUCACCGGAGAACCUUUUUGUAGAUAGGAAUUAUAAUGGCCUCCUUCCACGUACCUGGUAUUAAGCCCGUGGCAUUUAUUGCGUCAAACGUUUUUGCUAAAAUCCCUGCCCACCAUGCAGAAUGUAGCUUUAUAGCCUCAACAGGGACCAAAUCUGGCCCAGGGGCCUUACCAGUUUUCAGCUCAGCUAUCAAUUCUAGGAUUUCAGCAGGGUCGGUAUUGUGCCAAACGGGAAGGGGAUUAGAAGGUCUCCAGCGAGUGGCCGGAGCUUCUGCCACUGAGAAAUAUUUUCUCAGGAACUGCUUCCAUGUAGGGGCCGGGAUCACCGUUAAGGGGUAUUUCGUGUUUCUUCCCAUUAUUAAGGACCAAAAUUUCCGGGAGUUAUGAGAUUUUGCGGUAGAAAUUAUAGUCUGCCAGCGAUUUAAAUGCCAUUCCCGUUUGGCCGAUUUCUGGGCCUGUUUGUAUGCUUUUUUAGCCAGGGAAUAAGAUGGAGGUAAGGCCAGAGCGCCGGAAAGUUUAUAGUCAUUAUAUAUUGUAUGUAGAUGGAGUGGGGGGGAAAGAAUCAGUACUUUGCUGCUUUCAAGCCUCACAAUGCAAUCUAGGGACUUUGACAAAUGUUACAUUUCCAUUGAUCACACACUUGCCACGAUUUUGAAAUUCCUGAAGUCCUAGAAGCCUGUUGCAGGAAUGAAAGAGAGGGAAGCUAGAAUAGGGAGCUCUGUUCCUGGUCAAGGCAGGAAAGUAGAGAAGAGUCUGGAGCCACACAAUUUCAGGUCACAUGAGUACUCUGUGUCCUGGGCAGUACAACAAGACAGCCCAUUCUGGAUGCCUCCACAUCAAACCAGGAAGAGCCUUCAUGGUAAGCAACCAGUGUUCUGUUCUGUGGAUUUUUUGUAUAUAGAGCAGGGUUUCCCAAACUUUGGUCUCCAGCUGUUGACUACAACUCCCAUCAUCCCUAGCUAGCAAACCAGUGGUCAGGGAUGGUAGGAAUUGUAGUCCCAAAACAUCUGGAGACCCAACUUUGGGAAACCUUGAUAUAGACUAUUGUAGGAUUCUCAGUACCAUUAAAAACAUACAAACUAGUGAAACUAAUUUUGAGGAGUGCUCUGCUGCCGUAAUCUCUCUAUACUCUAAUGUCAAUUGGCAACUGGUUCUUUGUAUAGCCAUUGAGGAAAAUAAAGGAUUAAAAAAGAACCUUGGUUCCCUGACUUGCCAUUUUGUAUUCUAGCUAUUUAUAGAUUUAACAGUUUGGCUGUUUGUGAAUUCCACCCAGUGCCAGAGUAUUGUUAUCCUCUGAUCCUGCUAAUAUUGUACCUUUCAGGUUGUUGACUUACUGCUGGCACGAGGCGCAAAUAAAGAACACAGGAAUGUGUCUGAUUAUACACCUCUUAGUCUUGCUGCAUCUGGGGGAUAUGUUAAUAUUAUUAAGAUCCUGCUUAAUGCUGGAGCGGAAAUUAAUUCAAGGUAACAGGCUGCGUUUAUUGGGCUCUGUGGCAUGCUGCAUUUGCCACUUCUGGUUCUAUCUUGGGAGGAGGAAUAAAGGGGAUGUCUAAGUCAACUGAUCUAUUUUGAUCCUAUUCAGUUGUAUUAAACUAUCAUAAUACGGGCUCCUGGUAACAAAUGUGCAAUUUUUUUAUGUCUGUUUUUUAUAUAUUAAAAGCUCACAUGCUUUGUUAGUAGAUUUCCCCCCUCAAAUUCCUGCUAGUGUUUUUGGCAUGUAAAAUGGUGGUAUCAAGUGAGACCAGUCUGCUUUAGUCUGCUCUAGUCUGCUUUUGUCAGUUAAGUUUGUAUUCGAUUUUUCUGUAAACUUGUGUCUAUUCUUCCAGGGGGGGAAACUUGUUUUCUGUACAUUUGUCUAGGUUAUUUUGUUCUGGUGGUUGUAUUAAUUAUCUCUUCCCUCUAGGACUGGGAGUAAGCUAGGCAUUUCUCCUCUGAUGUUGGCGGCUAUGAAUGGCCAUGUUCCUGCAGUGAAGCUGUUGCUUGAUAUGGGCUCUGAUAUAAAUGCUCAGAUUGAGACCAAUCGGAAUACAGCGCUCACUUUGGCCUGUUUCCAGGGCAGAGCAGAGGUGGUCAGCCUGCUUUUGGACAGAAAAGCCAAUGUUGAACAUAGGGCAAAGGUGAGCCUGCAGAUAGCUUUCUUCUCAAACAGACUUGUGGUAAAAAUGGUUUUGGCAAUAGACUUAGUUUAAAGCUUCCGGUUUUAACUAUUUCAGUAAUUUGAAAUCAAGCCAACUUAUCUUAUCCAUCACUGAGUAUUGGAAGGCUUUAUUGCUUUUACUUUAAUAAAUGUACCAUUAUUCAUGAUACCACAUCAUGGCUGACAUUGCCUCAAAAGCUACACCUGAUGGCAAGAUACCUUACUGGUUAUCAUACUGGUUUUCACAUAGUGGGUUGCAGCUAUCCAAGCUAAAGUGGAUUGCAGCCUAAAGUGCACCACACCACUUGUUUUGAUAUUAAAUUAGAGUGAAGAGAAAAUUGAAGCAGAUAUGAAACUUAUGUACUUUUGUGUGGAAUAGGGAAUUUUGGCAGCUGUUUUUUUCUUGCCGUUGCAUAAUAGAUUGUAACUGUAAAGUAGAGAGGCUCUCACUGUUGCAAUAGCCUCUUUUUUUGCUGGUGGUCCUAGAGAGAAAAGGCAAAAGAUGAACAGUGAAAAAAUUGAGUGGCUCCUAUAUUGGAGGUGGGUGUUAAAGAUGAAUUCUGGAUCUGAAAAGGAUUAAGACUACCGGUUUACAGUAGGAGUGAGGAACCUCUGGCCUAUAGACCAGAAGCCUCCUCAUCUGCCCCACCAGCCUCUUCUUCCAGAGUCUGCCUACUCCAUGUCCCAGUUUCUCUGGCCAAGCAACAAGAGAGUGGUGGUGGAAGAGAUUACGAGCUGUCCAAAGAGUAAAAGAUUGUUAUUUUUCCAUGGGCAGUUUGCUGCAGUGUGUGUAGGAUAUAUUGGAUGGUUGUGGCUUUAUUCUUCAACACAAAGGAAUGCAGCUCUCGAAUCGAAAAAAGUUCCUCAUUGAUCGUUCCUCACUUCCUGUCAAUUGAUCUUUCCUCACUUCCUGUCAAUAAGGGGAGAGAAAAGAGGAAAGGGAUGGGGAACCUUCUGCAAUUCGAGGACCGCAUUCCCAUUUGGACAACCUGACAGACGGUGCAUGCCAGUAGUGGCAAAGACCCACUUCUCUUCCCUUAUUGACUAAAAGUGCAGAACCCUUGAGGUAAAUUGAAGAUUAAAGAAAUACAUUAGCUUUGACUCAGUUUAGUUCCUGAACUAUAGCCCUGUGGGAGCCUCUGCAGGAGGAGUCGUACAGGUGUAUUGGAGAGAAGCAGGAAACAAAAGCCCAAACACUAGCCAAAGAAAAUGCAAACUGCAAAGUCUUGAAUAUUGUGGUGAGCAGAUUAAUAUUAACAUUCUGAAUAUCAUGCUAGUAAAUAAGUGAUGAGGUACUUUUGUUCAAAUUGUUCAAGUGUGCAGUGUUCAAGGCAGCAAAGUUCUAUACUAAAGCAAAGCAUUGUAUUUUGAUGUAACAUCCAUUAAAGUGAACAUUUAUGCUGUACAGAUGCUUCUUGAACAUAAUAGUCCCAAGACCUUACAGCUUUUUUUUUGACUUGUGAAUCCAUUGUGUGUGACUCUAGCUACCCUGAGUGAUGUUGAUAGGUCUUGCAUUCAUUGGGGUCCUUACAUAGUGAAAGAGGUUGGCAACUGUUUCUAAUUAUGUUUAGAACUGCUUUAUAUAGACUCUGUUUCAAACAUUCUUUUAAACAGACUGGGCUCACCCCUCUGAUGGAAGCUGCUUCUGGAGGUUAUGCUGAAGUUGGAAGAGUUCUUCUUGAUAAAGGAGCAGAUGUCAAUGCUCCUCCUGUGCCUUCCUCAAGAGAUACUGCUUUAACAAUUGCAGCAGAUAAAGGCCACUACAAGUUUUGUGAGCUCCUGAUUAAUCGGUAUGUCAUUGUUUUUACAUGAAUAACUAUAACGACUAGAGUACCCACAUACAAAAGUAGGUACCAGCAGACUCAGAAGAACCUGGUGGUUUUGCAGCACUAUAUAAAAAAGCCACAGGGAGGAGCAAAAACUAGUUCCUUAAAAUUCAAUGGCAUAGAACGUUGAGACUGGCAGCAUUCACACAUCAUAGUAAACCAUAGUUAAUGGUUUACCAUGUGACUGCAGAAGGCUCCUGCUUCACUCCUUCCCUCUAACUAGUGGAACUUAGCAUUGUAAUAUACUAAAGUUCUGCUCCUAACAAACCACAAAGUUAAGCCAGGCUUACCAGUCAUGAUUUGUUUGAAUGAAACAAACUACCUGGUGUUGGACAUAAUGCUAAACUUGGUUUGUUGCUCCUGCUAGCUAGAGGUGCUGUGUGAAAAUGUUGCAAUCAUCGUUUGGAGUAAACCAUUGACUAUGGCUUACUAAAGGGGUGAGGAAGCUGUGACCCUCCAGAUGUUAAAUUCUGCAACUCCCAUCAUCUCUGGCCAUUCUGACUGUGGUCGAUGGGAGUUUAGUCCAACGACAUUUGGAUGUGUGCAGGUUCCCAUUCUUGCGUCUACUGUAACCUACAAACUGGGCUAUUUGAGUGAAGGGGGAAUUGCCAACUGGGUGGGAGGGGGAACAGAGUGGAACAGCUGGGAAGGAUUGUAGGAGAGAGACAGAUGUUAAGAGGUGCAGAGAACCAUCUCAAAUGAAGUUCAUUCUCCAUAUUACAGAUUGAAAGGGCUUGUGAUAGGGAGAAUAUAGCAGCCCUGCAGUGUAUUUAACAUGCUUUACUGGUUGGACUGAACCAGAGUACAAACCCUGCACUGUUAUCCAUUGCAUUUAUCUCCACAUUGCAAGCUGGGUUCAGAAAGUAGCAUGCAACAACCCUGCAGUAUAAUUCACUGUUAAUAUUGCCAGUCAGGGGUGGUCACUAUUCUAAAACUGCCCCUUUAGACUUUCCUUUGGGCCAAGUCAAGCACUGAGUUGCAUUUACAAAGACCAUUGCUCUAUUGAUUUUCAUGCAGACUGUAACUAAAAAAUUUGUAACUAAAAAUAUUUAUUUUACACAUGAAGUCAGACCAGAAACUCCUGUCUUUGAUGCUCACUUUUGUGUUUUCCACUUCCUCAGCCACAAGUUCACAUAAUAUAUGCACCCAUGAUAACACCGCAGCUCUUAGUUGUGAGACCCCACUUGUAAGAUAGUAAAGUCAAUUCAGUCCCAUGCAUAAGAGGGAAGUAUCAGCAAGCUUGGCAAGGUUUGCAGAAAUAAAAAAAGAAAAACUUACAGAGAAAAAAGCCACUUUGCAUGUUCCGAUUGACAUAGUGCUAACAUGUUAGGAAAAGGAUGGGAUGAUUUGAAACUCAGACCUUAAAAUUUUGUUGUAGGCCCCUUUUUUGGAAUUCUAAAUUUCAGUUUAGUCUUUAUAGCACAUACCUCAAGAUCAUGGAUGACGUUCUGAAGUUCUUAACAGCUUCCAUAUAACCAGUGUUUGUGAACUGAAAUGUAGUUUCAAUUUCUGCCUGGAUUUUUUUGCCAGCUUGAAUUUAAUUCUAAUUCCUUUCAGGGGGGCACAUAUUGACGUUCGCAACAAGAAAGGGAACACACCGCUCUGGCUUGCAGCUAAUGGUGGCCACCUUGAUGUAGUUCAACUGCUUGUGCAGGCAGGAGCUGAUGUGGAUGGUGCAGAUAACAGAAAAAUUACUCCCCUUAUGUCUGCAUUUCGUAAAGUAAGUUCAUUGAUGUUUCACAAAAUUUAAAUCUGAAAAAGUCAACUUGAUGGUUUUUCCUAUCUUUUAUCUUAGAAUGAAUGAAAUUUCCUCUUUUUCUGUUUUCCUGUUGCUGUUUGCCUUAUGACGACCUUCCCCGACCUAGUGCCCGCUGUGUGUUUCUGACAGCUGCCCCCAGCCAUUAUGACUGAUGGAGGGCAGUGGUUCAAAACAUUUGGAGGGCACCAGGUUGAGAAAGCUUGCAUUAGGAAUUGAUGUGAACUGUAAAGUUUGUACUUUACAUUUGAAGAAGCAAUUUCGCCUGCCUAAAACAAUGUUUAUGUCCGCUGAUUCCCAGGAUAUAAUUGCUACCUAGUUGUACUUACUCACUUCCUCCAUAGUAAUUGUGGAACUGCCUCAAAUGGUCAUGAUCCUGACACUCAGAGCAGGACAUACCCUCAACAUGUUUUGGUCUUCAGGUGGGGAAUGGUCAUGGUCAGACCACUUCCUGGUAAAGUUUGUUAUUGUAACUGCUAUUCAUGCCUGCAAGAGUGGAGGACCAGUUCAGAUUGUCCGUUCUGAGGCUGAUGGACUCUAAUGGCUCUGGAGGAUUUCCCAGUGGAAAAAGUAGGUGAUUUUGUUGCGGUUCUUGUUUUGCUGUGGAGCAGUGAGACAAGAAGGGCUGCUGACAUGAUCAUUCCCAAACCUGCUCUUCAGUGCUGUGGAGAUCACAUUGCUUGCUCAUAUUCCCAAGAGCUGCAGUUGAUGAGAUGGAAAGUGAUGAAAUCUUGCUUUCAAACUGGCUAAACACUCGUUAGGAGACAUAAUCCUAUUGUACUGCAUCCAUUGCUCCCUCAAGGAGUCAGCUAGCAGGUCCAGAGACUUGUUACCCUGGAUUCGAGUGCAGAUCCAUGAAAUCAUAUCUGCAAGUAGUUUGCAGUACCCUUUAAAGACAAAGUCUUCAUCUUGACUUGGAUGCCACUGUCCAAUCACGAUGUCCAGUGCUACACCUGGAUCAUUUUCAGUUGAUGUUGCCUGAUGAUGUAGCCAGGAUACUUACAGCAAUGCCUUUGACCACAUGCACUCUAGACUGUGGCUGGUCAAAGCUAGCUAGAAUUUGGGGUGACUACAUGGGUCCAGGAUGUUAUGAAUGCAUCACUGCAUGAUGGGGUGGUCCCAGCUGCUCUUAAAGAGGGGGGUAGUGCAAUUACUCCUUUAAAAACCUAUCCUGGACCCACUACUGGUCAGCCAUCAAUGUCCCUUUUGCAGGGAAGGUGGUGGAGCAACAUCCAAGUGUUCCUGGAUGUCACUGAUUAUCUGAAUCCACUUCAGUCUGGUUUUAGGCCUGAUUAGGGGCUGAAUCAGCCCUGGUGGAUGACCUUUAUUGAGAGGGACAGGCAGAUUGUGAUCCUGUUACUCUUAGUUUCCCAGAGGCUUUUCAUACUGUUGAUCCUGGUAUCCUCCUAGAUCAGCUGUGUGGCCUGGUUAUUUGAGAUACUGGGCUGGAUUCAGCUAAUGGUCCUGCUACUGGAAGCCUAUUCAAGGACUUCCACUAGGGCAAAGGGGCUGUCCUGCCUCCUGCUCUCCGCCCCCCGCCCCCAUGACUCAGGUGGAAGUCAGGAGAACCCCCACGGAAAAAAACCCCACCCAACAACCACGUAGGAGGAGAAGAGAGAUUGUUCUGUUGAGGAAGGUGAAAUGCUUGCACUGACAGAACAUUUGUAACAGUGCAACAUCAAAUUCCUCCUUUACAAAGGUUCCAUUUCUAGCUGUGUGGUAAAGUUCUGAGAGUAACAUUGGGGCACUGCUCUUCAAUCUUCUGGCAGUUGUGCUGUGGGGCUCCACGGGGGUACCGUUUUGUCCUCAACUAUUUAACAUCUAAAUAUGGAAGAUGCCAUUAGGAGUUUUGGAGUAUGGUGCUAGCACUACACUGCUUUUUUCCUCUAUAACAUCUGAAUCGGGAGAGGCUGUUAAAGCCCUGGACCAUUGCUUUUAAUGCAGUGGUGGUCUGGAUGAGGGCAAAUAAACAGCAUUUGAAUUCUGGAAAGACAGAGGCAUUAUAGGUAGGUGGUUUCAGUGUCCAGAGGAUAGGACAGUUGCCUUUUUUAGACAGGGUUUCACUUCCUCUAAAGGAGGAAGUACGUAGCUUGGGGAUUACUCCCGGGUAAAUCGUUAUCAUUCCAGACCCAAGUGACCUCUGUAGCUGGCAUGCCUUUUACCAGCUUUGUUGGGUAUGUCUGCUACCACUAUAUCUGGAUCAGAAUAAUUUUGGCCACUGUAGUACAUGCAUUGUUAAUCUUGGCAUUUGAUUGAUUGCUUCCAGCCCUUGGUCUGGAAGCUCCAAUUAGAUGGGGGGUAGAUGACUGGCAGCAUGUGACCUCUGAUAGAUAUCAUAUCAUAUAUCAUAUAUGUGCACUGGCUGCCUGUAUGCUCCCUGACCAAGUUCAAGGUUAAACAAAGCCCUGAACAGCUUGGGUCCAGGAUACCUUGAGGUAUCCUGAUCCUUGAGCCUGAUCACUGAAAUCAUCUAGAGGAGUGCUGUUGGUUGUUCUCCAUGUUCAGAAGCCCAGCUGGCCUCAAUCAUAAGUCUGGUAUUAAUGUUGCUGGUUCUGUGCUGGAAACACUUGCUUUUGAUUUUCUGUUGAAGACCUUGUUAUGCUGGCAGGCCUAUGCAGUUGUUUAAAGUUUUAAUGAUUGUUUUGUACUGUUUCUAAUGGUGUUUUAUGUUUUAGUGUAUACAUAUUGGUGUGUACCAUUCUGAUAGGAGAUGAUAAAUGAAUAAAACCUUGGUGCUGCUCUUUUUUUUUUUCAGGGUCACGUAAGAGUAGUGCAGUUUUUGGUAAAAGAAGUUAACCAGUUUCCUUCAGACAUUGAAUGCAUGAGGUACAUAGCAACAAUAACUGACAAGGUGAGUGCCAGAAAGGCUCCCAAUGUGUUCUUAAAUGAUGUGGUGCACCACCUGCAACUUAACAAUGAUUAAAAUCAACAGUGGCGGUUUUUCCCCAGCAGUAGCUCCCAUAUUUAUUUUUAAUAAUGCAUAGAUAAAUUCAACAGAUAUUGAUGCUACUGAGCAUGAAGCCAAAUCUAAUAAAUAUUGAUAGUCUUCUUGAAAACCAAACAUAUACAGAGAUUGAACAUAGCCUACCUUGGUUAUUUUAGAGGAAAGGUGAACUAUAAAAAAUGGAAACAAUUAUGUCUUGGUUCUGUGAUAUGUUUAUGAAACUGAGUGUUAGACCACUUGGAUCUAUUAACUUGCAAGCAAUGUUGCUAUCUGACAAUGAACAGCUAGGUGUCCCCACCCCGAAUUCUUGAGUGAGGGCAUUUUCUCCGUUGUAGGUGUGGUGUGUUGGUGGGGAGGGGACGGUCUCUAUUCACCACUUAAAACAAACAGACAAAAAAAACAGAUUGCAAGACUUUUAUAAUUGAAGAUCGCAGCUCCCAAAUAAUUUAGGGGAAAAGUCUGAAAGAAAAAAAGUUCACAAAAUGAGGUCAGACUAAAGGGAGGAUUUUCAGCACUUGUUACAUCACUCUCACAAGAUCCAGUAGGUGCCCUCUCACAAGAUCCUGUAUAGUGGAACCACAUUAUACUAUACAAGUAUAUUAGCAAUGCAUGUUUCAUAUGUAGGUAGAACAGCAUUGUUCAUGUACCAAAUAUUGAAAGUGCUUAUUUUUAAAAACUUUAUUCAAAUAGAGAUUAUAUCCAAAAAGCACAUCCUUGAUGGAAAUUGCGUGGACUGUGCACAACAAAUUGGAAAUAAAUGUAUGUAGGUUGGACAAAAAUGAGGUUCAGAGAGAGGGGGUGAGGCUGUUGAAAACUGGUGUAUUUUCACAGGCCUGCAUUGGAAAUGUACAAGGGAGGCAUUGCAUCUAUUAUCCAACACGCCUGCCUUCCACCAGUACCCAAUAGCUGAAUUUCAACAAGCACUGGAUUUUUUAACAAAAAUAUUGUGUUCAGUUUUACCGCAUAUGUCUUAACUACCAUUAUAUAGAGAUAUAUACGCAGCUGCUAUUGUGAAGGGCUGUACUUCACAAUAUGUUAGACUUUGUGAAUUGACAUGGCUGAAUGCUUUUGCCACUGGAAAAAAGACCUUCCAAAAUGUUAGCAAGAAGGCUAGGAGUGAAUGCUUCUCUAAGAUGCUAGAUUUCCCCUAGUAGGAAUAUGUAUGGGGAAACAUUCGGUAGGAGGGAAUAAAUCUUGUCUGAAGUAGUAAAGACUUUUCUGGUCUGUACCAUAUCCAACAUCUGCAAAUCUGGAUUUGCCUAAGGAAAUUGAUCACCUUUACUUCCAUUAGUAGUUAUGGUUUUGCACCUAUUAUCAAGGGUAGCAUAAGAAAUGCUUUCUAGAUUUGGAAUGCCAUGCUAUAGUUGUAUUCUAAAAGUAGGCAGGUGGACACCUGGCCAGCACAAGGCCUGUCAGUUGAAACAAUAAACUCUUAUAGUAUUAAACUUGCAGCUUCAGUAUAAAUUCUGCUCUUUUUGCAUUGAAAGAUCAGUUAGCACAUGUAUGGCAAACAAAUUGAUAAUUGCUUUAAAAGCUGUAUUUUCAGAAAACUGUAGAUCAGCCUAACAGUAAUCAAAAAUCACUAGUUUUAAUUCAUUACCUACAGACAUAUUCUCUGGUACUCCAUUUGUAUAUGCCAGUGAAGUAGUUCUUAGACACCAAGAACUUGGUGAACUUGCUGAACCUAUCUUUCCUUUUCACAAACUUUCUACUGUAUAGGAUUUGCUGAAGAAAUGUCACCAGUGUGUUGAAACAAUUGUGAAGGCAAAGGACCAGCAAGCAGCUGAAGCAAAUAAGAAUGCAAGCAUCCUGCUAAAAGAGCUAGAUUUGGAAAAGGUAAGAUGAUAGAGUACUUCCCCUUGCUUAAAUACUGUUACAUAAAUCAAGUGAAAUCCUCUCUCAGACUUAUGCAUGCACCUGUGUGGGAUAAAUGCAGCAGAGGAUUAAUCUGAGUCUGCUGUGGAUUUUAAUUUUCUGGAGUAAGCCACCAUCACUCCUUCAAGGCUAGCAAGACUUCUAAAUCAAAUGGGUAUAAAUCUAACAGUUGAAAAUCCUAACCAUCCCCAUGAGCCACAUUCUGGAUUAGAUUUGGCCUUCUUCCUACAUCUUCCUGUGUAACGUAGCAAGCUAGUAGUUACUAAAGCAGUAUCUUGCGGUUGGGGGGGAUUCCAAAGUAAAGCUUACUUUAGUUAUGGAUAGUAAUAACACAAAGUGGUCCACUACACUAUGGUCUACUUUGGACACCCUUUCUCAGCCUCAUACAUUUAUAAAGCUUGAAACAAGUGUCAAGAGUCCCAGCACUCCUGCUUCACCUUGUGUGCUUGAUCACCACUUUUUUUAGCUUUUAGUAAGCAUAUGCUUCCUUCGGGGGACUCUUGAGUUCAUGUUAAUUAGUCAGGAUCGUAUUCAUGUUUUAUGAAGCCUAGACUUAAACAUACAUUAAACUAAAUGUAGUCCACUAAAAACAGGUAUAAAAAAUUGGUCUACAAUUGCAAUACAGUGGUACCUCGGGUUAAGUAUUUAAUUCGUUUCGGAGGUCCGUACUUAACCUGAAACUGUUCUUAACCUGAAGCACCACUUUAGCUAAUGGGGCCUCCUGCUGCCGCCGGAGCAUGAUUUCUGUUCUCAUCCUGAAGCAAAGUUCUUAACCUGAAGCACUAUUUCUAGGUUAGCGGAGUCUGUAACCUGAAGCAUAUGUAACCCGAGGUACCACUGUAUAAAAGAGCAGGACCACUGCAGAUUGAUUUAUAUUCAGUAUUUGAAGGUGGCUUUCAGGGUUUCCACUCUUAAGGACAAUCUAGGCAUAUCUGUAGACAAAUCUAAUACAAAACACAUUUGUAGCACAGUUGACCUAAGCAACAGUGCGCUUUCCCACACAGGAUGAGAUCUGUGGGAGCCAAGCCAGAUAGGAAAAAGCACUUCUGUUUACUUUCAUUUUUUUACUUUUUCGUUUUACUUUUUAAUUUUACUUUCAUGUUUAGGGAAGUUUUUAAUGUUUGAUGAGGUAUUGUUUUUAAUAUUCAGUUGGAAGCCGCCCAGAGUGGCUUGGGAAACCCAGCCUAUUAUUAUUAUUAUUAUUAUUUUAUUUUAUUUUAUUUUAUUUGUGUGGGGGAUCAUUCAUUAUGGAGGUUUCUUGAGCCAAAAAGAAGACACUGGAGAAUUUAGAAUUCUUUAUAUAAUGCAUUUGCUGUAGUUAUCAAUGUAGAUAUGUUUAUAUUCUAUAUUGGUGUGUAAUCAGGUAUAUUGUAAAUUAUUUUUCCACAGUCCAGAGAAGAGAGUAGAAAGCAGGCUCUUGCAGCAAAAAGAGAGAAGAGGAAGGAGAAGAGAAAGAAGAAGAAAGAAGAGCAAAAACGAAAACAGGAAGAAGAUGAGGAGCACAAACCUAAGGAAACACUAGAGCUGCAAGAAGAUGAAGAUGAAGAUGAGAAUGAUGAUGAUGGUGAGGAAUUCAUCACUCCUUCAACUUAGCUUUCUAAACUUGUAUUUUUUGGAUUUAAAACUCUUCUAAAGCACAGAGUGAAAGUAAUUUUUACAUGUGUUUUGGUAAUAAUUGGUCACUUCAUUUGAGUAAGGAAAUCCAAGUCAUGUGUGAGGGACUCUGUUAGCAGUGUACAUCGUACACAAACAAUUGCUUUUCCUUUCUAAUUUAUAUAACUAGUAGAGUUGUAUUUAGAAUGACUCUGUAGCGAAGAAAAGGCUUAGUCCAGAAAAUACAUUUUGAAAAAGAUGGGUUUUAAAACCCAUUUAAAAAUGCAUAGUUUCUGUGCUUCUGUGUGUAGGAGUGUAACAGGCUGGGAGCUGCCACAGAAAAGGCCCCGUUUCUCAUGCCUGGCAACCAAAUUGACAUCAUAGGAAGGUACACAAACAGGGCCUCUGAGACUUAUCUCAGUGCCCAGGCAAGUUUGUAUGAUUGCUUCAUACAAUUAUCCUUCAGAUAAUUCUGUCUCAAACCAUAUAGGGCCUUCAAGGUUAAUACAAGCACUUUGAAUUGCAUCCAGAAACGCACCUAUAACCAGUGCAUUUGGUACAGAAUUGGUGUCAUGUCCUCCAGUUCCCUUGCCCCUACCAACAUCCUAGCAGUGGAAACCUGCACCAGUUGGAGUUUCCAGACCAUCUUCAAAGGCAGCCACACAAAGAAUCCAUUAUGGUAAUGUCUUGGAUGUAAUAUGUGCGUGGAUUACUGAGGCAAGGUCUGGUCUCUCUAGAUAGGGCCAUAGCUGCUGUAUCAGCCUAAACUGGUAAAAGGUAUUCCUAGCCUAAUCCCAGGAUGCAAGCCAGAGUGCUUCCCCAUUCAGGACUGUUAAAUCAUUCCAUCCAUGGAGAGCACCUCCGUCUUGUCUGGAUUAAGCCUCAGCAUGUUCACCCUCAUGUAUGCCAGAAUCGUUUUCAGACACCUGUUCAGAUGUUCCACAGCUUCAGGAAGAUGCAGGCAAUGCUAUUUUUCUAGAAAAAGAGGUGCCCUAACUCACCGUGAAAGCUUCCAUUGUUCUCUUAUAAUGGCACCGAGUUCCAGCUGGGGGAAAAACAAACCUGGUUGUAGGUUAGAACUAGGUGUUGUCUGUAUAUUGGUGACACCAAAGUCCAACUCUCCAUGUUAAACAGCGUGUGGACAGAAUAAUACCUUGAAGCACCCCACAGAUCAAGGGUGAGAACUUGAAGGCCCCCAGCACCACCUUGGACUGAUCCUUUAGGACGCUCUGGAGCCAACAUACUACAGUGCCUCCCAUGCCCAACCUAACAAGACAGCCCCAAAGGAUAAUCUUUAUCUUUCCUCUUCUGCCACAACCCAGUCAAACUGUAGAUUUAAACUCUGCUUUGGGAAAGGAUCUGUGUGUCUUACAUAAUGGAUACUGUAGGCACUGUGUCUAUUACCCUUGGCCAUCCAACAAUCACCUGCUCUCUCAAGUAUCCCUUCCUGUUUCUUCUUCACACCCGGGUUCUUCCCCCCCCCCAUAAUUCUGAUGACGGGAACUGACUUGAGCACCACUUAUUCCUAUGGCACUGGGUAACGUAAGUCCUGGUUACAGCCCCUUCUGAAUGGCUCAUCUCAUCUCUACCCUAACCAUGUGGGAAGAAGUUCUGCAGCAACUCUGGGGUAAUGCAAAAAUGGGACUCAAGCUGUACUGACACUUUUUUUACUCCCUUGUUAGUAACUCAGCCAAAGCCGCCUCUUCCCUAAAGCUUUUGAAAUCACCUUCGAAUCUCAUCCCUCUGAAAUGAAGCUUUGCAUGUUAAUAGUGUCCAAUUUCAGACCAUCUGAGUUCUUGCUACCCUGUAAAGUACCUUAUACAUUGAUGCUAUAUAGUUCUAUAUGAUAACAUACAAAAGAAAAUCAACAAAUAGUUCCUAGAAUAGCAGGUUUCAAAAGAAGUGCUUUUUUAAUUCAUCCGUUGUGAUUUAAACAGCUAGUAAAGCAUUUAAAAAAUAGAUUUAAAACCAGAAUCCUAAAAGUCUGGUCUAACCUGCAGAAAAACUCUGCCUUUGAUGUCAUGGUACAAGUCACUACCAUUCUGAUACAGUUUUUUUUGGGGGGGCCCCCACUGUUCCCAUCAUUAAGUUUUAUUUUUUUUAAAUCUGUUUUGUUUCAGUUGAUCAAGAAGUUCCUUUAGAGCCUCCAAGUGCAACCACUACAACUACUAUUGGAAUAUCUGCAACAUCAACUACUUUCACAAAUGCUUUUGGAAAGAAGAGGGCCAAUGUGGUAACAACUCCCAGCACAAAUAGAAAGAAUAAGAAGAAUAAAACAAAAGACACUCCUCAAAAUGUGCAGAUAAUUUUGCCAGACCAGCAUAUAACUCUAGCACAGCAAAAAGCAGAUAAAAAUAAAAUCAACGGAGAGCCAAGAGGCGGUAGUGCUGGUGGGAAUAGUGAUUCUGACAACUUAGACAGCACAGAUUGCAAUAGUGAGAGCAGCAGCGGUGGUAAAAGCCAGGAACUAAACUUCACUAUGGACACACACUCUUCAGGCGAGAGACGAUAUGCCUCAGUACUGCUCCCUUCUCAGGAAGACAAGACUAACACCUCAGUUUCCAAAGUGCAAACCAGGUGAGUCACAAGUUACAUCUCCAUUACUGAAGCUUUUAAUGAGUCUUUUUCAUGCUAGCUUGAUGCUGAAAUGUUUCUGAAUGCACAUGUUUUGGACCUUGGGCUUCAAGGUUGGGGGAUUAGAGGCUUUAAAUUACCUUAUAGAUCCCCAAAUUAGAUGUUACUAAGGAGAUGAGCUCUCCUUGGUAACCUCUAAUUCAUCCCUCCUGAUAAAAAGCAAAGCAAAGCAAUUAAAAGCAACAGCUGCACGUUAAUCCUCAAGGACAACAGUAACAGCAAAUGAGUUUUGCCAGAAUGUAACUUUGAAGACAGGGUUGGGCAGCAGGUUCUCUGACCUCAUGGUGAAGGUGGGUGUAACAGAUGCUGCUUGCUCUGCACAUGAGCACCUGUUCUCCUCUUAGCAGUUGUCAUCCUCCUGCAUCAAAGGUUUCCUGUUGGUGGGAGCAGUGACCAUUAGCAUGCAAGUGUGUUGCUUAGCCAAGGCUAAUGGUUCCCAAUUCCCCAUAAUCUAGAGCAGGGGUGGCUAACAUGAUGCACAGGCCAUUUCCCCCCGCUGCACCCACCUGUCCCAUCCAUACCUGACAUGACUGCAAAGGAACUAUUGGGAAUAUUAGGGUGCACUUUAUACAGUGGUACCUCAGGUUACAUACACUUCAGGUUACAUAUGCUUCAGGUUACAGACUCCGUUAAUCCAGAAAUAGUGCUUCAGGUUAAGAACUUUGCUUCAGGAUGAGAACAGAAAUUGUGUUCCGGUGGCGUGGCAGCAGGAGGCCCCAUUAGCUAAAGUGGUGCUUCAGGUUAAGAACAGUUUCAGGUUAAGAACGGACCCCCGGAACGAAUUAAGUACUUAACCCGAGGUACCACUGUAUUGUCCCUGUGCAAGCAAGGCUUGCAUUCGGAACCUUCUAAAAUUUAGCACGGAAUGCAAGGCCCACCGGAAUUUACUGCUUGAUAAGGAACAGUGGGAAGCUCCCUUUAAUGCUCCUGGUGAUUCCUUUGCAGUUGUGGGUUUGCCUGCCCCCACAGUUGAUGUCGUGUGUGGGCAAGUGGGUGUGGUUAGACAGAAACAGCCCUGUGGGCCUAAUUAAGUCCCUUUAAAAGUUUCCCAUGCUUGUUUUAGAGAGAUCCUGUGAAUACAUGUUGGCUACAGGCCUACGCUUCAUGAUUAGCUAGUUCCGUAUUCUUUAAAAGAUUCAUACCUUACAUUUCUUAUAAAUAGUACAAGGUACCUAAGAACAUCACUAUUAAAAUAACAAAACAUCAAGUUUUUACAAGAUCUAAGCAGAGUGGCUGGGGAAACCCAGCCAGAUGGGCGGGGUAUAAAUUGUUGUUGUUGUUGUUGUUAUAUAGCAUAAAAAGAUAAAACAAAUCUUUAAAAGCAACAACAGAAGAUGAAACAAUUACAACUGACAUAUCUAAGUAGCUCAAAAUCAGCCAGCUACUAAAACCAGAUGUUAUAGUCCAAAGUCAAGUCUUCUUUUUUAAACAAAAAUAUUUGGCAUUCACUAUAGUUUCAAGUGGCAGGAGCAUGACAAACUUGUUGAGCACCAGGGCCUUGGUACAGCUAUGAAGAAGGUCCUUUUCAUGGUCACAGCCAGAUGGAUUUCAGUUAUAGUUGCAAUAUAUACCAGUUUUGUUCUGCCCAGCACACACAGGUUCUGCCUCUACACUAUUCAAACCUUCUAGAACUAAACCUAGAUACUUCUGGUGUAAAAGAUCUGCUCUUUGACUAUAGUGCUUGUGGCCUAUGGGGUGAAUUCCACAUUUUUCUGUUCAGUUAUCUUUUCAGCCACCAUUUUAUCAUUAGGGAGAAUUUCUUCUUUGUCUUUCAUCCAAGUGACAUCUUCAGAAUUUUCUAAUUGGGUCUCUUCACAUACCAUGUAACAUGAACUGGCCCAAUACCAAGUACCAGGUGGUUUUUGAGUACAUUCUAGUCACAACCUUUGAAUGGUGCUCCAUAUGUAUUGUUCUACCUGGCCCCAGUUGUCAACUUAAGCUGAGUGGACACUUCAGAUGUGGGCUAUCCUUAUCCUUGUUCAUAUGAAGAUACCUGCAUCCAGUAUCUCAAUAACUAGCUUACCAAUCUCCUAUGUUUGUGCCCCCACAAAAAAAACACAAAGCUGAGGUUGCUUACCUGAAAUUGAUGUUUCCUACAUAGCUAUCUGUGCAUCCACACAGUUGGUCUUCCUUGUUGCAGGUAGCUAUAUAACUAUGAUACUUAAGUGCCAAGCAGGAAGUUGUGGUACAUUUACACUACACUUGGGCAGAUCGUUCGUGCCAAAAGUUAGUUUUAAAUUCAAAAAGUUCUGAACAAUGCUGUGCACAAGUUCAUAACCUUUAAGCGUAUUUGCAUAAUUACCACUCAUAAGAACACUAGAGUCAGGUAAGCAGGCUGUUCAACAGUCCCCCAUCCCCUUUGCACAUAAUUAAUGCAACUGUUGCCACAAAAUAAUUUACGCUGCCAUUAAGUGUUAUCAAAAGUUAUUAAUCUUUUAUCAAAAUAAGUGCCCCCCUACAUAAUCAUUAGCGCUCAUCUGUUGAUAGAGCUUCCUGUAUUAGGACCAAAUGUUCCAUAUUCUGUGCUCACCUGAACUCAUCUGGAAAUAGGAUUAUGCUGCCUGAGCACUUGGAGGACUCUAUUGAUAACAAUUUGUAUCAUUGACUUACAUGGAAUUCAGUAAUUGGAAUUGAGAUUUGGAUCGUUUGGUGGCAGGCAAUCUAUAAUCAAACUUAUCUUUGUUUUUAGACUUGAAGGUGAAGCUAAUCCAAACUCCUUAACAACAAGUUAUAAAUCUGUGUCCUUGCCUCUGACGUCUCCGAACAUAAAGUUGAAUCUGACUAGUCCAAAAAGAGGGCAAAAAAGAGAAGAAGGCUGGAAAGAAGUAGUGAGAAGGUAAGUUGUUUUCAUGCAGUUUCAUGAAUGGCAUCUGACCAGUUUGAGCAUGAUUGGUAAUUUGGUCAGUUUUGAAUUGGGGGUGAAGGUAUGACAGUAUACAAAUGGUAGUGGAUACACGUGUCAGAUUUUUUAAAAAAGCACUUGGCAUUUGCUAACUUUAACAUACAUUAUAAGUCUUAAAUGCUGUGGACUUGAGGAGCAAACAUUAGGGUCACAUGCUCUCUCCUAUCACACAAACUUAAGUAGCAUCACAUAAGCAGCGCCUACUCAUGGAUCCUAGUUCACAGUGAAGGUUCUGCACGUGGAGGUGGGGAGUUGAGCCUAAGGUUUGUGUAUGCACCCCAUUAUGUAAAGCUGAGAUGCUGGGUGUCUGGGAAGCAGACUGUCAAUUCUCUUGUAAGAGCCCUGUUGUUGUUGUUGUUAAGUUAGUAAGGCUCGAGGAUGCAGACAAGGUGCUUGGAUUAGUCAGGGCGACCACUUAUGCUCUGGACCCUUGUGGCUGAUAAAAAACUAGCAGUGAGGAGACAGCUGGCUGGGCCAGUCAGGUGAUUCAUGCCUUCUUACGAGAGGGGUUGGUCCCUGCCUGCUUGAAGGAGACAGUGGUAAAACUACUCCCGUUCUUGGGCAAGGUUCUAGAGUGGAUGUUCAUGCACCAGAUUCAAGCGCUCUUGGUGGAAACUGAAUUUCUAGAUCCAUUUCAAUUGGGGGGUUUUUGGGUUUUUUGCCUGGUUUUGGCUCAGAAACUGUUCUGGUCACUCUGUAUGUUGACCUUUGCUGGGAGAGAGACAGAAGAAAUAUGUCCUUGUUUAUUCUUCUUAACCUCUUAGCAACUUUCAAUGCCAUCAAUUUCUGGAGCAGUUGUCUGCGUUGAGGGUAGAUGGCACCACUUUGCAGUGGUUCCAGUCCUACUUGGAUGGUGGUUCUCAGAGGGUGAUGCUUGGGGAGUGCUCUGCAGCCUCGUGGAACCGUCAAUGUGGAGUUCCUCAGGGCUCGAUUUUAUCCCCUCUGCUGUUUACAUGAAACCGCUGAGUGGGGUCAUUUGGAGUUUUGGAGUACGUUGUCAGCAAUAUGCUGAUGACACAGCUCUGCUUCACCUUAACUUCUGCAGGUGAGGCAGUGGGUGUGCUGGACCAUUUUCUUGCCUCAGUAAUGGACCAGAUGAGAGCCAACAAGUUGAAGCUCAGUCCAGAUAAGACUAAGGCACUGGUCUGGAUGGAUGGGAGGUUGCCUGCUCUUGAUGGGGUUAUACUGCCUCUGAAGGAGCAGGUAAGCAGCUUGGGGUGCUCCUGGAUCCUUUGCUGUCGCUUGAGCCUCAGGUGGCCUCAGUGGUGCUGAUUGCCUUCCAUCCGCUUUGACUGGUGGCCCAGCUGUGCCCCUGUCUGGACAGGGAUAGCCUAACUUCUGUGUCUGUGCUCUGGAAACCUCUAGGUUGGAAUACUGAAAUGCAUCAUACAUAGGGCUGCCUCUGAAGACAGUUCAGAAACUUCAGCUGGUGCAGAAUUUGGCAGCCAGGUUGCUUACAGGUGCAAGACAGUGUGAGCAUAUACUGAUCCUGGCCGGACUACAGUGGCUGCCAAUUAGCUUCCAGACCCAGUUCAGAGUGCUGGUUUUGACCUAUAAAGUCUUAAACAGCUCAGGACUGCAAUACCUCAAGGACAAACUCACCUCAUAUAAACCAACCCGGAGCCUGCAAUCAUCAUCUGAGCCCUUCUUUGUGUGCCUCCUCCAUGAGAAGUCUAGAGGGUGGCAACACAAGAAUGGGCCUUUUCCGCAGUGGCUCCCCAUUUGUAGAAGGCUCUCCCCAGAGAGGUCCAUCUGGCACCUUCAUUAUAUAUCUUUAGGCACCAGGCAAAAACAUUCCUCUUCAACCAGGCCGUUGGCUGAUUGAUAUUCUACACAUAGCUGUCAAUGUUUCCCUUUUAAAAAAAAGGGAAAUUCCCUUAUUCCGAAUAGGGUUCCUCGCAAGAAAAGGAAAAAGUUGAUAGCUAUGAUUCUACAGUUUUUUAAAUGUGUUUGUGAGAGGAGAGGUUUUUGUUUUAACUACUUAUUUUGUUCUUUUAUCUUGUGAACUGCUUUGAGAUGAAGGGCAGUAUAUAAAUUUAAUAAAUUAUUAUUAUUAAUUAAAUUUCUGUACUACCCUUCAACCGAGGAGCACAGGCCUAUUUACAUUAUAAAAAGUACACUUAAUAGAUGCAAACAACUUUGACAUUUUAAAUCUGAGCCGUUAAUAUGAAACCAUAUACUUUUCCAUAUGUAACAGUUCUGAUGUAACUUUUUUCUUGGCUGCUGAUGCAUUUGUAAACAUAUUAACAAUAGUGAAUCUUGUAGAAAUAUGUAUGCUUCCAAAGCCUUCCCUUUCUUUCAAACUAUUUUAAAAAGAGAUAUUUUGCUAUCCUAAAAGAGCUAUAGAUUCUGCCCUGUCUGGAGCACAGUGAUUCUAAUGAAGUACUUAAUCCUGUUGAAAUGGGGAGGACAAUAAGCCAUUAACUGCUCAACUGAUUUCAAUGGGCCUUAAAUGGACUGCCAUCUAAAUUAUGUACAAUAUCAGGUUCCAUAUGCCUAUCACUCCAGUUUCUUAAGAUUUCCUAGUGUUUUAAAUAAUUGUGAUAUUUUAGUCUUGACUAAUCUAGGGUAUAAUUAGAACAUGUUUUGGAAGUGCCUACAGUAGUUCCAUAUGUGUAGAGCUGAGUAGAUCUGGGACCUGCUAAUAUCUGGCUUGGAGAUCCCUUGGGUUUCCACAGAGAUUGAUAAUAUAUAUGUAACAAAUAAAACAGGGGAAAUGAGAGAAGGUUUUCUUGUCUGGACCUGAGCUUGAAAAUGUAUGACUCGAAACUUUUUUCAUCUCUUGCCUAGAAAACUAAGGAAAAUUGUAUUUUCUAUCCUUGACAGGCAAGUAGGCAGAGUUUUAAAGGACCCUUCCCCUAACAACACUCUGCAGUCAACGCCAAUUGAACAGUUUCAGCUGCAGAGAGGCGGACGCUGCCUUUCAGGAGCAAAAAGGUACUUUGGUGGUAUUCAAAAAUUCUGCAUUGGAAUUGAAGAGGAUUUAUGAAUAGGCUGUAGAUGAGGCUGUGAGCAGAAUCAAUGAGGGUUUGGAACUUCAGGGAGUAUGGAUUACAGGGGUUUAUGUAUCACUGUCGGAACUGAGCUGAAGAGAGGAAGAAAAUAGAAUCCAUGUGAGGAAGUGUUGGGGAAAGGGCUUUUAAACUUCCAAGGCUGCUGGAAUUGUUGGAGGGAAUGUCAUUUUUUAAAAUAACUAAAGGAAAAGAUAGUGACUCAACAAGUACAAGAUAUAUAAUAACAGGGAUUAAAAAAAAAAAACCUUUCCAUGACUUUCAGCACACAUGGAGCUUCUUCAUUAGUGUUUUCAGAGCUGUAGGGUAAAAUAUGUGGUAUAUCUCCAGUUCUAAAGCAUGCAUAGCAGUUAAAAGGCAUAGUAACCAUUCAGUUUGUCAGUAGUACACAUAUUCUCAAGGGGGGCUUUUUAAAAGUUUGGCAGUUAAUGUGUGAAUUACAGUAGCAUUAUCUGAAGAGCUAUUAGCCUAAGUUAAACAAAAAUUCACAUGCCCAGAACACACAUCUAACAAGGCCCAGAAUAUCCGCAAGAAUAUCACUUUAACUAUCCUGAGAUGCUUGGCUAGUUAUCAAAAUGACAUACUAUAAUAUUUGGUUAAAGGUAAAGGACUCCUGGACAGUUAAGUCCAGUCAGAGGCGACUAUGGGGUGCAGUGCUCAUCUCGCUUUUCAGGCCGAGUAUAUUAUAAUACUACCUAAAUCUCUUAAACUUAAAAGCAGGAAGCCCUCAAAACAUUUAUAAUUUUUGUCAUUUAGGUCAAAAAAGCUCUCUGUCCCAGCAUCCGUUGUUUCUCGAAUAAUGGGAAGAGGUGGGUGCAACAUCACAGCAAUCCAGGAUGUCACUGGUGCUCAUAUUGAUGUGGACAAACAAAAAGAUAAAAAUGGAGAGAGAAUGAUCACAAUAAGGUAGAGUGCCUAAAAUCUAAUGUUUAAAGCUCAUGUUUUUCAAAUGGAUUUAAGUUGUACUGAACUGAGCCUUGUGUUCUAAAGAUGAUCCUGCCUUCUCUAUUUCAGGGGUGGAACAGAAUCAACAAGAUAUGCAGUACAACUUAUUAAUGCCCUUAUUCAAGAUCCUGCCAAGGAACUGGAAGAUUUAAUUCCUAAAACUCAUAUAAGAACACCUGCUUCCAGCACCAAGUCAGUCCAUACAAAUUUUUCAUCUGGCGUCAGUACUGCUUCAGCUUCAAACAAAAACUCAUUUCCCCUUGGAGCUCCAUCUCUUGUCACCUCUCAGUCAUCAACGCUGUCUACCUUCCAGUCUGCUAACAAAUUAAGCAAGAAUGUCCCUGCAAACGUGCGCUCUUCUUUUCCAGUCUCUCUUCCCUUAGCUUAUUCCCACCCUCACUUUGCCAUAUUGGCUGCCCAAACUAUGCAACAAAUUCGUCACCCUCGCUUACCGAUGGCCCAAUUUGGAGGAACAUUUUCAACCUCUCCAAACACCUGGGGACCAUUCCCAGUGAGGCCAGUUAACCCAGGCAGCACAAAUAGCUCUCCAAAGCAUAACAGUUCAAGUCGCGUAGUUAACCAGAAUGGCAAUAUUUUGCAGCCUGAAUCCACGGGUUUAGCUCCCACUUGUCCUGGUACUGUCUCUUCAGUAGUUGCAUCCUCUCAGCCACUCUGUGUUACAAGUAACCGGACUCCAUCAUCGGUCAGGAAACAGUUGUUCGCUUGCGUUCCUAAAACAAGUACCAUGACGACAGCGAUCUCAACUGUGACAACUACAUGUAGCACACUGCCUUCAGCUUCUCCUGCACCUGAAAACACUGGGCAUGUUCCCACUACAUUUCUACCCGCUAGUGUUCCACAGGCACAGCAGUCUGCACUUAAAACAGAUGCUGUUUCUUCUGCCCCAGUACCCAAAGAAAAGGCAUCAACACCAGAACAAUCUGUUGGAAACGCAUGUGUGCCAUCAUCGGUUGCUGCUAGCAGCAAUAUCUCAUCUGGCAGCACUUCAGGAGUCAUAGAAACGUGCACAUCUAGCAGUCCUGCACCUCCAAACAACGCGCAAGAUGAAACACUGCCGACCAAUAUGUCUGACUUAAGUCCUCCCAUAUCUAUGCCUUUUUCUUCCAGUUCAGAACCUACUCCAUUAAGCUUAGCUUCACCUAGAUCGGUUGCUACGGAUAAUCAGGACAAUGGUACCUUACCUCAGUUAGCUGUACCAGCACCCCGUGUCUCUCACAGAAUGCAACCUAGAAAUUCAUUUUAUUCAAUGGUACCAAAUGCAAACAUACAUCAGGAACCUCAGUCCAUUUUCGUUACAAAUGCAGUACCUUUGACACCUUCGCAAGGGCCGCCACCCACAGUUCAGCUGUCAUCGCCCAUGAACGUUAUGAACGGUUCUCAGAUGCAUAUUAACCCAGCAAACAAAUCCUUGCCUCCUACAUUUGGCCCAGCAACACUCUUCAAUCACUUUAGCAGUCUUUUUGAUAGCAACCAGGUGCCAGCUAACCAGGGAUGGGGAGACUGCCCACUGUCCACACGAGGAGCAGCAGACCAACCUUACACUGUCCAGUCUACGUUUUUGGGUAACUCUGUGAUGGGGCACAUGGAAAAUGUGCAUCCUGAUAACUCCAAGGCUCCAGGGUUCCGGCCUCCUUCCCAGAGAGUUUCAACUAGUCCUGUAGGUGAGUUGCUAUGUUCUGCAUGGAAAGGGAGAUAAUUCUUCAUGGCCUCUUGAUAGCAAUUGAAAAGCUUCCCCAAACUUUAAAAUUGUUUCUGUGAUCCUGAACCAGAGGAAUACUGAAAACAAGAAUUGUGUUGGGUCUUUGAUUAUUUUUACUCAGUUGAUAUUUUCUUCAUAAUGUGACUUAAUAUAACCAAGAGAUGGGGGAAUUGGUGUGACUCUGUAGAAUGAACGUUGGCACACAAUAUUGGUUCAGGUAACUUCUGUGAAAUGAUGGGGGAAACAGAACAUCCUAAAGAAAAAUUCUGGCCCAAAUAGAUGAUGGGGACUUUUUGUUUAAUCCUUCACAUACCCUCAUACCAGUCCCUCCCCUUUCCUGUGUUUGUCUUCCUCUAAGACAAGAUAAUGUGAUUCAUUGAUAAGUUAGCCUUUUUCUUUACUCCAUAACAAAAUGGAACCAAAAGUUGCAUUUUAGGAAAAUGUUUCUCAGCAUUCCACCUAUUAAAGCUUUGCUCUGCUUUUUUAUUUUUGAACUCUUGUCAGAACCAUAAUGAGAUAAAAAUAAGUUGCAUAAUUAAAUAGGAAAUGGAAGGAUGGCCAUUCCCUCUGUUGCUGAUUGGUGGUGUUGACCAGUUUUAAUUGCAGUCAAUACAAGCCACACUCUUUGAUUAUGUUAUGCUUGCACUAAGGUUUUGCAUUGUGCUUUAUACUUAGCAGAUGAUAAUUCCUCUUCAGUCAGCUCUGAGAUUUCUUACAUUCUCAAACUUGAAUUCCAGUAGGGUUCAGUUAACAAAAAAAAACCCCACUCUGAAUCUUUGCUGAUGCUGUUUACAGAUAUUUAUCUUUGACACAUUGAUGUAAUAACCAAUUGCUGAGCAUAGGCAGCAUUUCUAAGCCUCAGUCCUGAUAGUACUAACCUUUACAGAGACCAUAGUUGGUAAAAUAAGAUUAAGAAGGAUUUUACUCAACUUGCUGCUGUUCAUAGUUUAAAGCAAGUUCUGCAUUGCAUGGGCACUAUAUCCUUGUGACCUGUUUUUGUGAAUUCCAUUGUGAGAAAAUUAUGUGUGUACUAAUGGACAUAAAGGAGACUUGUGGGAUGUUAAUUUAGAAGCCUUUCAACCAUCCACUAUGUGGUGGCAUUUAAAGAACAAGCAAACCAGAAUAGUGACCCUCAGUUAUCCCACAGUCAUUCUGGGGGAUGUAAGAGCUCUUAAAACACACACCACACAGUAGAUGCAACAAACCACAUAGAGAGAGGUAAAGUGGGAAAGCGCCUAUAUUCAGCCAUCUGGGGAGGCGUUCUCGCUAGUUUAGAACCUAAAUAUGCAAGCAAAAUAGCUUAAUCAACCAUGAGAAAAUGGUCUUGAGCAGCAGACUAUCCCAUUAUUGGCUUUUGCUGCAAAAGAGGAGCAAAAUCUUUUCAUUGAGUCUACAGAAGGGAUGGGGAACCUGUUCCAGAUGUACGGUAUUUGAAUUUAUCUCAGCAAAUGUGGCCAGUGGGCAGAGAUUAUGGGAACUGUAGUCCCAACAACAUCAAGUUAACCACUCCUGGUCUGCUUCAUCUAAAAAUGUGGUUUUGAAUUGAAUUCUACGCUGGUUGUGUUUUCUUCCCUGAAGUUUUGAAAAAUGUUUAAUGCCUGCAGUAAGAGUGAUAGUUUAAUGUUGUGAAAUGCUCACAUCAAGCCAGGUUGGUAUUAGUUUGACUCAGUCUGAAAAUAUUUGCACUGCAAAACUAUACAGGUAACUGCCAUUUUGAGAUUACUGUAUAUACUGGGAAUUUGACCAGUUUGGCAAUAACAAAUAAUUUCCCCUAUCUUGGCUUAACUAUUUAUGCCAACUCAACUAUGCACAGAACAUCUAUAAAUGUUCUCCUUAAUUUUAGGUAGGAUUGUGAAAAGCAGUUCAUGCUAGAAGCAAGUAAUAUUUAAAACACAGGAUGUAAUUAAUUAUUAUACGGGCAGGCUAGAAAAAUCCCAAAUGUAACCCAGCCCUAUUUAAUGAUAGAAAUCAAGAUAAAUGAGAAUCUGUUUAUCCUACAAACCUCAUCAGAUUAUGAUGGGAGGGUUUCUGUAAUUCAUAGAAUAACUGGGUAACAAGUAGGGUCUUUGGAGUUAUUUUCUCAGACAUAAUCAUAUUAAUUGUAGACUUACCUUCUCUAGAUCCAUCCAGCAGCUCCUCAAACUCCUCUUCAGCGCCUAUGGCUGGUUUUUCAGCAAACAUUCAAGGAGCACGGGUUUAUCUUCAAGGGCCAGCACCUGUUGGGACCCCCAGCUUUAACAGACAGCAUUUUUCACCACACCCUUGGACAAGUGCUACAAAUUCAUGUAGGAGUUUUGGGGGUCUGUCUAAUUCAACUCUUCAGUCUGUUGGUAUUGACCUUUUUGCUGGCUGUAUGAUUCUAACACAUAAAUUUGUUUUCAGCAUUAAUUAAAGAAAUUGAGGCAAUUUUAAAAGAUGAAAUUACUGAACUGCUUAAAAGGGGCCAAAUUAGACAUAACAUGCAGUCACAUGAAGGUUCCCCUUCCUUUUCAGAGAGUUUGAGUAGAAGAAUAGAUGGAGUGAGGGUUGCUUGACUUUUCCCAUCUGGCUUUCCCUACACACAAAUCUGUCACAAUUACUUUUCUCUCUGUUGGAAGGAAGAUAAAGAUACCCUUCCCAUUUCAUUGUUUACCCACUCAAAUUUGCAGCUCCCUAUGACAACUGCUGGUCUUAAAAACAAUUUAAAGGAAACAUGCAUGCAGUUGCACAUUUGCUUUAGUUUAGACCCAAUACUUUUAAACUGCCUCUAUCUAUCCAUCUAUCUAUCUAUCUAUCUAUCUAUCUGAUCCCAGACAAAUUAAGAAUAUCUGAAUGUAAAUACGUGAUGCUUAAGUCAUGUUAUAGAUUCAGCUAGAGAGUUGGUCUAUAUAGGAUGCUUGCUGAAUGAGAUCAGCUCUUGAUAAUUUUGUUUGUUCAGCAGUGAUUUGGAGGAGGCUGCAAUUAUACACCACAAGGAAGCUGCUGGCUGGCUGCCUUUGGGUUAUUUCUCCCCUUAUCUCUCUCUUUAGUGGCUUAUUUAUCCUAGACAUUGGUGUAUGGAGAUGGGAAAAUCAGUUGAGUGCUUGUUAACAGACCACUACACAGUCCAGUCUGUUUCAUAGAUCAGUCAUGGAGAAAACGUCCCCUAUAGUUAUUUUUAAGCUUAGCAAAUAAACUAGAGAGCCAUUGGCUCCUAUGUCAGUCAGGGACAAAGAACAAUAAACCUGGCAGAUAGCUCUGAAGUAUAAAAGUUUAAAGAGCCUAGAUAACUUAGGCAGGGUGACCCAGCUUUUUGUUGAGGCUGAUGAUUAGAGACAUUUGGGGAAGGGAGGGAGACCCUUUUGGCCGACAAGUCAGAUCUUAAUCUCCUUGCAGUCCAUGGGCCACCUUUGGCAGGUGAGCAAUCCCAGCCACCUGUCAGAAUUGUCCAAUAAGAAGUGGUCUGCUUUGCCAAUGCAUUCCCUGAAGCAUGUUCUCAAACAGCUCCUUGAUGGAUGUACAGUUUUGAAGACAUGAGCUAAUAAUAAACAAUAUCAUGAAGCACCAUGUUAUAACCUAAUUUAAGAUGCAUUAAAAUUCAAAACACAGUUUUCAUCUACUUCAAAAUACUGAUACUAUACAAAAAAAAAAUGUUUUUAGUAUUUAAAUCCCACUGAUUUCAGUAGAAGUGUACUUUUGCUGAAGCAUUGAGAAUUUCAUCUCUAGUGGAAACACCCUAGAGCAGCAGUUAAGGUAACUCAGCAUUUCAUGUGUGAUAAAGCAAGAGAACUGUUUUUUCAUCAGGUGAAUCUCCUAUUCCAUCAGUUUCCUCGGGAUCAUCCUCGCCCCUUUCAGCUGCUUCUGCACCUUCUUCUCUGGGUCAGCCAAAAUCAGGGAGCACAGCACAAGAUCGAAAGGUGCCACCGCCUAUUGGAACAGAAAGACUUGCUAGGAUUCGUCAAGGAGGUUCUGUCACACCUACCCCCUUGGGAACCAACUUUGCAGCUCCUGUUGGACACAGUGGUAUCUGGUCAUUUGGUGUUAACAAUGUUUCAGGUGAGUAUCUCAAAGGAAAUGAUUGUAAGAGUUAAAGAAAACAGUAAUUUGCAAAUACAGGAUAAGGGUUCCCAGCCGUAUUAUAUCAAGCUCUUGAGCUUUUAACUAAAUAAAUCCUAAAGAGUCCAUUGUUUAGACAGAAAUUAUUUAAACAUCUUUAGUACUCUAAACAUGUAUUCCUGCACAUUGUGCUUUUCCUACUUUAUGCAAGAGUGGAAAUCUUCCAUGCAGGAAUUUAAUAAUGCCAGUAGUAGCCCUGAAUAGAAGAGUGUUUCUGAGAAUAGCCAGGAAGGUGGCUAAAGAAGUGGAGCUGCAGGAAAAUAAGUCUAUACAGGGAUACAGAACUGUUGCAUGGCAGAAAGUUCAGAGAAAGGGGAGUGGGAAAAGUGGCUGAUAGUGAGCCUUGUGUGAAAGGAAUGAAGACACAUGAGUAGAGAGAGCUCCAAAGCGAAUCUUCAAGUCAGUGCAAUGCUUCCCAUGGAGUCAGUGUAGGAAACUGGAAAGGGGUGAUCGGUAUGGAGGAGACACAAUGGUUUAGAAGAGGCAUUCAGAGCAAUUGAAGAUAGCAGUUAACAGGAAGGAAGAUCUUUCGAUAAGUAAUUUUCAGUAAAUUGGAUACGGAAGACCAUUGAAAGGGCGUAUAGAGGCUAGAUGAGAACCUGGAGAUACCAAAACGGGAGUGGUGCCAGGGUGUGACAACUUCUAGGAUAUGGGAAGAAAGGGGGGGGAUACGUGCCUUUGAUGUGCAGUGAUCAGACCCCAAAUAAGGGAGGUACUGGCAAAAAGGGAACCCUAUGAUAGCAGCUGGAGUUUUAAUUCCUGAUUUUUUUACUGCAGCAUUUUCUAUUUCAGAAGAGGCAAGUCCUUUUGAAUUUCAAAUAGUAGUUUGUAUCUUGGGGAGUAGGUAUUGCUGCAGUGAAUCAGUAUGUGAAGUUUCAGCUACUACCAAGUAGUUCUGUUGUGCAGAUAUGUCCUGCUAGCACCAUGUUUGGCUUGAGACAUUGGCAGGACAAAGUACAAGAGGAUGUUGGUGAGGAGGGAAAGGGACAACGUACCCUUAAAUGGCAGAGCAAUUGUUUUGCAUGGAGGUAGUCCCAGGUUGAAUCCCUGGAAUCCCCAGUUAGAAGGAUGACACAGAACUAUCUGCUGCUAGUCACAGAUAAUACUUGGGGCUAGAUGGGCAAACAGUUUGUUAUGAUAAAGCAGUUUCUUAUGUUCCUAAACCUCAGGCCACAGGAAUCUCAGGAGGGUGGCAGAUCAACUUUGUUAAAGGACACAGUCAUUAAUCUUGGAGAAUGAGGACUGAGAACUAGUCCUUGGAUUUGCCAUGGAAAGGUCACUGCCCUUGAAGAGCAGUGUGUGUAGAGUUGGGUUGGCUCUUCCUGCAGCAGGAAGGAGCUUUUCUAACUUUUGGGUAAUAUGAGAAAUAAAAUUUGAUUAAUACGAGAGAUUUUUCUGAUCCCUAAACAAGUGCUUCGUUAUCUUUCUAGAAGGCAUGUCAGGUUGGUCUCAGCCUGUCAUGGGAAAUCAUCCAGUUCAUCAGCAGCUGUCGGACCCUGGCACCUUUUCCCAACAUCAGCCGAUGGAGAGAGAUGACUCUGGAAUAGUGGCGCCCUCAAAUAUUUUCCAGCAGCCUAUGCCGAACAGCUUUGUAGAUUUCUCUAAAGUACGCUUUCAAAAGUUUCUCUCUCACACUUGUGCACAGUCAUACUAGGCACAGACCUCCACACAGUUGCUUCAAAUCAAACUAAAUCAUACAGCUGUAGAACAUUCUUAGAAUUUGUAUUCUCAAUGGAAGCUGUUUGUGAACAUUGGGGGCUUCUCAGUUUCCAGUCCUUCCAGAAUAGCAUCACUUCUGUUUGUCCGGGGUGUCUAAUAGGCAAUUUGUGCUAAUUGGGGAUAACAUUCUGCAUUGCUUGCCGUUUUGUGUAUUAAUAUGUAUUGUUGCGUAUCUCUGCUUGUUCCGCUUGCCAACCUUGCCUACCUGCCAAACCCCUUCUCCCCCCACACACACACCUGGCCAUUCCCUCAUUCCUUUACACCUCACUCACCCCUUGCCUGUCUCCUUACAGCUCGCCCCAAGUCCCACCCCCUUUUAAAGGAGGGGAGAGAUGCUUCAAUUUUCUCUGAAGUGUCUUCCUUCUGUUAAACUUUGUGCAGCUGCAUUUAGCAAAGAGAGGGAGGUGCUUCACAGAGCAAUUUGCUUGCACAGCUGCCUACCUGCUGUUCUGUUGUCACACUGGAGUUGGUGUGCCCAGCUAUUGGCAGCCAUGCGAACUGCCAGGUGACAACAGCCUUACAUUUUGAUGUGUAUAGGAAAGAAGAGCCUGUUACACAGUAAUGAGUUACUCUUGAGUAUCAAGGAUUGUAUAUGUACUGUGGAGAGGAAGACUUUCCAAACUACUGGUUUAUGGGUGGAAUUCCAAUCAUUCUGUUGGCACGAGCAUUCCAGCUUGCCUGAUUGAACAGACCUCCCAACACUGUUCUGACCCCCAAUUUUUCCUGACCCCCUCAAGCCAGUUGGGGGGAAGCCCCAUUUCCCAAGCAGAAGUCCUUGUGCAGGGUUUCUGUUGGUGGGGGCUGUUAGGUGAAUCCCACCCUAUUUGUUUAUAAAUUGUCUAGGAACUGUAUAGAGGAUUAAAAGAACCUUGAUAAUUAACAGCCAUGUCAUACUUAUACCAAAAUUAGCACCAAAACCCAAAUAGAAAACCAGCACAAUCAAAUACAGUAUAUAGCAUAUAACUAUAGCAGCCAUUAAAUAUGUUUAGUACAUUAAAGCAUCAACCACAUCGCAGAGACUUAAAGACAGAUCUUAAAGUCUUGUAGAACAGAAAAAUAUUAACAUGGAAUUGAAAAGACGACACAAGACAGGCUUCACUGUCUACUCUGAGCUUUAAUUGAGUGUGUACUGAUGGGCAUUUUGGAGCCCACAGGCACAGUGUUGGUGAUCCCUACCUUACAGUACAGUAGGUAAAUGUGCUGUUAGGCAUGAAGGUCUGUUAGGUCCAAUGUCCCAAUUUACAUAAUAUCUUGUGGGCAGGACCAGAUUUAUUAUGAUAGAAGAGGGAUUUAAUUGGUAAGGAAAGCAGUAUAAACAUUAAUUUGGAUGGGGAAACGUGUGAACUGCCCUGGCUUCUGUUGGCUAGAAUGUUCACAAAUUUCCAACAAUAUGCUGGUAUCAAAUAAAUGAAUCUUAUCUAGUUAGGCAGCUUCUAAAAGAGGCGGAUAGGUGCUAAAAUGUGCUUUUAUAUUAUGUGAUGAAUGUAAAAUAAUAAUAAUGUAGGGUUGACACAGAUACAUUAUUCUAAUGUAGAACAUGAGUUGGUUAGUCUAUGCUCAGGAGCCUCUUAGAGGUGGUGUACAAUUCUGCAGAUAAUCUCUGCGUAACAGUAGCAUUGUACUCAUUAGUUACUACAAAUAAAAUUGCUACUGAUCUGUAAACCUGUUUCUCUGCUACCAUUUUCUGUAAAUUGCCAUGUCUCUCCUUAGGGCCUUCCAAUUUCCAUGUAUGGAGGCACUAUUAUACCGUCUCAUCCUCAGCUAGCUGAUGGACCAGGUGGGCCUCUCUUCAAUGGACUGCAUACUCCAGAUCCAGCAUGGAAUCCCAUGAUAAAGGUUGUCCAAAAUUCAACAGAAUGUACCGAUGCUCAGCAGGUGCAGUAAUUAAUGCUUUUUGUACUAUUAAAUUUUCAAACAUCUGCCUUAAAUAAUAUAAUUGAAUUUUUGUAAGAGUACUAGGAGUGUCUUCAUUCUUCCAUCCUAAUGCUACAUUUUCCUUAAGUGUACUUCAAAAUGGAGUCUUGGUGGGAUAGCUGAUCAUUACAUCUGGGUGUUGGGGCCAAGCUUUAGUCAGCUAGAACUUGGUUUUUUGCACCACUUGAUUCUGUAGGUCUUUGUAUAGUGGUGUUGGAGCCAUACUCUGAAAUUAACUAUUUUGUGAUGUUUCUCCUCCUGUAGAUUUGGCCUGGCACCUGGGCGCCUCACAUUGGAAACAUGCACCUCAAAUACGUCAACUGAUUUAGGAGGGCCUACCUUUUUCUUUCCUUUUCUUUUUUUUAAGCCUUGUUUGGAGAAACAUAUGACCUUGGAAGAACUUGGGAAUUUUUUUAAUGUGCCUAACUAAGCAAUUUUUCUGCGGGCUAUAACAAGAGAAACUUGUUUGCCCAUUGUGUAAGAACAAAAUGAGUUACCUAUUCAACUGAUUCUGUUCUCCAGUUAGUUUAGCCAUUUUGAACUCAAAAUCGGAUGAACCUAGUGCUUUUGGCUAAACACUACUGAAUGCUACUUGUAUGCAGCAGAGAACUAGAUGAGUACAUGAUUUCAACCUUUUAGGGUGAUAAAUACAUGUAUAAUUGUUUACAUACUUAAAAGGAAAAACGUUGAGUAAAUUUCAUGUCGUAUAGUGGCUCUACUUUAUGUAGCCUGUAUUAAUGUGAAAUAUUUACCUGAAUAUUCAAUAAAAAGAUGAACAUUAUAAGUUUUGUGUAAUGAUCUUAAUGAAAUACCAGUUGCAAGAUUGUACCGUUGGAUUGGUACUGUCAGUACUUAAUUUUAAGAUCGUUAAUAGAUUCCCAGCACUUUUAGAAAACUGUUGUACUAUAUACAACACUGUUUCCAGUACUAUUAUCUGUUCUGGUAUUUGAUAAAAAGUCAGAGAAAUCUAGAAUAUGGUUGAAUCACUGGACGGCCAUGGUAGCUGACUCCUCAGCACUGUAGCCAAGGGUAGCUUUAUUCAGCGGACACAGUCUACCAGGUUGUGUUAAAGUAGGCACUCAGAAGUCUAACACACAUGCAAAUAUAUAUUUAUACUUUAAAAUAUUUUUAAUAAAGAUAACAGUAUCACAAGCAGAACAAACCAACCUAAGAACCAUCAGCAGGUGUUAAGAGUACAUAUAGCAACACAUCAAGCUACUUCACUUAAGUAACAGAUUCAUAUUUAAGUACACAUUCCAUACCAACCUAAGGUAUCUACACUCAACAUAUACCUCAGAACUAAAAUUAAAUUAUCUUUAAACAUGGAAAAUUCUUCUCUGAUUUCAACUCUCAAAAAUGGACUUGCAGAGUUACGAGAUGCUAUGCCAAAGCCAUGUUCCUGCCUUGGGAAGUAGGUGACUUUACUGUGCUGGUGCCCUAAGUCAUAUUUCAUAGUGAUGCUCUAAAACUGGCUGCUUUAAUAUGAAACCUCAGCAUCAGUUAAUUAACUUGUCACACAGCUUGUCAUAUUUCUGGAUUUGGAAGAGCUUGCCAUGCAGAAGCAGAAAUACUAAGUUGUGUUUGGCUGGAGUGCACAGAAGAAAGCUAAUUUGUUUCUAACACAACGAGGCUUGCCAGCAGGCCACACACUCAUCUCCUUCACAAUGUGGCCCAGUAGUGAAACUAGUUGCUGACUAGGGAAAAGGCAGCUCAUCACCUAAAUAGUGCAAGGCUGCAGAUGAUACACUGGUGCACUUAGUCUUUUGGUAACCAAUGAUGAGUAUGAUGCAGGACUCUGUGUAUAAUAAUCAAAUUUAUUGUGGGCAGAUACGAUCAGUAAGUUCUCCAAAUGCUCAGGAUGUAGAGAAGAAUUGGGAAUCUGUAAUUCUAUGUAGCAGUUCAAUUGCCAAGCUCACCCAGGGAGUUUAAUACUUGAAAGGGGUUUUGAACUAAGAUCUUCCUGUUCAGUUCCUACCCCCUAGAGCAUCGGUAGGGAACCUUUUUGGCCUGGCAGGCCAUAUCUGUGUAACUUCCCUAUCCCGUGGCCAACUUUAACAGAUGGGCAGAGCCCACCCACCUGCCAAAGUUAACCCACAGGAAAUACACACGCCAAGCAGGAUUGGCUCCCACCCAUCACCUGGCUUCACCCAGCUGGGUGAAGUCGGUUGAUGGACAAGUAGACAUGGUUCAGUGGGGUUUUGUUAAUCUAAAUACUGCAAUAUGUAAAGUGAAUUGAGAGUAGAUUCCCAUUUAUAGAAGUGUGAUCUCAACUGCCAAAUCUGGUCACCUUACGACAUCAAAGUUCCAAGAUACAUCAGUACCUUUUUGCACAUUGUUCCAGCCUGCCUGAACACACAAAAUUCCCAGGUGAAGAAAGAGUCUUACUAAUUUGCAGGGUUUUGAACGUUACAUUCCACAGAUGUAAAUAUUGAGGAAGAGAUGUUUACCUGUCCUUUACAAGUGCAAAACACAUAAAAUAGUGGUUUAGGGUUUUUUAAAUCUCCACUGCACCCAAAUUCCUGGGUUGGAAGCAAGUCUGGCUUCCUUCAUUUCUGAUACACAUGACUAGGAAUGUAGCCUGUACAAACUCAGCUGGAAUGUGUUAUUAGGACAAAGGCUAACCUCUGGUGGCAGCAAGAGCAGCGCAUUUCCUCCCUUUGUGAGAGUUUUGUUAAAGAGUGAUUAAAUGGAGGACAUGGAUGUUUAUAACCAGCCUUAGGAGCAAGAUUUUGACACACACUUCUCAUUUUCAGGGCUGUACCAUGUGCAUUUGUUAGUGUCUGUUUGGUUGCAUCAUUCUGAUAGUCUGUCCAAGUUGUGUUUGUCGAGCAGCUCGUCUAGCACCACCUGGGGGUGGUGGAGGGAAUUCCACUACAAUGCUGUUAGUGAAUCUUUAUGGUAUC